AGAACAAACCAGCAAUUUUAUGAAAAAAAAGUCCAUUCGCUGGGAAAACAUCAGCCGGACGCACAAGGUCAGUCCUAACCUUUCCUGUAAUAAUAGUUUUAUAGAAUGAUCAAUAUUAAUAUGUUUAUGGGAUUAAAACACAUGUACUAAGAUAGUUAUAUGAGAAAUAUAUAUACUAAUAUUAAUAGCAGUGCUAACUGUUGUUUUGAUGCAGUGAUAAUUAAAUAUAACCUUUUUUUUAAAAAAAAAACACAACUUGCAUUUUGUAAUAGUUGUUUUUGCUGAACUUUGACUCUCAUUAACCUCAGUCAGCAUCUGGAUAAGCAUGCUGAGGUCUGGAAUCUACAGGGCUACAGUACUCACUUGUCUGCUUUAAAACUAAACUAACCAUUGGAAUGCAUAUCAAUGGCUAUCAAUCAGAUUAUUCUAAAGAGCCAAUAUACUCAAUUCAAUAAAGUUUUUUUUCAGUAAAGAGUUCCAAUACCGUCCUCCAGCUGGUAGGAAGCCACAGCUCCCAAAGUCUUUGCAGUACUUGUGAAUUGCAAGUAUUGGUGGGUUUGUGUCAGUUGAAAGUUGGGCAUCAAUAUUUCACUACUCCUGAAUAGGACGUGGGCUGGAAUGAAUUUUCUCUGACUUAACCAUAAGAAAUGUCUUCAAUUUUUAUUUUUUAUAGCAGUUUCUCAGUGAUAUUUUUUGGGUUUCUCGGUUGUUGUUGAUGAUGCAGUAUAUAUCCAGUGAUAGUUAUAUUGUAUCAACCGAGGAUCAGGCUUGAUAAUGAUAACUCUCUAUAUUUUAAUAUAUUGCUUUCCUUCUCCACGAAGCAUUGAACUAUGUUAGCAUGUAUGCUGCGAUUUUAACCAGCGAAAAUAUAUUACCAUUACCAACUAAAUAUUCACGUUAUCAAUCUUGGAAGGAUUGAUUUGGCAUUGCUUGGAAACAAACUGGUACACCUGAGAUUUAACCCCUUAGGGGCCAAUGGCCAUGUAUGCAGUCACUCUGAACCAGUUUAGCAAUCUGAGUGCCUUAUAAACAGGUUAUAAUGUUUGAUUUUUAUUAAAAUGUAUUUUAUCAUAAAAUUAAGAAGAAUACACAUUUAAAUUUCUUAUCAGCUUCAACUACUAAGUACCGACUAUUAAUACACAUAGUGCCCCCUAUUGCUAGUAAAACAUGGCUAUAGUAUACAGACACCACUAUGCAAGCGUUUUAGGCCUGUGGCAUUUAUAUAGCGCCAACUUAUUCCGCAGUGCUUUACAAUGUUAUAAAGGGGGGAAAUUAACAAUAAAUGAGUCAAUAACAAAUGUUAGAAAAUUGGGCAGACUAGAUGGGCCGAAUGGUUCUUAUCUGCCGUCACAUUCUAUGUUUCUAUGUUUCUACGUAAAAAAAAAUUGAUGAGGACUCUGCUCAAAAGAACUUAAAAUUGAGUGGACGAAAACAUUUGCACAGACAAUCAAAAUGCAGCUGCAAGAACGGUUAAUGUGUACAGAGUGUAUAUUCCUCGUUUAAAUGUUUAAUCGUGUAUUGUUCGUGCAGUGUAGCUCGUUUGAAAGUAAAAGAGAUAUUAAUGUACUCUUUUUUUUUUUUUUAUGGAAAAACACUUUGAGAUUUAUUCACUAAACAAAAAGAACUGAGAAAACAAAUUGUGCAUUGUUAGACCACAUUAACUCAAUUGGAGAAUUUCUCCAGUUUUUCUGUUAGUGCCUAAAUGUUUUAAUUCUCUUCUCAACAGUCUCUUAUUAAUUACAUCCCUGUGGGUGUGCCUAAUUAAUAAUACAUUUAAUUAUUGAGUUAUUUUCACACACCGGUGAAUAUGUACCCCCGAUCUAUUAAAUUGUUCUAAAACAGCCUCAAAUGUGUUGGUUUUUUUCUGACUAAAUUCCGCCAAUCAGAAAAUACCAGUUCUGCCAAAUUUAGAGUAGCAAUAUAAAGAGAAAUAAAAAAAACAAAAAACACUUUUCUCGGGGAAAAAAUGACCAAAAAAACUGUUAAGUCCAUUGCAAUUCCUAAAAAUUAUGUGCAUUAACAAAUUAGAGCAAAAGACAUAGCCGGUGGAAAAAAAACUGACAGAUUUAAGAAAUUGAGCCAAAAAUGUAAAAAUAAACACAAAACAGCACACUUUGAUAAAAUGUCGCCUAAUAUACAAUUCUGUAUAGCUUCCAUUUGCCAGGAAAGUACGUGGUCCAUCUCUGCGUGGCGUGGUCACUGCUUGACACCAAUGACAAUCAGCAGACAUGGGUCAAUUUUUUUAUUUGAUAUAUAUGCCUCUGUUUCUAUUAUCUUCUACUAAUGCAAUAGAAUGUUGUGAAAGAGAAAAUAGUUAAAGGGCGUUUCUUAUUUCAGGGCAGACUGUUUUAUCUCCACCCUAGUAAUGAAAAAACAUGCCUAGGAGUCCCUUGCACAGACUUAGAGGGAUGGUUCUGACUUCUUUAAAUAAGCAAAAUGAAUUGGGUGAUUGCAUUUUUUUGCCAGUUUUGCCAACAAAUACAUAUCAUGUUCACUGGCCGGUCGUCAAAUAGUCAAAUUCUUUCAUCUGUCUAUAUAUCUAACGUCAGACAGCAAUGUCCACGUUAUUCGUUAUGGAGUUUAAAGCCUGUAUGCAGUUUUGUUUGGGUACUUGGAAGUGCUUUAGGCAGCUGCUCUCAAGUUCAGUAAUAACAACCAUAUAAAAUACAGGCUGCGCCUUCCUUUCCAUCCCCAGAGAGGGGUGGACAGCUCCAAAGAUAGGUGGCUGCCGUGGCACUUGUCUGUCAUUGCCAAGAUUGCAACUCUCAUGAGGUUAAGCCAGUCAACCCACUUUACAAUCAGCAAAUACCACAACUGUCUUCUCUGCAUUCUAUUUUUCAAAGGGUAAACUCCCACCAUCUUUACUAUGUCAUCCCCCAACAUCUGUCUGUAAUUUGGAUAAAAAGUGGCUGGUAGUUUAGUUGUUGUAGCUGAUGAGCUCUGCUCAUUAAAACUCAGGAUGCAGUGCGAAUAUCAGCACGUAUCAUUACAGAGCAGGGUACACUGGUGUUUCAUAGUUUUGGCACUGCCAUGUUUUGUAAUACCCACCAUACCUUGGCUGAGAGUAAUGAGAGUUAUGUUACACGACAUUGUAAAUGCAUAUACUUGUAAUGAAUGUGGAUAACUAGCUUUAGGGUACACCCAAUGUAAAUGUGCAUGUAUAUUGUGCUCUCCCACUAAAUCUUAGCUCACAGCUAGUUAGCAAAGCAGACAGAAAUAGUGUUGUGUUUAUUUCAAACAGAGUUUUCCUCUGUGAAUAGUUCUGUAAAACUGCAAUACAAUAAGAUAAUCUAAUAUUACAAUAUGUAUUUACAGGUGACACUUUGAAAAUAAGUAUGAUAUUAAAGGAACACAAACAUGUAUACCUGACCGUAUAGUGUUAAAACCACCAUCUAGCCCCCCUGGCCACUAUGAGGAAAGGUCAGUGCUUGCAUGCAGAGGGUGGAGACACUAAAUGGCAAUGCUGCUUACUCUGCAGCACCUCCCCAGGAAGAACCUCUAGCAUAUAUCUGAGGAGUGGUCAGUGGAGUUAUCUCUAGGCUGUAGGGCCACCCCCAACACAGCUCAAGGUCUGGACCCCCAGGGGCCCGCCUCCAAGCCCGUCUGAUUCCUGUGAAGUAAUGAACUGUAAUUACAACUAGAGAUGUCGCGAACUGCUCGCCGAACUGUUCGCGAACUGUCCACCGGCGAACAAUAACGUGUUCGCGUUUGGCGAACAUAUACGAUUUCCGGUCCGCCCCCUAUUCGUCAUCAUUGAGUAAACUUUGACCCGGAACCUCACAGUCAGCAGACACAUUCCAGCCAAUCAGCAGCAGACCCUCCCUUCCAGGAAGUGUCUGCUGACUGUGAGGUUCCGGGUCAAAGUUUACUCAAUGAUGACGAAUAGGGGGCGGACCGGAAAUUGUAUAUGUUCGCCCAACGCGAACACGCUAUUGUUCGCCGGCGGACAGUUCGCGAACAGUUCGGCGAGCAGUUCGCGACAUCUCUAAUUACAACAUACAACCAUCAGGUAUGCUUAAUGCAAUAAUUAUAUAUUAGACAGCAUAGAUAUAGUUAUGCAAUUUUUAAUUGGGGGUAUGUCUAAACAUAUAUUGCAAUAGCUGCAGAUCUCUUGUCUGUAGUCUUUAAAAAGCAUCCCCUUCUGAGCCCGCCCAGACUUUCUGUGGCUGUCCAAUCACAUACUUGUAAAUGUAGCUGAGUGUGAAGUCUUUGCAAGGCAGGUGCUCUGAGCAAUUGCUGUCUCUUGAGUUUAACUCCUCUGCACUAAGCAACCAGGAAGUAACAAGACCUUUUCUCUGAUUGACAGCCAUGGGGGUGUAUCAAGUUCAAUUUAUAAAAGUGUCAAUUUCCACUGAAAUCUGCAUUUGUAAAAUGAAAAAAAAAGUAUAAAGCACUUCAUCAAAUGAAUGUGCUUUAGGAGUUUGGAGUGUCCUUUUAAUGUUGGUAAUUACUGCAAAGUAUGCUAACUAGUUAUCCAUAUACAAGCAAGACAAAUGUACUGUCUUUUGUUAAAGAAGUUAUUGAUAUUAUUUAUUAUUAUACUAUGCUAUUUACUGGGCUAUGACAUUGCUGUAAUAGAUAGAUGGCACAGUUAGAUACAAAGUAAUAUAAGCUGAAAAAAUAGAUCCAUUGAGUUUAAUAUUUGACACAUUCUUUUUACUGCUGUUCAAAAAAAAUCAGUUUGAAGUAAUGUCCAACUGAGCCACAAAGUAGAUUUUUCAUUGGAUUGACAAGCUGUUACAAUGCAAAUUUAUAAAGUUAUAUUCAUUACUUCUUUCAGUGAAUUUUAGAUAUUCUUGUAUGUUAAAAAUGUUGGUUUGUAAAUGUAGAUUUCUUAGUAGCAUAGGGUCAGUUUUGAGUAUACGAAGUAUAUGACCCUUACUUAGUAUUAUAGCUUGACUUAAAUUUUUGCCACACACUCCCCUCUGCUUUCAUUGUUUUUUGCAUGUUAUAUCUAUUCAAUAAUAUAUUUCAAUGUGUAGAUUUACUUGUUCUUGGGGGAGGAAACUUCCUCUGCCUUUAAUUAGGGUAAGCUCUGGAAGUGAUAGAAAAGUUUGCAUGUCGAGAGGUGGUAUAUUCUAAAUGGAACCAGGCAGUUCUGAAGAGUAUAACUAAUAACUGGAAUUGCGCCAUAUGGUUUUUAUUGAUUUAGUAUUUAUUAAAAAAAAAAACACAUCUACCAACAUGAAAAAAAAACUCAGGGGUGUUUUGUGCGAGAUACUUUAUGAGACAGUUGGCUGUAGAUUAGGUGCCUGAAUGGUUCUUUUAAGUUACCGCACAGUCUGCAUUCGAAAAUUUUGAAGUAGCUUGAGGCAAUGCUUUAUUUUGAGAAUUCUACUUGCUGGCUAUUUUUUAGUUGUCAUGGAAACAUUCAAUGCAUGAAGGAAGACAUUGGAUGAUAUUUGACUGGAGAGCCUACUUUUCGUUCCAUGCAAAGUACCACUUUGCCAAUUCCACUUCACAUACAGCAGAUCAGGAAAGGAAUUCAGACGAUUAGAAGUUGACAUUAGAAAUAGUUUGGUACUACCUGAUUACAUAGUAAGUCGUUUCCUCCAAAAAGUCAAACAUACUGUUUUAGAAGAUUUUCCAACAUACCAAUAAUGAUCUAUUUUGAAUACCAACAUGAUUAUUCAACCAAGUUAGAAUUGUUGGAAAAUCAAAGUGAAUUUUAAAUAUAAGGUCAAAGUAACCAAACUGGGAGCCCAACUGAAUUUGAGAAUGUUUCCCUUUUUGGCAAUUUUGGACAAAUUGUCCCUUUAAUGAAGAACCCUACCAAAGUCAUACAAGAAUCUGAAUUGGCAGUUCUACCAUCUCCUAUCAGUAUUGGUACGGCAUUGACCAUGGGUUAUUCGCCAACUCCCAGCUGCUGUUUUAUUACAAGAGGUAAGCAUAAAAUUAUAGGAAACACAGUCCUUGAUCGUGGUUUCCCUUGUGAGCACUGAGCAGGAUGAGAACUGGGCCUAAAUACCCCUCCUCUAGAUCUGAUAGGCUGUAAUCGGCCUUUGACCCCAAAGGCAGUUACCAGGUUCCCAUUUGCAUAAUUGCUGCUCAGCAUUAACCCUUCUGUGGAUUUGGCUGCUGCUCAGCACACCUUUUCAUGUGGCAUAGCACCUGGUAGUAAGUUAAUGGAACAGCCAUAUGGUCUGUGAGGAGGUUGAGUAUUAGACUGCGUUUUGCUGAAUACUUAUUUAAUGUCUUGGUAUUGUAUAGGGAUCUCUGGAUUUUGAGGUGUACUAGUGGGUAAUUCAAUAGUGCCCACUCUUUUGGUGACAUGCAAUAUGCACCUUUCAAUACAAUCCUUACCCCAUUCUAAUAUUUCCCCAUUAGCCCAGUCAAUAUGAGGGUUAUGCUUGCUAAGCCAUGGGAAUCCUAAUAUAAUAGGACAAGAAGGAGAUACAAUCACCUGAAAUGUAAUAUCUUCCUUAUGUAAAGCACCAAUGGAAAUAUUAAUGGGUAAGGUUUCAUGCGUUAUCAAUGGUUGUGAGAGUGGUCUCCCAUCAAUAGCUUCAACAGCUAGGGGUGAUAGUCUCUCUUUGAUAGGUAUAGUAUUACCUUUGUCAAAUUGAACGUUGAUAAAGUUUCCAGCAGCACCUGGAUCCAUCAGGGCUUUGCAUGAAAAGUUAUUUUUGUCAAAGGCGAUAGAAAUGUCAAGGAGAAACCUAUUUUUAUUCUUUUCAGAGGACGUUUCCAUUACACCUAAGACCUGUCCCCUUAAGGUGCUUAGGUGCGGUAGUUUUCCGGACGUAUGGGACAAUUGUUUCUCAUAUGUCCCUUCCUACUGCAGUACAGACAUAGGCCCAGGGCCGGACUGGCCCACCGGGAUACCGGGAACUUUCCCGGUGGGCCGCGGCACCUAGGGCCGGUCUGGCAGCCCUUAUCAUUGGGCUGACAGCUCCUGUGCAGCUCCUGUGAUCCCGGCCGGCCAUGUGUGAGCUGUGCGGCCGCACAGAGCCCCAUGGGAGCAGGGGGAGCCAGGCGGCCGGCACAGCUCCACAUGGCAGCCCGGGAUGAGAAAAAUAAAAAUAAAUUUGUGGCGGGGCGUGCCUUUUGUGUGUGCCGGGGCGGAGCUUAGCGUGCGGCGGGGGCCUGGCUGACUGCAGCAUGGGAAGCAGGAAGGAGUUCCUGCUUCCCCAACAACCAGCCUCCAGGAGUUCCAAGCAGGAGGCAAGAAGCAGGUCAGUGUGUGAGUGUGUGACUGCCUGUGUGUGACUGUCUGUGUGAGUGUGUGACUGUCUGUGUGAGUGUGUGACUGUGUGACUGUGUGAGUGUGUGACUGUGUGACUGUCUGUGAGUGUGUGACUGUGUGACUGUCUGUGUGAGACUGUGUGAGUGUGUGAGUGUGUGACUGUCUGUGUGAGACUGUGUGAGUGUGUGACUGUCUGUGUGAGACUGUGUGACUGUCUGUGUGAGACUGUGUGACUGUCUGUGAGUGUGUGACUGUCUGUGAGUGUGUGACUGUCUGUGUGAAUUUCAGGGACAAUAGGUCUGGAAAAACAGAGUGCUAAAUGCAUACUCAUGCGUCUGGUCUUGUUUCUAGUAGCUUCUCUGGUUCUUAAUCUAUUAUCAAUAUGCAUAACAAAAGUGAUAAAUUCAUUAAGCUUUUUGGGUAAGUCUUUGGCAGCAAUCUCAUCUAGCAUAGUUUCAGAUAAUCCCUUUUUAAAUGCAGAGAUUAACCCACUAUUAGUCCAGUCUACCUCGGAAGCUAGGGUACGAAAUUCUAUGGCAUAUUCCGAGAUAGACCGGUUCCCUUGUCUGAUGUGCAUCAGGGCAGUAGAGGCGUCAUCCUCUUUGCCUAAAGCUUCAAACGUAAGUUUGAAUUCCGUAAGGAACUCCUGGUAAUUGUGUGCUACACUCCUAUUACUCUCCCAUAAUGGAUUGGCCGAAGCUAAAGCUUUACCUUUUAAUUGAUUCAUUAGGUAACCAAUUUUAGCUCUGUCUGUGGGAAAAGAUCCCGGUGAGGCCUCAAAAUGAUAUUCCAUUUGGUUAAUAAAUCCCCGGCAUUCUUGAAUAUUACCAUCAACAUGCAGGGGAGGAGAUAGGGAGAUAGUAGGUGCCCUGUGUACUAUAGCUUGAGGUACACAAGGUGGAGGUGAGGCCGCAGGUUGCAGAUGCGCUGUUUGGGUAAGAAGCGUACUGAAUACCUUGGCAAAUUGAUCCAUGCAGUGAUCAUUAUCCUCCAGUUUCCUUUCACACGCAGCUAUGUGCUUACACAAUUCUACAGGAUCUAUGGCCAUGUCGUAAUGUCAGGAUUACAGAAUGAUCCAGCACGUAGAAUUGUGUAACACAGAGGACUGAUAGGUAACGUAUACCUUAGACCUUAGAAUGGCCGGACUAACGUACCAAGAAUAGUCAGGAAUAGCCGAAAUCAAGGGAAACAGAAAGAGACACAACGAUAAGGAAAGGCCAGGAGUCAGGGAAGUCAAAAACAAUGCCAAAGUCAAAAAAACAGAAUAACCAGAAUCAAUAACGCGCUCUCGGACAACCACAAGGAAAACCACGACAGGGCACUGAGCAGGAUGAGAACGGGGCCUAAAUACCCUUCCUCUAUAUCUGAUAGGCUGUAGCCGGCCUUUGACCCCAAAGGCAGUUACCAGGUUACCAUUUGCAUAAUUGCUGCUCAGCAUUAACCCUUCUGUGGAUUUGGUUGCUACUCGGCACAACUUUUUAUGUGUGGACAGUAAAUGCCAUUAACCACAUUUUUAUAAGCGGAUGAAUACGUGACAGCUAGUAAGCUAAUCUAUGUUUGGGAAAGGUUCCCUGAAAGUAGAUCUGCUUUCUAGUGCAUGCUUGCUAGUGUUUUUCCCGAAAUAAGACAUCCCCUGAAAAUAAGCCCUAGUGCAUUUUUCAGGGGAAAAUUUAAUAUAAGACCCGGUCUUAUUUAUGGAAAAAUUUUAACUUUAAGUGUAUCCCGUCCAAAGAAAUCCUUAGGUGGGGAUAAUUCCACCAGCGCUGUGGCAAUAGAGCAGUACCUGUCUGCUCUAUUCUUGUAAGUAUAACUCAUUUUAAGAUAUUAUCUUGUUGUUCAUACUGAGAGCACUAUUUGCUGUUUUAUAUAUAUUCUGUGGACACCUACUAUCCAAUACCGGAGAGGCGGACCUAUCUCCUCAGCAUUUAAAGAACAACGCAUAUCCGAGUAGGUUCUAGCCUACAUUAAAGGAAUUCCAAGCCGGAUAGACGGACCAACCAUCUAAGUACAUCCGAUAGUGGGGAUCAAACCACUAAGUGUCUCUUCUCCUAGAGCUGGUUAAAGCUCCAACAAAUGUGAGUGAAAUACAUUUCCUUUGAAUAUAUACCACAUCUGGACAUACAAUAUUUCACCAUUGGCAGCUUUUUCUUUUUUCUUUUAUCUUCACAUAUAUGGACUACCUACCAUACGGACGGAGUAACACUUGAGGAUUACUAUCGUAUUACUGCACAUCAGUGAGACUGUUCCAAUUUAUACUUUUAAAUAUCUGGAUGAACUUUACUUGAUUUUACUAUUAUUGCUUAUUUUAUUUAUAUACAUUUUUAUACACUUGUUAUCUUUUUGUUCAAGCGCAGCCCUUGACCCCCUUUCUUGCAUUUUCUUGUUUUUAAUAAAAGGGUUUCCUGAAGGAUUUCCCUUUUAGGGUUGCUGCUUAAUUGAGUUAGCGCAGACUCUUCCUCCUUUCUAGAAUACUGCGAUUGACUGUACAUUUUAUUUAACUAAAAAUAAUCAUAACAGCUCCCCCUACUGUUGAGGUCUGUCAUACACAUGUGUUAUAAUCUUGAUGACUAAUGUUGCCGCUCCAAAACACAUAAGGAUCUGAAAAUACUGUGAUCUGCAAACGUUAAGACAUCAUCUCCUUCUGACACAAUAAUGCACACUAUCUCUCACAUACCCCUGUCUAACCACUCCUUAUAAAUCUCUCUCCCACCCUUCCACUGCUAAAGCCUGUGCGUGUGGGAGAAACCGCACAACAAGGCCACACCUGUCACAGGCUGUCAUCCAGGGUUGUGCCUGACGCACUUGGAAUCUUGACCUUACUUGGGUAGAAGCAACUAAAUAAAACUUGAAAAUGUUCUUUUAUAGGCUUAUUAAACCAGCUUGGUGUAUAAUAAUCUUUAGGUUAAAUAUAAAGCUAACAUGGCUACUUGUUUACUAUUGUUUGUGUUCCAUGGUCAAGCAGUGAUGGCUGAUCUGGGUACCCCAGAUAUUUGUUUGAGAACUUUAUUCCCCAAAAUGUUCAGCCGAUAAAGAGAAACUCAUUGCUUGAAUAUCUUGGGUGCCAGUUAUUUGUUUAUAGGUGUCAAAGGAGAAUCAUCAACGUUCCAAACAAGUUCUCAUUAAAUACAGUACUUGUAUAUAUCAAGUUUAUAGAGUGCAGUACUUUGUGUUCUGGAUCAAAUAAAAAAAAAUAAGAAACACUUGGAAUUUGUGGAUGAAAAAUAAUUUGAUGUCUGCAUUGUUUAUAGUGAUUACACAGGUGUCUCCAUUUUAUUUUUCUUUACAGUUUGCUCAGUUAGCUAUGCCAUAGUACAGGUUUGGUCAGAGAGAUUGGGCUGCAGAUUAUUUUCUUUGGGCUGGGAGCUGUAGGUAUGAAUAAAGGGAGAGGUUGGGAAUUGAUGUGUGUGCCAAGUGCCAACCUCGGUUUACAAACUCCUCCAGAUAAAUCAAAGGUAUUUUCUCUGUUUUAACAGGCUGAAAUGUUUAAAAGGUACGUGUUGUUCUAAUUGAAACAGUGUCUAGAUUAAAUGGUUUUAUUAACUUUAUUCGCUCUGACGACUCGAGCCAUGAUUUCAAUCUGGACAAGGAGUGCACGUGUAUUUUAUUCACUGAAUGAUAAUAAAUAUAUCAAAUCUACUCCCACCGUUUCUCAAGCACCUGUAGUUGUUGGUUAUUGUACGCCCCUUACUUUGCAUUUUUUAUUAAUAAAAAAACACGUGUUAGUGUGUAAAUAUGUCUGUAAUCUGCAUGUAUGUUACUGUGUGAGAUUGUUUAUAUUUACCUGCAAAAUCCAACACUACACAUAAAUGCAUGCUUGCAUUCAAAUGCCAACAUCACACACAAAUAUUCCCUUACAUACACACAAAUAUGCUGCAUACAAAAACAUGCUUACAUUUAAGCACACAAACACUGCUCCGUGCUAAAUAAAACCAGAUAUUAAAAUUGGAGUUGCACGACAGAUGGGGAUCUACGUUAUGGCCACCCUAUUAAUAGGGGACCCAAAAAUAUGCACGUGGGCCCUCUCUACUUUAGUUUUGCCAUUGCAUUGGUGUGGAGGUGUGAUUGCAUGCUAGGAAGCAGAGGGGCAGGAUCCAGGGGGCCUAAGCAAUUACUUUCCCAGGCUCUGAUGGGAGCACUGUUCCUGUGAUCUCUGCAGCCGUAGUGCCCUGAACAUAGCGCAAACACAUCUUAUGAAGUGCUCGCGCUAUGCUUAUUGGCGAUAGUUGGGACAGCGGAUUGUCACUCCAAAAUCAGGACUGUCGAGAGACAGUAAAUAAAACAGGUGUAGAAGCAGAGAGAGAUAUUUUCUGUUACUUUGGCUAUGAAUGCACACAAACAUAUGUUUCAUACAGUAUGUACGUAAUGGGUUUCUAAAUUAACACAGAGCCUUCAAAAUAAGAAUACUAUCAUAGAACUGAGUGAAGCUGCAGCCCACAACAUUUGACCCGCUGUCCCACUUACCUGAAUUCCCCUCAUAACAACUUGAAAGAACACUCUAAGCAACUAAACACAUUUAGCUUAAAGGGUUACUCCAACCAUCAUAACCACCACAGCCUGCACUAUGACCACUUCUGAUCACUGAUAUGGUCAUGGUGCUUGCAUGCCUCCCAUGCAUCCAGAUGCCAAAGGGACAGUGUCAAUUUUCAGAUCCCGUCACAACUAUUCCGACUUUGUUCCCAGGUGUCCAGCUUUUGGAGAAACUGGCCCCAACAAGCAUUGUGUGAGUGCAUCAUUAUACCAUGCUUGCUCUGUGCUCAGGCAUUAGGACACUGAAACAGUGCUAUGGGUGGGCCCACUCCCUUUCCGAAUCAACCGAUUCACUUUUAACCCUUCACAGGAUGCCAAAGUUGAGAGGUAUGUGCUUGGAACCACACUUUAAUGAAGUAGUUUGGGUGUAUAGAUCAGAGAUCAUUAUAGAUCAUGUAUCCUACCUUAAAUAAGCACAAUCAGCAUUUUGCAUCAGUUAGCCAGCCAUAAGGGUCCAGAUCUCGGCUGCCACAUCAAGGUUAUGGAAAUAAAACUUCAUUGCAUCUUGUUGGCUACAGAGGGACACUUUAACCAUAUUGUGUGCUUUUUCACCGUUCAGAAAUCUUCCUGUUAUCACAAAUGAGGUCAAAAAACCUGAUGCCUUCAGGCUUAAAGGGAUACUCUAAGUACCAAAACAACCUUAGCUAAGAUCUUGCCCCUGCAGUCUCACUGCUCAAUUCUCUGCCAUUCAGGAGUUAAAUCACUAUGUUUAUGCAGCCGUAGCCAUGUAUCCCAUGUCUGUGACUCAUUUAGUUUCCAUGAAAAAAAUGUUAAAAUUUUACAGCACUAUGUGUUUACAAAGUUACUUCAAUCCUAAAUGGCAGAAAAUUUAGCAUCAGGUUUUUUGACCUCAUUUGUGAUAACAGGAAGAUUUCUGAACGGUGAAAAAGCACACAAUAUGGUUAAAGUGUCCCUCUGUAGCCAACAAGAUGCAGUGAAGUUUUAUUUCCAUAACCUUGAUGUGGCAGCCGAGAUCUGGACCCUUAUGGCUGGCUAACUGAUGCAAAAUGCUGAUUGUGCUUAUUUAAGGUAGGAUGUCAAUUUUAAACAGAUCGCAGACCAGUGGUUGUAAGGACUUUAAGUUCUUCUUCAGGACUAGGUGUCCUUCCCUCUGUUGCUAAAAUUUAUAUCCCAGAAUUCUGACAAUUACAGAGUAGAAGGAAUUCCUGCUAGAAAUUAUUGUAAACUGGUAUUAACGGUACUUGUAUUCUUGGGAACUUGCCUUGGUUAAAGGGACACUAUAGUCACCAGAACAACUACAGCUUAUUGAAUUUGUUCUGGUGAGUAGAAUUAUUACCUUCAGGCUUUUUGCUGUGAACAUUGUCUUUUCAGAGAAAAUGCAGUGUUUACAUUACAGCCUAGUGAUACCUUCACUGGCCACUCCUCAGAUGGCUGUUAGAGAUCCUUCCUGGGUCAUGGCUGCCUAAAAUGCAUCCAAACAUUCAGUGUCUCCUCCCUCUGCAUGCAAACACAGAACUUUCCUCAUAGAGUUUCAUUGUUUCAGUUCAUCUCUAUGAAGAGAUGCUGAUUGGCCAGGGCUGUGUUUGAAUUGUGCUGGCUCUGCCCCUGAUCUGCCUCUUUGUCAGUCUCAGCCAAUCCUAUGAGGAAGCAUUGUGAUUGGAUCAGGCCACCACUUCUGAUGAUGUCAGUGGUCAGAGGAAGUUCACAGGCAGAGGCAGCAGUUUCAGACUUUAAUACAAGUAAGAUUUUACUAUAUUUAGGGAAGCAAAAGGGGCCAAGGGGGCUAGAUAGUGGUUUUAACACUUUAGGGUCAGGAAUACAUGUUUGUGUUCCUGACCCUAUAGUGCUGCUUUAAGGAAUUAUGACUUUAGGGUUGGGGGGAGGGAGGUGCAGGAACCUAAAUUAAGAAAUCAGAGGUUACGGGACAAGCAUUGCCCACUGUUCAUGGUUAAAGAAAUGUGUUCAUCGCCAUAACUGCAUGGAAAGAGAGAGCUUUGUUAAAUUAUUAUGCACCAAGCGUCCCCGGGUUCUGUCCAUAUUAACUUACAAAGUCACCAGCUCAGGGGUAACUCUAAAUGUGUUUUUAGAGAAUAUGGUAUUGAGUUAUCAGAUAUUCCAUUUACAUAGGAAUCAAAUAGGGUUCCAAGGAAAAUCCAUUUCCAGGUAUAGCUUGGUUCUCAUCCCUCAUUGUAUUAUCGUCUCUUGAAGUGUAUAGCUACACAACAUAAAAAUAUCGCACAGCACAAAUAAACAUACUAUCAUAUUUAUAUGCAUCUCUCAUUAGAUAUUUGUAAUGGAAAGAAAUCGAUGAAAACCAAACAAAUUUGGAAUGCUUGACUUUGCCUGUUAGGUUUGAUUGGAUGAGGCACUUUGCCGUAAAUGCUGCAUUUGUCCAAGUGAUUCCCACCAUUUGUUAAUAUUUCCAGCGUUCAAUAAAUGCCCCUUGCUUUUGACAGUGUCCUCUAACUGACCUGGCUCAUACUUUCCAAAGACACUUCAAAGCUGGAAAAGGCUGGCACAGUGUUUGUCCUGUAGAAUGGGGGCUCUGUUCUGCUAAAACGGAUAUAAAUCCAAUUUUUAAUAUCCAUAAUUCCUUUAUGUAUACAUUGUGAUAGCCACAUGACUUGCAAAUAUGUGAGGAUAAAAUCAUGUAAAUUAAAUUAUAUUUUAGAAGUACUAAGCCUGUGUGCCAGCAGUCGCCACGUGUUUAAUGCCACUGUUAUCAACAUACUGCACUAUGAACCUUAGAGGAAUCAUGAGCAGCCCUGAGAUAACUAUUCCUUGUAAUCCAUACAUUUGCUAGUGAUUUCAACACACAGAGUAUAGAUCAGAUUUGUAUACAGCAUUCUUUUUUUUUUUUUUUUAUUGAAUUAUAUAUCAUAAAACAUUUUAUGUAAAUAGACAUACAAAAAAAGGUAAUAAUGAUUCUUUCUAGAAUCAAACAUAACAAUAGUCAUACCAUAAUCACAGAUGGAUAACUUAUUAAUAUUCUUAAAUCUUUACCUUUCAUUGUCUUAGAUCAUUAUUAACAGUAUAUCAGUUUUUUAUUUUCCAGGAUUAAUUUCUACUAUUACAUCAAUUAUACAUAUUGUUGUCACAGUCGCGUUCAAACUUUCACAACAAUACAUGUUACUCAUAUAUUGUUGACCAAAACACAAAAGAUAUGAAGAUUUAUAUUUUCCUUAUUCUCCUUUCUAACUCUUUUUACCUUUCUUAUAAGUCAACUGUAUAGACUUUCUUGUUUCCCAUACAGUGUUUAUCCUUUCUAUGAUUAUAUCCCAUUCAUUCAAACUUCUACAUAUAUUAAAACAUAGAUUGGGUUAAUUCUUUAGUCAUCAGAUAUAUAAUUUUUCUCUUAUCUUUCUUUUACUUCCCUUUUUUUCCCCCUGCCAUUCCCUUUACACAUUCUCUUUUUUUCCUUUCUCACCCUCUCUCUUUUUUCUUUUUCCUCUCCUUUUUCUUUCCUCUUUUUUUCCCUUCUUUUUUCCUUUCCAUCCCUUUCCCUUCUUCUCUUUCUUUCUUUUCUCCCUAAUUUUUCCCUUUCUUUUCCUUUCCAUUAGUUUUUUCCCUUUUUUUCCCUUUCCUUUUUUUUCUUUUUCUCUUCCUUCUUUUUUUAAUGUUUACAGUGGUUCUCACAUUUAAUGUAUACCUUUUUACAUUAAAUUAUUCAUAAUUUUAGCCUUCUAUAUGAUUGAUAUCUGCUAUAAGGGUAUUAUAUACCUCUGUUGUUGUAUUUUUUUUAAUAAACAUUAUACCAAAUUACUCCCUUUUCCAUCUCCAAUUGGUUCUGAAUUUGGCCCUUUAUAUUGGGGAUAUCAAUUCUUUCCCAUAAUUUUGCAAUCAGAAGCUUAGUGGCCAUAAGACAGUGAGUAACUAGUAUUUCGUUUUUUUAAUCUAAUUUAUUAUUAUAAAUGUAUAAUAGGGCUAUUUCUGGUGUAAAAUUUAAAUGGAUAUUACUUAUCGCAGUUAUUAUUUUAAAUGUAAGGUCCCAUAAUAGUUGGAUUCUAGGGCAAUUCCACCAUAUAUGUAUCAUAGAGCCAUCUAAAUUAAAACAUCUCCAACAAUUUAAACGUUAUGUCUUGGAAACAGUUUGCGGAUUUAGUCAAGUUACCUUUCUUUACUUACCCCCCUUCUGCGUACACUAUCAGGGAAAUUAACUAAACUGUGAAUUGUCAGGAAUUCACCAGUGAAUUGUAGUGUAAAAUGACUGAAUUAGAAAAUGCUCCGUAAGCCAUGUUUCCAGAACCUAUAUUGAUCUUAACUGUGAAAUACCCUGCUCAUUUUACAACAAUUCAUGGUUUAGUCAAUAUUGUAAUUAUUAUUAGGAGUAGUAUUAGUAUUAUUAUUAUUAGCAUAUAUAAGCUGAGCUUACAAACUAAAAGGAUUUUGGUUAGGUGGAUACACAAUGAUCAGCCACAACAUUAAAGCCCUUUGCCUAAUAUCAUGUAGGCCCCUGUGUUUCCAAAACAGCACUGCUGAGUCAAGGCAUGGACUCCACAAGGCCUCUGAACAAUAUUGGUAUCUGGCACCAAGACAUUAGCAGCAGAUCCUUCAAGUCCUGCAGGUUACGAGGUGGGGCCUCCAUGGAUCGGAUUAGUUGUUCCAGCACUUCCCACACAUGCUCAAUCGGAUUGAGAUCUGGGGAAUUUGGAUGCCAAGGCAACACUUGAUCUCUUUAUCAUGUUUCUCAAACCAUUCAUUAACAAUUGUUAUACAAUUAUGCAAAUAUAGAAAUGGGGUAUUUGUAGGUGAAGAAGACCCUGCUGAAACGAGUUUACAAUCUAGGAGGAUUUGAGAUAGGUGGAUAUAACGUUAGGUGACUUGCCUAAGAACAUUUACUAGUAAAGUGGUCUGACUGGGAUUCGAACCUAGGAUUCCCAGUUCUAAUGCAGUGACGUUUCUUCUAUCUGAAAAUAUAAUUUCCAUAAAACCAUUAAUAUAAUAAAACAUUGCAAGCUUAUAUGAAGUAUUUUAAUUACAGACUUACUAUAGGUAAACAUAGAAAGUGUUUAGAUAGGAACUUUAAAGUUAAAUAGACAGCUUGCAAUAAGAACUAACUUUACUUCUUUUUUUUUUAUCUAAUACAUUUUUUACAGCUUACUGCCUCAAGUCUGGGCUGUGACCUAUUGUCCAACCCUAUAGACGGAAUUAUUAGUCACAUUCCACCCACUCUGCAACCUACAUCUAAGCUAUACGUACAAUGCCUAUUAUAAAGAGAAAUUCAUAUACGAUUGAAAGGAAUAGAAAUGAAAAAGGUAAUAAAAAUAUCUAAAUAUACAAUAGGAACACGGUUUGCCAAGGUUUCUCAUCUGUACAAUUCUGCCCAAUGACCUUUAUAUAAAUGUUAUAUGAAUUCUGAUUGGCUGACAACAUCAAACAGCCAUUUAGAAUAUUUUUAAAAAAUUUCUUCUGUGGGUGUUCUUCUUUAAGCAUGUUAUCGUGAUGAGAUGACAACGGCAGAAAAAUAAAGUCAAACUAGAAGAUUUAAAAGAAAUACCCAAAUCAUAUUUUUUUGGCUCAGCCAAUUUUGGCUUCAAUUUAGCAUUUCGGAUAUCAGAUCAUCAUGACAAAAUCUUUAGUGACUAGUCCUCUAUAUCUCAUUGUAACCCAAUUAUUUUUUUUAAUUAUUAUCACCAGAGAAGGAUUAACAUCCCAUGGGGUCCUACGCAAGUUAGCAGUUUGGGUCCCCCUUCAUUCUUUACAUAUGGAUGGUUAAUGGGGCCACGCAAACUCAUGGUUCUGGGGAGCCUGUUAAACCUCGCUACCCUAGAUGUUCGCCUAGAGUAGCUGUCAGGAUCCUAUCCAGACAACCAAAGUUAUGUUUCAUUUUUUCUUUUAUUUCUACAAAUUUCAGUUUUCCAGCACUAGUGGCCUCCCUAGCCACUAGUCUAAAUCCACAGUUUCUCUCACCUUCCUAGCGUGAUUAAUAAAUCUGCUAUAAGGAGCCACACCCUGCUGAACAAAUGGCCUUUAAAGUGAAUUAAUGAAGUUGAUCUUCAACCUGAUUAAACAUCUGAUCCUGGCACCUAUAGAGAAAACAUUGAACCCAACCUGAUUUAUGGGAACAACCUGCUUUAUUUCCAAACUGCUUAAUGCCAAUAAGCUUGGGGACAAACCUGAUCGACAAUACCUACCUGCUUAAAUCCACACUGGACUUCGAUACCUUCUUGCGUUGUUUCAAACCUACCUUAUCUACGCUACCAACCUGCACAAUAUAAACAUUCCUGUUAUUUUGCAACUAUCCUGAAUGACCCUGUUACAAUUAUCUGAAAUCUGCAAUACUUCAUCCAAACCAAAGAAGCUGAUCACCUAAACUUAUGAAUAUCCUGUAUUUCUGAAACCUUUAUAGUCUGUUUUGUUCUGUCUUAUUAUAUUUGUUUACCCGUAACCUAUAUUUUCAUUUAUAGGUUUUCCUUCACGUUAUUUACUUAUAAUUUCAUUUAUAGGCUCUUCUUCACUUUAUUUACCCAUAAUUUCAUUUAUAGGUUUUCCUGCUACCUAAUAACCUGUCUGGGACAUAUUGCCUAACUUUCUAUUCUUGUUAUUCCUCUAUAUACUUACUUAUAAUCUCUUUUAUAGGUUCCGCUUUCUCCCUUUGACCUAUAUUUUCCUUUAUAGGCGUUAUUUCCUAAGUAACCGGUUCUGGACAUAUUUCCUAACCCUCUAUUUAAUUUUCUCCUUUUUACUUUCAUUCCUCUAUAUUAUUUCCACUUCCCUUUAAUUCCUGCUACACUUAUUAUUACAAGAAAACCACGUCAAAGAUUAUAAAUAAAGAGCCUAAAGUUAACCCUGGUAUAAGUCUCUUAUGUGACCUGAUCAAGAACCUGACAUGACAGUUACGUUAUUAUUAUUAUUAUGAUAUUUAUAGAUCGCCGUCGAACUCCGCAGCGCUUUACAAUGGGUGGACGAACAGACAUGUAGUUGUAACCAGACAAGUUGGACACACAGGAACAGAGGGGUUGAGGGCCCUGCUCAAUGAGCUUACAUGCUAGAGGGAGUGGGGUAAAAUGACACAAAAAGGUAAGGAUAGCAUUAGACUAGUGGAAGUUGCAGAAGAGGAAUCAGUCAGGAGCUAUUAACAGUUUAAUUAUAAAACGUUAUAGUUAAUCCUGCUCUGUUUGUCAACCAUAAGUUUUGCUGCAGUCUACGACAAACACAGCUGAUAGCUGUUACACAUAUAUUUGAUGUUUUAUGUAUCUUCAGGCAUUAAUGAUAGACCUGAUGUAAUAGAUUGAAGUAUUUAUGGAAGUCUUUCUCUUGUCUAUAUUAUCAGCGUAUGAUUUGUGCAGUGGUACUAUUUAUGGUCUUGGAUGAAAUUAUGUACCAGUAAAUCUUUCAUCAGACUAAGAAAUAAAAAGACUGCUGAUUGCAGAAACAUUUUAUUUCAACUAUAUAUAUUACUUAACUGUGUGUAAACAUGCAAUUACCACCCCCUCUCAUUGUCUGAUAUUCCCUCCUCCACAUUUUCAUCUCAUUGACCUAUCUAUAAGAUCUGUGUUGGACUGUCACCCUGUGUUUACUUAACAUUUCUUAAAUCCCACUAUUGUGUUUCAUUCCAUUGAUAUGUUAAUGAUAAAGUGUGAGGUCCAGCAGGUUCAAGAUUAGGAACCCUGGAUGCAGCUGUAAAACUAAUAGAACUCAAUAGCCAGGAAACCACCCACCAGCAGAGGUUGAGACCUUGACUUUGAACUGUUGAAUUGCUAGACAUUUUCCAGGGACUAGAUGUAAGAGGUCCAGUAUGGUUUAAAGUCGAGCCCAUUAUAUCAAUAAGUAGUCAGUACAGUAACAUACAAAGGUAGACAAAGGCAAAGAAGUAAAAACAUGCAGAACUUGUAAGGUUGACCUAGACAAUAACAAAGAGACACUAGAAGCAUAUUCAACCAGUCUACAUAAGACCAUCAUCUCGAUUGCAGGAGCCACCAGUAAAUGGUCACACAAACAUUAAACACGAAACCAGUUCCGGUCAGGAUUAUUGUGAUUGCUAUUACACGGACCAAACAACUAAGAAAAAAAAUCAAUAUCACACUAACUUGCAUCACUGAAUAAAGAUGAGAAGUCCCAUUAAAUAUAUAACUCCAACUGAACAUAUUAUGGGACAAAUGUCAUGGAGGAUGUUUCUCGUUUCAUCCUUGCAAUUAAAUAACAUCAACACUGCUACAACCUAUUACCUAAAAUAUCUAAUUCCAGACAAAUAUGUUUUGGCUCCCCAACGUGUUUUCUUUUCUUACCAGCCAAAGAAACAAACCAUAGGCUUUGUAGGAUUCAAAUGCUGCUAAAUACUUGACAUGUAACAGUGGCAGCCCGUGGGAAUUACCAAGACAGAUUCAUAAUAAAAAUGCAUUAGAGGGUAGGAUACAUUUGGUUUGCAUCUUUCUUUAUUUUAUCUAUCUAUCUAUCUAUCUAUCUAUCUACCUAUCUAUCUAUAUAUCAAACUAUAUAUAUAUUGCAGCAGUUUCAAGUUUUUAAGCAAGUGCUCUAGGAUCAAAGUCAAAAAUCCAAAAUAGCUUCAAAAGUUCCACCAAGUCAGUAGUACAUUGGAAGGUGGGUAUAGAAGAUGUUUCAUCUCAGUCAUGCCAUUUUCUGGUACAUGUUAACAUUUGGAACAUCCAAAAAGUCUCUUAAUGUUCAUGUGAAGAUGUCACAUGAACAUUAAGAGACUUUUUGGAUGUUCCAAAUGUUAACAUGUACCAGAAAAUGGCAUGACUGAGAAGCACAUCAAAGAACACGGGGUAAAUACAGCCAGUGGGCCACAGUGAUAAACAUAUCUGGGUACCGGGGGCAACUGUAAGGUAAAGGUUGUAUUUGUAUAAUGUAAAUUGCACUGUAAAAUGUACAAUGCCCAAAAUAUUUCACACUGUGUGAACAUGGGUGGGUGGUGAAUAUCUUUAUUAUGGAUUGUUGUAUUUUUUUAAUUUUUUUUUUAUGCUCUUCCAGUUUAAUUUUAGUGUUUUUUUUUUUUUGUCUUUUUACUGUGUAAAAUGUGCACACUCUGUCUUUGUUCGAAACUGAUUACAUCAGCCAACAGUAUAGUUUAAAAUUUACUGCGUGGUUUCUGUAGGUUCCUUAAACUCCUUGAACCGAUAUGAUGGUCUUUUGAAUCUGAAAUAUAAUGGUUGUACAGAUUAAGCUUAUCCUAGUUGUGUUAACAGAACGGUUUUGCACAUGUUCUGCUAAGAUUAUGCUAAGAGAAAAGGCUCUAUUUCCAUAUAACAUCACCAAGUAUUCUUCCAUCUGUAACAAUGUAUACUUGUUUGGUGCCCACUGUAUCUCUAAUGUUUGUUCUGUUUUCUAUUUCUUAAAAAUUCUGCAUUAAAUGAUAUUCUAGAAAUAAGUCUGUCUGUCAAUCUAUCUAUCUAAGGUAUCUGCCUAACUGAAUAGUCCUAUGUAACAUCAUAUAUCAGUAUAGAAGAGAAAAACGUCAGUUAUGAUAAUAGCUUAUUAUUUUAUAUAUUUGUUAUUUAGUAAAUCAUAAGAUUGUAACACCGGCAUAUUUUACGCAUUUGUCUCCUGUUGUUUGCCGAGAUAAAGAUUUUAUUGGCUAUGACAUAUGUAUAGUCGCCUUUCCGGCAUAUGCAUGGCAAUCCCAAAUAACCCCCCACAAAUAUUUGGACACCUUAAUUUUGGAAAGUUAUCACAGUUUUAAUAAUAUAAAUAAAGUUAAAAUAAUUUAAGGUCAUUGUCACAUAUUAACAUAACAUAUGCUCCACCAACUCCAUUAACAAUACUACCCCAGACAAUGACCCACAACACAAUAAGUAAAACCACAUUAUAACAUAUAAUUAAUAUAUAAACAAAACCAUUGCCACCAAGAGCAUAAUAUAACCAUUGCCACAGAGGGCAUGAUUUCCCAGGUUUUUUCAUGUAGGGGCAUACCGAGAUACACCCUACACACACCAGGUUCGGAGCUACCGACGAGCUCGAACCUACAAAUACUCUUCCAAACCUAACUGUUCUUAGCGAACAAAACUAUUUUACAUCAGGGCAAACCACCUACACCCCAACUUCUCUAUUCCUGCUGCCGUGACCAAACGGGAUCUAGAGAUCAAAUUAGGGAGGGUGGGACAAAACAGGUAAGUAAGGAUUAAUUAAGAUAGCCACUGAUCUGAAAUAGCCACUGUAUAUACUCUUUUAACCCAAAACCCAACCCCCAGCUAUUGUAGCCAGCCCCUUACAUUACACCCCUCCUAUGCCUGUCUCCUAGAAAUGUCAAGGCCCAUUCCCCUUAGCUGCGCUGCUCCAUGGGCUUCAUUCUGGACUAAGAUGUACAGCUUGCUUGUCAUCUUUUUACAACUGUUAAGUGAAUAAGCCCACAUUUGAUCUCUCAGUCUGUGGCUACGGACACUGAAUUCUAAUGUUUUCAAGUGUGCGUAAACACAGAUUUUGUUUAUGGUUUACAUUUUAAUCACAAGUCACUGUUUAGUUAAUAAGCCUGAAAGCAAAGCCACGUCAGAAAAAAAAACACAACAAUCUAUGAGAGGUCAAGCUAGCGAAGAUCAAAGAAGAAUUGAAGCCCAUAAUAUCAUUUUUAAAAACGGAGAAGAUCUAACGAGAGUUCAGCGUGGCAGCUUGCUUCCUUCAUGGCAAUGAGUUCCUGUGCUCUGUAACCACACAAUAGCCUUUAAAUAAACCUCACACAGGCUUCAGGGGGCUGUGAAAUUGGUGUUUGGUUGCAGUAGGAAAAGUGCCACUUCUUCCUGUUUAAUAAUACAGCCCCGAGCACAACACACAAUUGCCUAUCUUGAUUUUCAGUGGUGGGUGGUAAGCUUAACAGACCACGUUCUCUGUUCUUAAAAGCCUUUUGAAAUACAGUCAUGAAUGAAGCUUUCAUUAAAGAGUUUCUAUGCUCUUCACGAUGAAAAGAGAUUAAUGAGCCCAAUAUGUAAAGUCCAUCGAGAGGAAGAAUGAAAACUAAAAAUGCAUUUUACUUUAAACAAAAAGCAAACGCAAUUUACUGUAUUCUAUCGUUCAUCAUAGAGCCCUGACUCGUAAAAUAAUGGACUUAUUGUAAAAUAAAACUUUUCUGAACUCAAAAAUCACUAGUUCUACAACAGUGGUGAUUGCUUGUACCUGGAGUGGAACUUGGUAUCUAGUACAUAUCACGAAUUAGUGAAGGCAUUAAAGGGGCAGUCUAGUCACCAUAACCACUACAGUUAAUCACAGUAAUCAGUAAUUUGGUGUUCUCUGUGGACUCUGCCCCCCUACCUUCUUUCUUUCUUUAUUGUCUUAUUGUUUUGGAGUGUAAAUACAGGGCUUUUGCCAGCAGUCACAGCAUGUCUUUCUGCAGCUGCACUGAUAAUGUGGAAAUUAUUUUCCAAUUUCUAAACCUCCCAACAGUCCCCAAUUUUUGUGGAAUGCUGUAAGUGUAUUCCUAGCAUAUAGUACUUCCCUCUCCUGAGCUCCUCCUCCUCCCCGCUCCACACCAUGGCGAUAAAAGGGUUAAAAACCCUAUUGUCACUCACCUAAAUCCAGCAGGUCUGGGUCAGGCUCUGCCUACGCUCCCGCAGCGCUGAUGUCCCUUGGCGCUUGGUCAAGCUCCGCCUUAGCUCUUUCUCUCCGAACGUCGAUGACCUAAUGCGCAUGCGCUUCGAGUGCCGCAAUCACAUUAGGACAACCUCGUAGGAAAGCAUUAAAUCAUGCAUAGUGUGAGGACUUUCAGUGUCAGGCGACCAAAAGUCGCCUAACGACUUUGAUGCGCCUCUAGUGGCUCUCUGGUAGACAAUCAUUAGAGGAGGGGUUAACCCUGCAAUUUUAUUAUUGCAGUUUCUUAAUAAUUGCAAUAAUUACCAUUGCAGGGUUAAACUGACAGGAACACUGCACCCAGACCACCUGGGUGAGCUAAAUGUGGUCUGGGUGACUAUAGUGUCUCUUUAAAGAGACAAUCUAAGAAGCAUAAACACAACAUCCUAUUGUAAUUAUAAUGGUGAAAGGAGGCUCUGCAUGUAAUUACUUCAGUUACUUUAAUAAAUAUUUCAAGCACUUUGACAAAAAAAAAAGCAGGGGACCCUUGGCACCCAAAACCCACACCCUCUGCUAGGGAUUUGAUAAUGGGUAAGUUUCCACUUCAAAAUAUUUGUAUGAGCUAAAAACUUUGGUUGUGUAAGAUCACCAUUAAUCACUCUAGUGCUGCUAAACGGAGACCAACUCCCUUUGAAACACCAGUAAUCCUCUUACACCAUAACCACUGCAAUAAUAUGUAGUAGUUAUGGUGUUUGGAGUACCCAUUAAGGACCCAAAAUACUUCUUCUUAGCAAAUUUAGCAUAAUUAUGUAUUUACACGGUUCGGCUUGUUGGAAUGAAAUAUUUGACUUAAUUUCAGCAAUUUAAAAAACAAUGCAGGGGGGCGGAGCCAGACUAGCAAACUGACAAGACGCACUCUGUGUGAGCUCCUGCCAAACGGGCUCAAAAGCUGCUAAUAUCUCGGGGUACAGAGGUGAGAUGUGCCUACAAAACAGCCCAUUGGACUGAGGAAGCUACUGACACCUCAUUCAACACCCUCACGAGAGCAUGAAACACUCCCCCCCCCCCCUCAUGGACCGCACCACACGACAGGCUUCACAACCUCCCUAAGCAAGAUGGUGAAUAUGCUUGACUCAGCUGUGCAAAGCAAGCGGCAGCAACAAUCUGCUAUCAUAGACACUAGUGACCAUGCAAGAGACUCCCUUGCAGUAACCUUUGACCGCUUUUGGGCCAAGCUGAUGGUGAACUUGCAGCCAGCGGUAACCCAUCACAAACCAACCACACGGGAUAAAGCCGAUGGCAAACAGAGGCAUGAGAAUCCCCUUCAGGGCACAACUAAGCCCCAUGCUACGGACUUCCGCACCAAGGGCCUUCCCGGGCUGAGAGCAUGGGGCACACCCCAGAGGUGCCGGCCACACCGGCAGAGAGCAGCAAGACGACAACUUCAAAAGGCCAACAUGUGCUUCUAUAAGCAUUCUAUAUAGAAUUGUGUUGUGAUUUGUAAUCCAUUUCUGAUAGUGGUACCUGUGAAGUAUUAAGAGAUAGAUUUAGAAAAUAUACUGGAAGAAUGAUGAGCAACUGCAAACCACACAGGAGACAUUGCCCCUGGUGUAGUGCAAUUCAGAACGUUAGGAAAACAAUUGGCACAAAUAUUUCCUUCUGAUUUACAGGGUUAAUUAUUAAUGUGAGGCAUGGCUGGUCCGGAGAAUGUUUCCAGUUUGGCUAGUUUGACCUGAAAAGUUAAAUUAAUCUUUUAUUCACUUUAAAUUUUCACUUUAGUGACUAACCCUGUUAUCUUACAAAAAUAAAUAUUUUUUACAUCACUUUAGUAUCAUUUAAUGUUACAAAAAGGUCAGAAAUACUGUAUAUUUAAUUUAUAAACUAACAUAAAACAUGAUAAAAAGUAUUGCUUCAUUUGUGGACUCCCUUCCAGAAUUCUGGUUUAUGGUGAGACAAUGCUUUUUCCUUUAAACCUGGAUCUGUAAUACUGCUGUACAAGAGGUUUUCUCUCGUAUACACAGUACGAUGAAUAUAUGGAUAUAACCAUUUUAUUUUUAUUUUGUUUUGCUAAAACUUUAGUCUUCUAUAGCACUGACAUGGGCUCCUGGCAGGUGAAGCAACAAGAGCUGAAGAGGACCUGAAGGAAGACCAUGGCAGUGGCCGCAAGGGACAUGUUCAGGUAAGUACAACUCAUCUUACCCUGCACCUGGAGACCAACAGACACGCAGAAGAACAGACACUGACGGGGGUCUUUGCAAAAUAUGCAAAGACCCCAGACGGUGAGAAAGCCAUUUAAUGCUCACUGCUUCUAUAGUGGAUAUGUAAAUGGACAUGAAUCCUUCUGUUCCUGGCAACAGUGCCUUCAAACAGGAAUCCUUUUAGAUUUUUGGGAAUUUUGUCCAACAUGAAAUGUAAAUUGUUUUACAUUAAAUACCAUAACUGAGCCUUUGCGGAACGUAAUUACAGCAUCAGAUUAGAAUAUUGAUAAAUAAAAUGUAUGAAAGUACUUUGUAAGACCUGAGAAAGGAAAGUCAUUCUGAAAGCUUGUUAUAGAAUUUAGUAGAUGAUGUUAUUUGUAAAAAACAAAAACCCUGCUAUAAAAGUAAUAUGAAGUAAAGUAGUAAUACUUCCAUCAUAGAAGUGACAGAUUCAAGGAUAUACUUAAUUUUUUACAGUUUGCUUUUCAUUACGUAUUUGGAAAAAUGGAUGUUCAGGACUAUUGAUGUUUCCUUAGUUUCUAAGGUUUUAUAAACUGUCAGCUUUCCUACUGACGUUAUACACUGCUCAAAGAAAAUAAAGGGAACACUUAAACAACACAAUAUAACUCCACGUCAAUCACACUUCUGUGAAAUCAAACUGUCCAAUUAGGAAGCAACACUGAGUGACAAUCAAUUUCACAUGCUGUUGUGCAAAUGGGAUAGACAACAGGUGGAAAUUAUAGGCAAUUAGCAAGACAACCCCAUUAAAGGAGUGGUUCUGCAGGUGGUGACCACAGACCACUUCUCAGUUCCUAUGCUUCUUGGCUGAUGUUUUGGUCACUUUUGAAUGCUGGUGGUGCUUUCACUCUAGUGGUAGCAUGAGACGGAGUCUACAACCAACACAAGUGGCUCAGGUAGUGCAGCUCAUCCGGGAUGGCACAUCAAUGCGAGCUGUGGCAAGAAGGUUUGCUGUGUCUGUCAGCGUAGUGUCCGGAGCAUGGAGGCGCUACCAGGAGACAGGCCAGUACAUCAGGAGACGUGGAGGAGGCCGUAAGAGGGCAACAACCCAGCAGCAGGACCGCUACCUCUGCCUUUAUGCAAGGAGGAACAGGAAGAGCACUGCCAGAGACCUGCAAAAUGACCUCCAGCAGGCCACAAAUGUGCAUGUGUCUGCUCAAACAGUCAGAAACAGACUCCAUGAGGGUGGUAUGAGGGGCCGACGUCCACAGGUGGGGGUUGUGCUUACAGCCCAACACCGUGCAGGACGUUUGGCAUUUGCCAGAGAACACCAAGAUUGGCAAAUUCGCCACUGGCACCCUGUGCUCUUCACAGAUGAAAGCAGGUUCACACUGAGCACAUGUGACAGACGUGACAGAGUCUGGAGACGCUGUGGAGAACGUUCUGCUCCCUGCAACAUCCUCCAGCAUUACCUGUUUGGCAGUGGGUCAGUAAUGGUGUGGGGUGGCAUUUCUUUGGGGGGCUACACAGCCCUCCAUGUGCUCGCCAGAGGUAGCCUGACUGCCAUUAGGUACCGAGAUGAGAUCCUCAGACCCCUUGUGAGACCAUAUGCUGGUGUGGUUGGCCCUGGGUUCCUCCUAAUGCAAGACAAUGCUAGACCUCAUGUGGCUGGAGUGUGUCAGCAGUUCCUGCAAGACAAAGGCAUUGAUGCUGUGGACUGGCCUGCCCGUUCCCCAGACCUGAAUCCAAUUGAGCACAUCUGGGACAUCAUGUCUCGCUCCAUCCACCAAUGUCACGUUGCACCACAGACUGUCCAGGAGUUGGCAGAUGCUUUAGUCCAGGUCUGGGAGGAGAUCCCUCAGGAGACCAUCUGCCACCUCAUCAGGAGCAUGCACAGGCAUUGUAGGGAGGUCAUAUAGGCACGUGGAGGCCACACAAACUACUGAGCCUCAUUUUGACUUGUUUUAAGGACAUUACAUCAAAGUUGGAUCAGCCUGUAGUGUGUUUUUCCACUUUAAUUUUGAGUGUGACUCCAAAUCCAGACCUCCAAGGGUUGAAAAAUUUGAUUUCCAUUUUUUUAUUUUUGUGUGAUUUUUUUGUCAAGAAAAGAACAAAGUAUUUUAGAAGAAUAUUUAAUUAAUUCAGAUCUAAGAUGUGUUAUUUUUGUGUUCCCUUUAUUUUUUUUGAGCAGUGUAUUUACGGUCUUAGAUUACAAGAAAGAAAACUCUCUCCCACUGGAAUAUACACAACUUAAAAAAUGAAAGCAAAAUAUUCAGUUAAAAAUAAAUAAAAAACAAGUAAAUAGAUUUUAUCUUUUUAAGAAACUUUACACAUUAUACAGAAUAAGCAUUAUUUAUGAAAAUACUAGAAGCUGAUAUUUGAUAACAAUCAUCUAGAAAACGAAAAAAGAUACUGAAUAGGGAAAUUUAUGUUCUUAGGUUAAGCCAAAUAUUGAUGUUAAUAAUCAAUGAGGUAAUAAUGUUUAAUCAACAAAUAACGGAAUAUAAAAAUAAUGGUUUAUUUAAAGUAUUGUAUUGAGCAGUAACCUUUUCUAUCACUUUCAAGAAAAUUGCCCAUCAAUAUGUGCAUUUAUGUGUAUGGAACUGUGCUUUAUGAGAAUGGAUGUGAUAUCUCUAGAUUGUAAGCUCUUUCGAGCAGGGUCCGCAUCAACCUACUGUAAUUAUGCCAUUUAUUGUUUAAUUUCCAUAUUGUAAAUCGCUGCAGAAUAAGUUGGCACUAUAUUAAUAUUAAUAAUAAUGAUAAUACACAUGCUCAUUUAAUUCUGACACAGACAUAUGUUACCAAAAUUGAAGCAUAAGGUGACAGAAUGUCCAGAAAAACAAAUGGAAAAUUGGGGUCAUAAAUUGUGAAUCUUGUAACAUGCAUAAUAUGGUAAUGACCUCUGUUUCAGAGGCAUCUCCAAUCGGAAUCAAGUUAUUAAUCUUUCAGAUUCUUUUUCUAUCAUUCGGUGUUUGUCUAUUUCUGUUAUUUCAUCAUACCAAUAGAUAGAUAGAUAGAUAUUUGUGUUGAUAUAUGUAAUAGAAUCCUUGAAGAAUAAUAUAUCAUAGGAUAUGUCAUAUAUAACAUCAUGUAUGAUCUCAUCACUAAAUAUGUUCUAGUUUAAAAGAGAUCAUGGGAAGGAAAGGACAAUAUGGCAAACCUUCAAAAAUGUAGGAAGUCUUCAAAAACUCUGUAGGCACCAUAGCCAGUUCAUCUACUUGAAGUUAUUAUAGUACCUGUCCCCUACUGUUCAGUGUCAAAUCUAGAAUGGUUUAAUAUUGGAUGAGGAUUCCCAGCUGCCUCCAGCCAAGCCUAGCCCCUUUCUGCUGAUCAGGCUAAUUCUACUGCAGUCGCCCUUUCAGCUGAUCACUCUCAGCCUUUCAUUGCUGAACAUCGCUGGUAUGAGUUGGUGUACACAACAAUAGCUAUAGGCUCCAGGGAAGAGAUAGACCCACAGCUGACCAUGGACUCUUAUUCAGUGUUAUACCAUUCAAGAAAGAUUUAAUGCUAAACAGUGAAAUUGUGCCUAGGGACUCCGGACACCAUGACCACUUCAAAAAGAUGGAAUGGUUAUGGUGCAUAGGGUGUCCUUUUAUAUAAAUAGAACAAUUGUCAGAGGGCGGUAAGUUUUAUAUUCUAAAAACUGCUCUAGAACAGUGAGAUUCCCCAUCCUGGCUUAGUGCCUACUUUAAGCUCUCCAAUAAAUGCAAGGCAUGUUUCCUUUUAUACUCCUAUGUGUCUCUGGAUGUGUAUCAUGUUAUUCCUAAUACAGGUGUGUUUUGAGUACAGAAAUCCUGUGUUGACAGUUUUGAUGUGGCUCUGGUUACCACCAAGGGGUAGGGCAGGUGAUAAAACAAUCUGAGCACCUCAGAUGAACUUGGCACCUAAUAGGUUAUAAUGAAUAUACAGGAAUUGUUCUGUUGUUCAGUCAGGCAGCUUUGGAAUUUAUAUAACAAAUGAGACAUUGUAGGCCCAUCUGAGCCUAAUCCCCCCUUAGUUAUGGUGACGUAUAACUGAAAUCUUACUGGGGUAGAAGAAGCGAUUGACACUUUUCACAGAUCCAGAUAGCUGUUUCACCAGUUAUUUUGUAAGGCCAGAAAGAAGGAUUUUAAAAUACAUUGCAAUCAAAGAGCCAAUCAAAGAGCCCAAAUUACAUCUCUCAGCUUUCUAGCAUGUAUAGCCUGUGAGAUGAAGGGACUUGGAGGCACAGCUCUUUAAUUGUACACAGCACCAAUAUUCUGAUCCCGAGGAGAUCCCUCCCCUCCAAGUCAGCAGUAACAUAACAACUUAUUUGUAUAAGUUGGUUUCAGAGUCAGGAAGUGUCAUUCCCGGCUCUCUGACUGACAGGUGUUGUAGGCGGGACUAUGAGCAUAGCUUUCAAGCCCUAUUUUUCCAGAUUGAACAAAUAAAAGUAUGGUACCCUGGCACCAUAAAGACUCCAUUAAGCUGCAUUUAACCAUUUCUAUUUUAUCUUGGCACCAAGUACAUUCUGCACUGACAUGGAUUAAAAAAUAAGCUUUAACAUACACGUUAAGACAACCUCUAAGCUCUGCUAGUAAGUACUAUGGAUCUAUUUGUUGGCCUCCAGAGUGUAACUUAUUAUGGUUUUGAUUUAAUAUUUUUGGGUAAGCUUUUAAAAUGAUUUCAGAUUUUUGGAUAAACUUUUAAAAUUAUUUAAUACUUUGAAAAAUGUUUUAAUAUGUUUAUUUUUGAUAUAUGAUAUAUUUUUAGACAUAAUAUUUAAAAAAAGAUAAUUUUAAAAUGUUAAAUCAUUUGAAAAGCCUAUCCAAAAAUAUUACAUCAGGGCCUACAUGUGCUACUCAGAUAUUUCUAAUCCUUAGUAGUCCACCCCACAGUGUAACAUAAGAGUCCACUGCAUAAGAUACGUCAGUAAGUCAAUGUCCUUAUUUUUGAGUGACAGUCCCAAAUCCCUCUGUCCCUCUGUUCUAUCCUAAUGUCCCUCUUUUCUAGGAGCUACAAAUUGUUGGUGUAUUUGAGUGUGUAACGGAGCUACAUAGCAAUCAUACUAAGAGUAACGUAUCUUUAACCUGCAAUAAAGGUGUUUAGAAAGCAGUCUGUGUAAAUAACAUACAUUGUUCUUGUUCUAAUUACAGUUUAGCAACAUAAAAUGUUAUUGGUAAAACAUCUAAAAUUUCUCAGAACAGCCCGCGCCUGGCUACACCCUCACUCACACCCCUAAAACAUUUAAUAUUAUAUUUGUGCUGGAGGUGUUCGUUUACUGAGGCUGAAAGUUAAGAUUUAUUGUCCACGCUCCUAAUGAUAUUCAGUCUUUAUUAAUACCAACUGAGAAUGUAUAUAGGACUUUAUAGAGAGGACCUCCACCUCACUGGGCAAGAUGCAAAGUUAACGCCGUUUAGUCAAAAUGUCCUGUGACGCGUGAAUAUUAUGGUCUGCUUGUGGGAGCUAGUGACAUCAUUUCAUGUUGUGUCUUUUGGCAUCUUUAUAUUACUGCGCUGUUUGCGUCUGCUUGAAAUUUGAAGGAUGCCAGUAUAAGAAAACAGGGUGGGGUUAGAUGGUGCAAAUUAUAAAUGCUACAUCCGUGAGACAUUUCAAAAUCAAUAUUUCAUUUAGAAGAGAUUGUAACGCUGCAGCCCUUGCUGUCUGACCAAGCAUUAAAAAGAGAAUAUGUUUAAAUCACAAAGAUUUCAGGCUCCUCGCCGUCUCAAUGUCUCACAGAAUGUCACGAUUUGGAUUUUGUCUCCAAGACACGGAGGAGUCUACUGUCUCUUUAAAAUAAUAAUGCAUUAACAACAAUAACACAACUAAGUAACAUUCUAUGGCUUUCAAACAAAUGUUUGUAUGAUGUCAGAGUGCAAAGAUCCCAGAAUCCUGUGCUGCAAGACAUCACUUUUUAUUAUGGGGAUCUUUCUACCCUACCAUAUACAUUAUUGUAGAAUUUUGUAUCUUUAAAAAAAAAAAAAAAAAAGAAUGCUUUUCUUUUUUCUUUAACUGGUGCAAAAAUCACAACAGUGGAUGUAGGUUUUAGUGUAUGCCCUGAAUUAUCUGACGGAAAACAUUCUAUAGCAUAGAUCUAUACUUUCUACAACAAAACGUUUACUGUUAACUAUUUUACUAUGCAUUAACAAAUCAUAUCACUUUAUUGCGUGCAAGUCUCACUUUUUCAUAAUUGGCGUUGAUGAACCGAUGAGCAAGACUAGUAGAGAAUUAUGGGAAAGCUGAAAAUCCAGGGCUGUUUCCUCUGAUAAGUUGAUUAAUAUGUUUAGUUUUGGUGUCCUGGAUACUUGACACCAUAGACCAUUUUUUGCUAGUUAGCACUAGAUAUAAAGCUCUGUUUUCCCAGCCUGUUAUGGGGGCACAAGGCAUUAGAAUACUGUCUUGUACAACGUUUAUUAUAUAAGAUCAUACAACUUGGAUUAAAUUGUCUGUCAGAGAAAAAUCUUUGAAUACACAAUUAGUAAGUCAAAAACACAAUUAUUAUAUUAUCGUGAGUGACAUCAAAAUUAGUACAGUACAGGUAUCUUUGACAGAUUUGGGGAUUAAAGCAAUUUGUAAGAGUAAAAAAUCAAAAAUUUAAUGUAUCAAACUUAAUAUCCCAUCAUUCAUUGUUGUGCUACAUACCAAACAAACGUCAACAUAAACCCAAAUGACUUUCAGUUCUGUCAGUGGGCUGAGCUGGCCAGCACUGAACAUCCACCCAGACUGUCUCCGCUGAGUGAGGAGAGGUUACUUAAACUGGGAUUGGGAUGUGAAUCACUGUUAUAGCUCAAGCAAUAACAAACAGUGGUAUAUGUGGGUUAUUAAAUCCUCUUAUUGCCUAACGGGUGCAUGCCAUUGAUAUGAUUUGCACACACCCUCUGGCAUGGAAAGUGUUAAUAUCUUAAUUGCCAGAGGGAUCAGAAAAAAAUAUUUUAGCAAAUUAUAAUCUCUCCAUUUUGCUGGUUUACAGUGGGCAUGUCCUCUGUUAAUGGGAGAAUUGGCAAGGGAAUUGCAUAUUCAAAGUCAAAAUGUCAGAGUUACAAAAAUAGACAAAGUUAAGGUGGGUAAUUCUUUUCCAAUUCUGCUAUUGUGCCCAAAUUUGCAGUUCUAAUUUUGAUACUUGAAUCGUUGUUGUGACAUGUUGGUACCAAUAAGGACAUAUCAUUCAUUGUGAUAUGCUGAUAGCAAUCAAUUCUGUUCAAGUUUUUGGUAACGCACUCAUAUGUAUAUGGAGCAAUAGGUCGAUAGGUUUUGGUGAUUACAUUUCUUUGAUGCUGUGUUAUUUCAAUGUAUCCAUGUACAGUGUUUUUUUAUUUAUGCUAAACACACAAUUGUAGUGAAUUGAAAGCCGAAUAUGAGAUAUUGACCAAAGUAGCUGAUUUGUUUGGAAAAACUCUCCAAUUAAGUUAUAUUAACUUGUUAUAUAUUUUAGCCUAUAUUUUGGAAUUCUGUUUUCAAUUCACUACAAUGAGUAUUCCCCCACAGGAAGAUAUCAAUUAAUUAAAAAUUGUGUCCACAGAAAUAAAUGAAAAGAUAAAACAGUGCAGUACAUUGAAAAAUAUUUACUACAUUUGCCAUUUUUAACAGGAACAGAGGUGUCGCUUACCAAGUCAGUUAAACCUCUAGAGCAAGCAUGUCAAACUCAAAGGCUAACAUGGGCCGCAAAACAAAAAACCUUCAGUUUUCAAACCAACGUAGGUUUAUUUAGAAAAGUACACUAUAAAACUGUUACUUAACUGGCGUCCUCACACUCGUAGGGCUUCAAAGUAAACAAAAGAGCAAAUAUAUUUUAAGAAGACGUGCAUUUGCAUAUAACCAAUGUUUCAGUCCAACUACCUUGACAUAUUAAGAAAUGUUUGGUUAUGGGACUGAGAUGGUGAAUGUAUGUUGUUCAAGCAUUGGGAAGCUAUUGUCCAUGUGUGGCAAAAAGCUGCGUGGCCAAUCAGCACCUUUAUGGGAAGCAUUCAGCGCCUCCAUGCAGACACAAUCUAAUACACUGCCCCCUGCCCCUAUUCUAAUACACUGCCCACAAAUCCAAUACAUUGCCCACAAAUCCAGUACAUUGCCCCCCUCCCUUCACUCUAAUACACUGCCCCCUCCACCCUAAUACACUGACCUUUAAUCGAAUACUCUACUGUCCCUUAAUCCCCUCCUCCCUCCACGCUAACUGAAUACACUGCCACUCCUCCGAGCAUUCUAAUUUAUUACACUGCCCUCCCUCCCCCAAGUUAAUACACUGCCCUCCCCCAAUUUAACACAUUGCCUCCCCCUCCUACCACUCUAAUACCCACUUUCUCCCCCAAUUUAAUACACUGCCUCCCUCACUCCCCUAAAUUAAUACACUGUCCCCAAUUUAAUACGUUGGCCCCUCCCUCAAAUUAAUACACUGCCUCCCUUCCCAAUUUAGCACAUUAAACAGGAAGGUCCCCCAAGUACCUUUUCCUCUACCUUAAGAUGAGCCACCUGUCCCAGUUCCAGCCCUGCUCUUAUCUGCGCAAGCAGGCCAGACGCUCAUUUAGCACUGCGAGCAGGAUGGAAGGGAAAGUUGCUGGCCUGCGGAAGCAUGCGAUCGUCCGUGAAAGGGAAGACUAGAAUCAGACAGGAAAUAUCUUUCCUGUCUUGCGGCUGGUCAUAGCCACAAAACAAAGUGGCCCCAGGGCUGGUGGGCCUGCAAAUAUAUCUAUUGUGGGACGCAAGUUUGACAUGCUUGAUCUAGUGAUAUUCAUCAAUAGAUGAGAAUUCACCAUUUAGGGCUAGAUUUUAGAUGUAGGAUUUUCUCUGAUUAGCGAGUAGCAAUUUUCCCAUAGACUUCAAUGGAAAAAAAAGCUAUUUAGUAAGAAGAGUAAAUCCUAAAUGGGCUAAAAUAAUCCAGCCCUUUUUUCUCUUGUAAUAAAGCUAUGUAAGAAAAUAUGACUAUAGAUUGUUUUAUUUUCUUGAAUCAUAUUUAAUGCUAUUGUAAUGUUUAUCUAUUUUUAUGUGCAUCUCUUCCUGGUUGCGGCACCAGAAUAUUAUUUGACUUCACCUAUAGCGACUAUGACUUAGCUUGCAUAACAAACAAGUUACACCUUGUAAUACACGAGUUGCCAAAAAAAUUAGGCCUUAAAGGGACACUCCAAAAACCAGAACCACUACAGCUUAUUGUACUUAUUUUGGGGCAAAGAGUCUGUCCCUGCAUGUGUAAACAUUGUUUUUUCUGAGAAACAUCAGUGUUUACUUUGUUGCCUACUGCCACCUCUAGGUCAGUCACUUGUUCUGCCACUGGAGGGACUUCCUGGUUUGUGUCCUGCAAAAAUUGCAGGACCGACAUUAGGCAUCUUCACAUCCUGCAUGGAGACACUGAACGUUCUCCAUUGAGAUCAUGGAGUCAAUACAUCUCUAUGAGGAGAUGCUGAACGCCACAAUGUGGCAAUUGCUGCGCAUGCCGUCUAACCUCCUAAUGUUUCCUUACAAGGAAUCUUUGAAUUUGGGGAGAACAUCAGUAUUGAUGAUCUCUGCCAGUGGAGGUGAGGUGACCAGACCAGCAUGUGUGGUGGAAUAAGGUAAGUAAAUCUAUUUAUUUACUUACUUUUGAGGAGCGCAAUAAUCUAAAUAGCUAUAGUAAGACUAUCAUUUGGAAUAUAUAUGUGUUCCUUUAAGUAUUUUAAGCUAAUUAUUAAUCUGACAGAAACUUACAGACAUUUCAGAAAAAGUGAUAUAUAAAAUGGGAAACAUUCUGAAACAUCAAAUAAAUGCUAUUAAUUAAUAUAUUCUGCAAAACCUAUCUUAUCCUAUAUAAAUAUAGAUGUAAAAAGCAGAUAAAAGGUAAUUCCCCUCUGGGGGUGUUCGUGAGAUCUUGAUGGUACGUGCCGCUGACUGCGGUAGAUCUUUGGUCUGCGUGGUCGAUGUGUGGAGGCAUUCUUACUAAAUAGCUUUAGGCUCGCGGUCUGGGAUGGUGUGCCGUAAUGAUGGUAGGCGCUUGUGAAGUCAUGGAGCCUUAAGUGGUAGCACCUGUCUUUGGGACACUAGGCUUGUGGCAGCCCUCAUGUGGUGAGGUUGCUGAUGCAGCCAUGCGUUAAGAUAGAUCCAGAAGUUCUGGAAUAUGGCAUCCAAACGUUGCUGUAUGGUUUCCAUAUCACCGCUAUUGGAUCUCUGAGUUUGACAGAGGCCUUGAGAGGCUGGAGUAGGCCCAUCCGCUAUUUUAGGGAGGCUUGAUAUUGGUCUCGCAAUAGGAAUUCCACUGUAGGUCACAAGUGAGUGCAGCAGGCCGCAGCAAGAGUGUUUGGAUUCCCUAUGGCUUAGAGAGACAUGAGUUGGUUUAAUGUGUAGGUCUUGAAAACCCAUGGCACCCCGGGAUGGUAGUUACAGCUGAUGGGCCGGGGAUAGCACCCCUGAACCGGCCCAUUGAUCCGGAGCUUGUGUGCCACGCUUCUGAUCCUGUAUAAAGUCAGGCUUAGCCCCCCUAUCCUUAUCUUUUUUGUCACAUUACCCUAACUCCAUCUAGCAUGUAAGGUCAUUGAGCAGGGCCCUAAACCCCUCUGUUACUGUGCGUCAAAUAAUAAUAAAAACAAAACUUAAAUUUAUAUAUGCAUAUAUCCUGGUUUGCAAUAUAUGCAUAGCUGUGCGAAUUCCACAAUGAUUUUAAUUCAUUUCAAGAAUGCACUAUGCACAUCCAAUGCAUGAACACUGCAUCUUGCUGAAAGUGUAUAGCGUUUCAUCUCACUGACUGUCCUAGUUGUAGUUUAUAUCUUUAUCCUGAAAGAGCAGAGGUAAAAGCUAGAAUCUUCAGCAAUAAAUAUCCUUUUGUCUAUACUUUUGCUAGCAGUUUGACAAGCACACAGCAUGAAAUGUCAUUGUUCUGUAAAGCUAUGAUGUAUCAUGUUUGCCCGACUGGUACACGGUAAAGGACCACUAAAGACAACCAGACCAAUUCUUCUCAAUGAAGCAGUCCAGGGGCAGUGCCUCUUUAGUUUUAACCUUUUUGUAGAAACAAUGUGUCCAUUACAUGAUUAAAAACACCCUUUGUCUUCCUGACAGAGGCGGCUCUCAAAUUAGGUAGCCUAAGCGGCCGCCGAAGGCCCCACACUGGCUGGGUCCUCGCUGCCGCCUUAAGCGCCUUAGGGACUGUGUCGGGUCCUCGGUCAGUGAAGUGAGUGGGCCCGGCGGCUUGCUCAGUAUGCCGCCGGGUGCGAGGCCCCUCUGUGCCAUCUGCCUGGAAGUAAGAGAGCGCCCAUUGCAGACACCAGUCAGUGUGCAGAGCUGAAGACCAUGUGUCUUGCAAGAUCUGGCCAAUCAGAGCGUUGCCGCGAGAUACAGAGCUGCAGACCGGAUAUUAUGGCCACCGAACCACCAGGGAACCCACCAGACCGACUGUGAGCUAAAAAAAAAAAAAGGUAUUUUAUCCCUUACACAAUCACCCCCCCUCCCUCACACCAUCGUCACUGCCCUCACACCAACAUCACUCCCUCAUAUAACCCCCCGCCCUCACACCAUCAUCACCCCCUCACAUCAUCAGCCCCCUCACACCAUCAUCUCCCCCACAUCAUAUUUACACAACCUCCCUCACACCAUCACCCUUCUUUACAGUAUUACCUCCUCUCUCAUACAAUCACCCCCCUCUCUCACCAUCAUCCCCUUCCCUCAUAGUAUUACCCCCUCCUUCACACCAUCACACUUUACUCCCUCACACCAUUACCCCUUCCCUCACACAUCACCCCCUCCCUCACAGUAUUACCCCCUCCCUUACACCAUUACCCCUCCUCACACCAUCACCUCCCUACCUCAAAGUAUUACCCCCCUCUCACACCAUCACCAACUCUCUCACCAUCACCCCCUCUCACACUAUCACCACCUCUCUCACCAUCACCCCAUAUCUCACACCAUCAACCCCCUCCCACACACCAUCAACCUACUCCCUCACAGUAUCACCCCCCUCCCUCACAGUAUCUAAAGUAUCACCAACCUCCCUCACAGUAUCACCCCCUCCCUCACACUAUCACCCCCCUCUCACACUAACAACCCCUCCCAUACAGUAUUACCUCCCUCCCACACAGUAUCACCCCUCUCCCACACAGUAUCACACCCCUCAAACGCAGUAUCACCGCCCUCACACACAGUCACCAUCCUGCAUACACACUGUCACCCCCUCACACACACACACACACACAGUCAUGCCCCUACGCACUGUCACCCCCAUAAUGUAGUGUCACCAUACUCCCCUCACACUGUCACCCCCCCACACUGUCACCCCUCACACUGCCAGUCUCUUCUCGCAUGCACACUCACGUUAAUAGCUCCUAAACUCUGUCACACUCUUCCCCCAAGCAUGCCACACUUAUUCUGUCACAUUAAUGCCUCUAACCCUGUCACACUCACACUCACCCUGUCCCAGUAAACCCCCCCUUAAUCCUGUCACACUCCUUCCUCCAAUCAUGUCACAUUUGCCCUUCACCCAAACCCUGACACACUUUGCCCUGACACACUUACCUCCACUCACCCUGUCACACUCUCUCCCCACACCAUGUCAACCAUGGAGAAAAUAUCUAUGGCACUGUUUUUUUUUUAACUGUAACUUUAUUAUUUGGUGAAGAUUUUUUUUAAAGAUUUUUUUCUCAAACAAUAACCCCAACAGUACUUAUUUAUACACGACUGCCAGUCUAUACAACCAAACCCCACAAUUGUGUAUAAACGAUUAGCAUACUUGCAAAUUACAUUUAUUUAUUACAAAUUAAUUUUGUUUGCAAAUUAUGCUACAACUACAGCCAGAGAGCUCACAUUGCAGGGGCACAGGAAGCCGCGACACUGCAAGCCUCUGAACAACGAAUGCAGAGACUGACUCUCUGUAUCCAGCGCUGCAAACCCGCCUUUCAAUAUAGCGACUGCUCCUUACACACACAAGAUGCAACCCUAUUUUUUCACUUUGGGUGUUAGUGGGACCUCGUGUUUGAGUUUCGCCUAAGGCCUAAAGUCUAGAGCCGCUCUUGCGUCCUGAUAGCCACUAGAUGUGCUUCCUCUAUAUGAAACAGGUCAGACUAGAUUCUCAGUUAAAUGCUGUUCCUAGAGAGAAUUUGAUUGGUGCAACAAGGCAAUCAUCUAUCCUGACCUGUGAGACAGUGUGGCCACUUUGAGACCAGCAUGGAAAGGAAAGUAAAUCUCAUCAUUUAAACUCUCAUGGGGGGUGGAGCCGACACCAUAAUACGUAGAGUAAAACUAUAGCGUUAGUAAUACGUUUGUAUUCUUAAUACUAUAGUUUUCCUUAAAUAGGUGGAGGUUUUCUCCUUUUAUUUUAUCCAGUUAAAUACAGAGUCAUUUUGGUAAAUGAUGUAAAGUAGUGAAUCUGAUUUAUCCUCAGAAAAUCCUGAUAUUUAUAGAAUGAUUUUCUUUGAAUAUGCCUGGACAAAUGUAUUACUUAUUUUAUAUUACCCUUAGGGAAAUAGCUCAGAAAUCAUUACGGGUUAAUUCGUGAGUGGUUCUUGACCUAUUUCAGGAACGUUUGGGUUAGUCUCUAAACUAUCUUUAUUACUUAUCCUUUGAAAUGCCAGAUUCCACUGAAUAAUUUUCAAAGAAUUUACCUUGGCAAAUUUAAUUCAAGAUUGAAUGUAUUUUAGUGAAAGUGUAGCUCAUGGUUAUUGGGUGAUGCUAUCAGAGUACAUGUGUUUGAGAGAGCAAAGUGACUCCCUAAACUAGUGUUUCUCAACCUUUUAUGGAGAAGUACCCCUGCAGGUCUUAAAAAAAGUAUUCCUGCCUCUCGAAAGUAGUUUCUACUGAUUUAGAUUCCAAAUGAAAUGUGUAGACACUUAUGUUAAUGUUAAUCCCAUAUUGGAGAAAAAUCCUGAUUAAAGGUAGUAAAGAAUAUUUUAAAAUAAAUAUGACAUAAUGUGAAUAUUGUGUAUGUAAGGAGGAGUGUAUAAACUAUAAUUUUUAAGUAUGAAAAUGACAAAAUGAAUAUAUAAUACACACAUAAGAACACACACAUGUAUGCACAUAGGACACUGACACACACAAUUACACACAGAUGACACACACACACACAUUUACAAACAGAGGACACUUUCACACACAUUUACACUUAGAGGAUACUGAAACACAAAUUUACACACAAAGGACACUGACACACACACACAUUUACACACAAAGGACACUGACACACACACAUACAUUUACACACAGAGGACACUGACACACACUCACUGACAGACACAUACGCAUUCUCUCACACACACACACAAAUUACCUUGCUGCCCGCCUUCAUUCUGCCCUUAUUUUGGCAGAGUAGGUACCAACCUUCCAGGUAAGCAGGUGCCUACUCUGCCAUAGUACACAGCCGGCCGCCUCCUGGUGGCCAGCUGGCCAGUUUAUGGUGUACCUCCUACUUGUGGUGCAGGUUGAGAACCUGUGCCCUAAAAUACUUUAGUUACAAACCAUUAUUAUAGCUGUUAUUAUUACCUUUUAUUUAUGAAUCUCACUUCUCUAGUGAUGCAAUCUUUAAAAUGUGCUUUGAGUAGGAGAAUAUGCUUAAAGGGAUACUACAUUGCCAGAAUAAAAUAAAAAAAUCACUUUUUCGUAGAUAUUCCCAAAUGAAAACAGGCAUGCGUUAAAUUAUGGAUCUUUUUAUUGGGGGUUUGGGUAAAUGAUAGAAUACCAGCUGGCAAAACAUUGUGGGGGUUUUAAAACAGUUUAGGAUUACCUUUUGGCCAAGCUUACAAAAAACAAAUUCUUUCACCAGGGCCUUUUCUACAUUAAUUCCACCACUGCAGCGGAGGCAGAGUUAAGGUGCAGAAUGUUGCAAAACAUGUAUUUAUUUACACUAUUACAUGAAUGUUAGCAUGCAAACUUGCAGCCAACUAUUUAUACCAAAGGCUGUAAAAUGCAUAACUGUUUUGUUGCUGCUUGGAGUGUCCCUUUAACUAACAAGUUCAUUAUUAUUUUCUGUUAAUUUUUCAGAAUCAAAUACAGUUUAGAAACCCUGUGAAUUUUGCCCUUUCUGACACUGGACUGGAGUAUUUUUUGAAUUUUUUUUCCUCAUUUUGUUUGUUUUGUGCUAUUCUACAAAGUUCAAUGAAUUCUCCUGCUCGGUUUUCUUGGCUCUCAGAUAAAAGCUGGAGCCCUAGGGCUUGGCUACGUCUGAGUAUUUCAUGGUAUGCCCAUUUUGCCUGGUUAAGAUUUAGGCAUGUUUUGCAGUUUCAGAACCAAGGUACGAAGAUGAGUUUAACAUAUGUUAAAAUCAAGCUGGAUGUGAUGAUCCCAUUCUGCUCAAGGAAAGAAUGCGAAGUUCUUGUAAAUAUAGUUAGUUAGUAUAAACAGAACUAUACUAUGAAUACACAAAAGGCAGAAUUCUACAUUCGGUUUUCUUUCCUAUUUAAAUGUUAGCUUUGUCUUCAGAUCAAUAAUAAUUACUGUAGCUAUCCCAUUUCUCCCAGCUAAUUCAGUAACUGUGUUUAAAACAAACCAGGCCAUUUUUAUUUCAUCAUGCGAAACCUAAAAUAGAAUCACAUUCCUGGCAGAGAUAGGGUGACGAGAAAACAUACCUGCCAAACAUCCUAGAUUUCUAAGGACAGCCACUGUUUUUCACUAAUUGAUGUUUGUUUUUACAGUUCUGGAAUUUUUUUUUUUUUUUAAAUGAAACUGUCACUUGUCAUUUUUAGCAUUUUAGCAGAGUAACUAAGUGCGAAAAUUGUCCUGGCCCCCCUCCCUCCAUGUGUUUCAUCCCACCCAAUGUGUCUCAUUCCCUCCCCCCCAGUCCCUCCAUGUCUCAUUCGCUCCCCCUCCCCGCCUGUCCAUUUGUCUCAUUCCCUCUCCCCCCUCCCCCCUCCCCUCCUGUGCCUUAUGACUCUGUGAGUAGCGUGGCCGAGCAGUACCCUGUCUUACAGGAACUGCUCUCUUAUGGUCUGACUUCCUGUCAGACCAAGUUCUGCUUGGCCACGAUACACACAGAGAUCGUCAGGAGGGGAGAAGCAUAGCAUUCACCUCCUGCCGGUCACGCGGCAAUCAUGGGCCCCGGGCCAACCUGAAGUCGUGGUGGCCCACGGUUGCAGGGGUCCCAGCUGCAGCCAGACUCCAUGAAGUGACGGGCUUUGUCGCAGCUGCAAUCCUUGCAACCGCGGUAGAUACGUCACGGUUCCCAAGGUGUUCUACAAAGGCAUGCAUGUAGCUCAGCAUGUUAUCAUAAUACCCAGUAUAGGCCAUGAUUUAAGAAAUGGCAAUGUGCUUUUUAUGCCAAUCUUUGCAAAACAAUUUAAAUUCAAGUAAAACAAUAAUAAUAAUUGAAAAACAAUUAUAUAUGUAUAUUUAUUUUUAUUUUUCCCAAAACAAAUGUAAAAGUUUAUAUUGUUUUUAGAAUGUGCCUUUUCAUCCACUUUAACUAUCAGGGUUAUUCACUAAAAUGUGAUUUCAAAGUGAAUUUCAAAUUUUGGGCCAAAGUAGCUGAACUGACAGAAUAGCUGACUGAAAGAAUUUUUCCAGUUCAUCUAAUUUGGCCUUGAAUUUGAAAUUCACUUUAAAUUGACUUUAAAUUCUCACUGCAGUGGAUUACCCCGUGCGUGCAUUACCUUCAGAGGGCACAUUCCAGUUUGCAAUGUAUUCACCAGACUGGGGGAUCUGACAAGGGAAUGGAAUAGUUUUCCUGGCACUGCAGGACCCUGUAGUGCCCAUCUCCCUCCCACCCCCCAUCCCAAGUUGCUGAAGGGUAAACCCCUUCAGUGACUUACCGGAGUCCAGCACCGAUGUCCCUCGGUGCUGGGUUAGGCUUCGCCCAUGCUCCUCCCCCGCCAACGUCAGCCGGCGGGGGAGAACUAAUGCGCAUGCGCGGUAAUGGGCGCGCACGCGCUUUAGACCUCCCCAUAGGAAAGCAUUGUAUAAUGGGGAUUUCGACAACACUGGCGACACGGAAGUCCCUCUAGUGGCUGUCUAAUAGACAGCCACUAGAGGAGGACUUAACCCUGCAAUGUAAAUAUUGCAGUUUAUGAAAACUGCAAUAAUUACACUUGCAGGGUUAAGGGUAGUGGGAGUUGGCACCCAGACCACUCCAAUGGGCAGAAGUGGUCUGGGUGCCUGGAGUAUCCCUUUAAGAUCGAGAAUAUUUCUCUAGCUAUUUUAACCUAACAUUUGCCGAAACAACUCUUAGUUGUAGCUGUUGUAUAGAUUCUGAAGAAAGAAGGGAAACUAUGCAACUAUGUUUUAUCAUUUAAUUUAUUUAAAAUAAAAUGAGAAUAUCACAUAGCUAUUGCUCUUAACUGAUUGUUUGCUGGCUUUUAUCUCUUUGUUAAGAACUCCAAUCUUCUUUGCACAUAAGACUUUGCAUAUGUUUUUUUUCCCAUCACUUGGCAAGUGCACAUUAUUUUCACAACAAAAACUACCCUUCUCCCACCUUAGCGUUGGAUACUUAAUCCAGCCUGUCUGUACCUGCUGCACAGUCAGCGGGAAGCUUGAUCAAACAUUAUGACAGUGUGUGUUUGCAUUGUCGUGAACACCCUGCUCCCCCACACCCAAAACUAAGAAUAAACCUCUCCUUUACCCUCCUGUCCCCACCCUUCUGUGAGUGACUCAGUAGCUCACACUGCCCUUCAUUUACAAGAGCAUCUGUUUCACAUUUAACUUGCAAAGUACCAGCCUCCUCCAUUAACUCUUGUGUAAUGUUUAUAUUUAUCACGAACAGCCAGACACAGAUAGCCCCUGGCACUCUGACUCCAGCAAACUACGACUCCCAUGAUGCUUUGCUGCAAAGCGUGCGUAGCAGGUCAUAUUGUAGGCUAACAGGCGAAUGACUGGUCAACAACAUAGGGUGAAAUAGAAAAUAUUAAAUAGAUACAUGUCACAAUCCCAAUAAGUGAGCAGUUGUGCUGGUCAAAAGAUGUUAUCUUUAAAAUGUUAAAUGUAUCGUGGGCCUGAUCAUAAGUGUUCUAUUCUAGUCUUCUUCUCGUAGAUCCAAAGCAAAUCAGAUAUUGUGGCUGAACUGGGCAAAGAGUUUAGAUUUUUUUUUUAUUUUUUUUUUAGAAAGGAAAUGAACCCACCCAGAGUGGGCUGCAACAGUAUCCUUUCAGACUAUUUUCCUUUUUGGUUUAUUUUAAGGGUAGGAGGGAUAUUUCCUCUAGGCACCUGAACAGAAGGCAUGUUUUUUUUUACUAAAGGAGUAAAAAUCAUUCAAAUUAAAACCAUGUACAUGUGUUUCCUGGUGAGUGGGCCUCUAAGUUUGGCAUUUCACGUGGUGGCAGAACAUUUUAUAUUUGUCCAGAUGACAUCAGAGAGGUCUUCGUGGAAGUCUGGUUGAAAACCACAAACUUCCACAGGAUGUUACUGAUUCACCCUGUACUGGGUAAGGGGUAGUAAACAAGGAGCUCUUCGGUUUUAUGGAGAACUACAACUCCCAUAAUACUUUGCCAGUAUUUAGGGAUAUAGGUUUGGCACACAAUACAUUCCAGGACUAUAGGUUUAGAUGGCUAAUCCUUUAGACCAGGGGUUCCCAACUCAGUCCUCAAGUACCCCCUAACAGUCCAGGAUUUAAGGAGUACUUACUAAAAGCACCUUAGACACAACUGGGUAAUCCCUAAAUCCUGGACUGGUACCUUAGGACUAGGUUGGGAACCACUUCUUUAGACUGGCAAAGCCUCAUGAGAUUGAGAUCUCCACAAUAACUUGAUUAAAGUGUAACUCCAAUUAAAAAACAGUAUUUUAAUAAAACACUGUUUAUGUCGUAGUAACCUUUGCUGGCAUGACCCUCCACCCUCUGUUAAAAAAAAAAAAGAUAUAAAGAAUAAAAAUUGAUGCCAAGUUCUCCUUGCAGCCCAGACCAUCUCCAGUGUAGUUACCACCAUCACUGGAUGUUGAGGGCUGUCCUGAAAUCCGCACAGAAGGGAAGAUUGGACGGCACGGAGGUGGGCCAUGCUGUCAUUGGUUAUCUAUCACCAGCAUGAAAUGUGCGCCGAUGACAAAUGCCUUUCAGGCACAGAAUUAACAUUAGAUUGCACAGAACUCUUGUUCCUGGCUUCCAAAUGACACUGCUUGAGGUGGAGUCACAUGUCUGACUGCAAUGUGCUAUGUCUCUGUAUGCAUAGCUUUCCAAACUGAAGUGCUACAAAUACAGACGCCAAGUACCAUGACCACUUCAGUGCUUGGUAUCUGGAGUCACCCUUUAAUGCUUGUCUGCCACCCUGAACUAAUGGGUCUGCUAAAUGCAAUAAAAUAAACAAAAAAAAUACAAGAAAAGCCAGAUUCAUUUGUAGCUUGGAAGAGAUGAAAGCUGAAAUGCAAGAUAAUUUUCACUCAAUAAAGGAUCUGACGUCUGUGGAAGCAAUACUAUGAUUUUACUACUAAUAACAUAAAAAUAAGAUUAAAUUAUACAAUGGGGACAUCAAUGCUAAUUGUAUGAAAACAGCUCACUUAUCAGAUUACCUGCAAUUCCUGCACACGUUUUAGCAUGCCUUUUUCCCCCAUGACAUUGUGAUUAAGUUUAAUUAUGCUUUGGCCAAAUCUUAGAACAAAAAAAAAUAAAAAUCUAAUUUCUAUUAUGUUUAUAGACUUGGUUCCAACUAUAAUACGGAUUAGAAGAGGAAUCUCUUUAUUGUUUUCUUGUUUAAACUGUGCACCGAAGCCAAUGUACACAUACAUUUGCCAAUUUCCUUUGAAAUCAAUGGACACCUCGGGUAGAUCAUAACCAACUUACGCCAAAUACCAUAUCCCACACCCAAAAAAUGACGGAAUGCAGCAACCUAUUGCAUGGUAAGCCAUGUAACCACAGCUAAUAUAUUGAACAACAUAUAACUGAAUGGAAGGUUUCUUGUCUGCUGUGCAGGAACACAGAUGUAACAAGGGGCAGUACACAUAUGAAGUUGAUAUAUUACCCCAUUCAAUCUCAGAGCAAGCAUGUACUUAUACUUAGAAGGCAUGUGACGGCAAAUUGGUUCUCUUCCCCCAUAGAACCAAAUUAAUUUAAAUUCCCCUGAAUGCCAUUUGUUGCAUUCAUUGCCCUAGUUGGCUAUACUACCAUACUUAAGAUUGUUGUAAAAUUCCUACCUAGCUUUAUGCUCUCCAUCUCUGACACGGACUUUGAAGCUGUAGAAUAAUAUUGUGUGUUAGUAAACCAGUUUACCUUACUAUAUCUUGUUUAAUGUGCUAGACACUUUUCUGGCUAUGGGUUUGGUUUCUGGGGCUAAAGAUGGGGUCAGUAUUUUUUAAGUGGAUGCUCAUGUUGGUACGAUUGCCAGCGUAGGGUGCCAGGCUGCGGGAGUUUGAGAUAGGUUGUGUAGCACUUGCCAACAGUUUUACUCAUUAAAAUACAGGAAUGAAACUGCUGAGCAAGCUAACAGAAGCCACAGUGUGUUCUUUUGUGUCCUUCUCUAUCUUGUGUGAUGCUUACAUGUUUUUAAACUACAGCUUCCAUGAUGCAUUACCAUUCCAAAGGCUGACAUCAUCACAAUACAUACCUGUUACAAUUAUACAGGUCUUGUUAAAUCCUCACGUUGUACUAGCUAUGGUCUAUAGAGGUAGGUCAAGUGUUGGGAAUCUAGUAUUGAUUUUUUAAAUGUCAGGGAUCUAGGCACAAGCCCAUUUCAGACCCAUUCUGCAUAGCCACUUACUGACUUCAAUCCCAUCCUAAAAAUACCAUUUAAACACAUUAUAUCAAUAAAUACAAAGUCCUUCUCAACUCUGUUCCCGUAUCUUUGGUCUUUUUAUCAAAACACCCUUUUUGGCCUAUUGUCUCUUCCCAGAUACUCCACCUCUCUUAUCAAAUACCCUGCCUACAAAACUAUUCUGAAUUUAUCCCAUGUUUCUGGUAUGAAUGUGCACAUUUAACCUGUUUUCACCUCUGGUAGUACAUUUACCUGUCCUUUUCCCAAAUCUGCUCAUUUUUAUUACAUUGCCAAUUUCUGGAUAGUUCUUGGUUCUUCAAUAAUUCAAUAAUACAAAUGAAAUGUGUUUUUUAAGUAAUAUCAUGCCAAUUCAUCACUCUGCAUUCCAGUAGUUUACAAAAAGUGACAGUGCAAACAAUUGUAAUGUAAUAAUAUAAAAUAUAAUAAAACCUUCAUCAGAGAACAUCCAUCCCAUUGGAAAUCCUAGCUAGUUGGAAGCGUUCUCUGGGGCUCUCUAUUUUUUACUAGAUCUACUGAUACAUGUAUGUUUAAAUGAAAUGUUAAUAGCAACAUUUAUAACAAAGUCUACUUUAUUAAAAUAUUAAUUAAUUUUGCUUAACGGAGAAUUACUUAACGGAAAAAAUAAAUGCAUUAUGUAAUUAGAUAUGCAUAGUCAGCAAUCAUUCAUCAUACGUAACAAAGUUAGGCUAAGGACCUCAUUCCAAUGAUGUCACUAAGUUUUAACGUCCAACAGUUACUAAAGUAUCUAUCUGUCGCUACUUUUAUGGAACAGAGCAAAAUGUUACCAUUAGCAACAGCAAAUUAACUGCCAUUACUGGUUCCAGCUAGUCUGUUUUCGUGUUGUUUAAAAUUUGUUCAGGAAUCUGAACAAAAAAUAUCAAAAUGGCAUUGAUAGACUUAACUCAAUAUCUUUGGUUGAACCCAUCAGUCCAGUUAGAUUAGAUUCAAUGCUGUAAGUCAAUAACAGUUUAUGCAAUCAUUAAGUAAAGAUUGACACAGUUAAAACUUCCUUAUUCUAUAGUAUUUCAUGGCAGCUGUAAACGAACAAUUGCAUUACCAUGUCUGCAUAGUGCUUGGCUCAUAGAUAUAAACAAAGGUAAUUGGAUGGAUGUUUGAAAUCACCCUUGAAGUUUUGCAAAAGUGUUGUCUCCUGCAAAGCUCUCUAAACAUUGCUACUUUAUAAUAUAUACACCGAUCAGCCACAACAUUAAUACUACCUGGCUAAUAUCGUUUAGGCCCCCCUAUCUUGCCAAAACUGCUCUGAUGCUUCCAGACAUGGACUCCAUAAGACCUCUGAAUGCGUCCAGUGGUAUUUGGAACCAAGAAAUUAGCAGUAGAUCAUCCUUUAAGUUUCGAGGUGGGGCUUACUUGAAUCUGGUUUGUUGUUCCCGCACAUCCCACAGAUGCUCAAUCAGCCUUUUUCUUAUGCUCCUCAAACCCUUCCUAAAAAUUAUGCAGCUUGGUAGGGUGCAUUAUCCUGCUGAAAGAGGCCACUGGCAUCAGGGAACAUCAUUGCCAUGAAGGGGUGUACAUGGUCUGGAACAAUCUCUAGGUAGGUGGUAUGUGUCAAAGUAACAUCUACAUGACCCAAGGUUUCCUAGCAGAGCAUUGCCUCUUCCGGCCUGCCUUCUUCCUAUAGUGCGUCCUGCUGCCAUCUCUUCCCAGGGUAAAUGAUACACAAUCACCUGGCGAGCAACCUUAUCUAAAAGAAAACAUGAUUCAUUAGACCAGGCAACCUUCUUCCAUUGCUCCAUGGUCCAACUCUGAUUCUCACAUCCUCAUUUAAGGUGAUUCGGUGGUGGACAGGGGUCAUCAUCUGGUACGCAGACCCACAUGCAGCAAACUGAGGUGCCAUGUAUGUUUUGACACCUUUCUAUGAUGGUCAGCAUUAGGUUUUUCAGCAAUUUGAAAUACUGUAGGUCUUUUGUGUGAUCGGACCAGACGGGCUAGCCUUCGCUCACACAUGUGCAUCAAUGAGUCUUUGGCACCCAUGACCCUGAAGCAGAUUCACCGGUUGUCCUUUCUUUCACCAGUUUUAUUAGGUACUAAUCACUGCAUGCACAUAUCUCACUUACCCAUUUUUCUUGCUUCUAACACAUAAAAUUUAAAAACUGAAUGUACCCCCUGAUAGGUGCCAUUGUAACAACAUAAUCAAUGUUAUUCACUUCUCCUGUCAGUGAAUUUAAUGUUGUGGCUGAUCAGUGCAUUCUGCAGUGCUUUCCAAUUAUUUAAAUUAUGUUAGAAGGUGGAGAAGGCCCUUCUCAAAUGAGCUUCCAUUCUUUGAGGAUUUGACUUCACCUGUCAGUGGUUUUAAUGUUGUGGCUGAUCAGUGUAUCAUUCUAACUAUCUAAUCUUCAUAUUUCCAUCUGGAAUCAUAAUCGGGUGCAAGCAAGUUCCCUAUAACUAUAUAUACUUUGUUCUAUAGUUAAGUAUUAGUAAAUUCCCACAAAAUCUAAAGCGCCUAUAGAAACAUGGAAUGUGACAGUUCAUAAGAACCAUUCGGCCUAUCUAGUCUGCCCAAUUUUCUAAAUACGUUCACAGUAAUAUGUCUCUAUGUGGCCUUAUCUUAUAGUUAGGAUAGCCUUAUGCCUAUCCCGCGCAUGCUUAAACUCCUUUACUGUGUUCACCUCUACCACUUCAGCUGGAAGGCUAUUCCAUGCAUCCACUACCCUCUCAGUAAAGUAAUACUUCCUGAUAUUAUUUUUAAACCUUUGCCCCUCUAAUUUAAGACUACAUCCUCUUGUUGUGGUAGUUUUUCUGCUUUUAAAUAUAGUCUCCUCCUUUACUGUAUUGAUUCCCUUUAUGUAUUUAAAUGUUUCUAUCAUAUCCCCCCUGUCUCGUCUUUCCUCCAAGCUAUACAUGUUAAGAUCCUUUAACCUUUCCUGGUACGUUUUAUCCUGCAAUCCAGGAACCAGUUUAGUAGCCCUUCUCUGAACUCUCUCUAAGGUAUCAAUAUCCUUCUGAAGAUACGGUCUCCAGUACUGCGUACAAUACUCCAAGUGAGGUCUCACCAGUGUUCUGUACAAUGGCAUGAGCACUUCCUUCUUGUCCUGCAUAACCUGAUAGAAUUUUGGCAAUAAUGAUGUAAACCUUACAAUAAACAUUUGUAUUAACUAACACUGAAACCUGAUAUUAUUUUUGUUCUUUAUUUUAUUGAGUAAAAAUUUAAUAUUUCUGUCCAGUUGCGAUGUAUACUUGUUACGUAAAAUGCAAUCAGUUUUUGCCCGUUGAGAGGCAAGGCAGAGAAGGCCACAUACAAAUACUGGGCCUCCUCUUACAUGAAUGACUGCUGUUUAAUAACACCUGAUGUUAAUAACGCCCACUGCGGAGUUAACUAUCAUACUUACCUGCGGUGAAGUGGUAAUGGUCUUGGGUAGUCUAGGAAAGCAGAAGUGAUUUAAUCUAUGCUAAAACGGGACGUUCUUACACCUCGCUGACCGUGUGUUUAUAAAUUUGUAUAUAACAUAGUAAUAUGUCUCUAUGUGAAAAUCAAGCACUAUAUGUGUCUGUAUUAUUUUUGAAUAUUUUGUCUUCUACUUGUAUAGUAAUCUUGGAUCUUAGAGUGUAUGCUAACUGUGAGUGCAUCACAGAGCUCCACAGCAAUAAAACUCACCUUGAUGGGCAGUGUGUUUGUUACGUGUACCUUGUUGCUUUCUCACAAUAAUGUGCAGUGUGUUUCAUGUUACAUAGAUCUAAAGUACAACAAAACUGAGGAGCGUGUUGGAGCGUGUAUUAGAACAGAAGAACAGUGCAACUCACAGUAACGCGCUGUGUGUAUGAUUGAAUCACAAAAAUCCUCUGCAGUUAAAUUCGCAGUAAUGCCCACUGUAUGACAGAGCUCCACAGCAAUAAAACCCACAGUGCAAUGUGCUGUGUAUGAAUGUAUUAAACAGCUUCAGAGCUGUAAGAUAUAUAGAAAGGUUCAGUGCAUAUGAAUGUAAAAAGUUUUUUUACUUUAUUUUAUUUUUUUAAAUUCUUUAUUAUUGCAAUGACAGAAGUUGUGGUGCAUCAAUAGGGGCUUAUGCAAAAGCCAAAUCACAUUUCUCAUAUCAGUAUCGCUUUGUUACAGAAAGCAAAGGAUAUAUCGGUAAUGCUUGCAGUAGGUUGUACAGUGGUGUUUGACACGAUUGCAAUCUGUCAAGGUUUUAUAGUGUUGUGUUUAACUUAAUUUAACUUAAUUAAUAAAAUAAACAAUAUAAAAGGGAAAAGGGGGAAGCACCUAGAACGGGUGUCGUAAUUGGUACAUUGUGCGUUUGAGUUAUGUAAUCUAAACAUUUCAGUGAGCACGCAUCCCGCGUCCGUCACUUCUUUUGCCCUUCAAGAGGCUGUCUGACCGACUCAGGGAUGGGUGCCCACAGCCAUGCUGCGGCAUUCGUUGUGGUAUAGUUGCUGUACAGAGGCCAGUGCAAAAGCCAUUUCUAGUUUCACGAAUCACUGUUUGUUACAUUAAGGAUUACAAGGCAUGUUAUGCAGUGGUGAUUGGUAUAUCUAACAUCUGUCACACUUACACAAUUUAUCAUGAGAACAAAAACAAACACUGAGAGAACAAGGAAAAACAGGAGAAUACAGGGAACUUGAAAGGGCCCCCCAUGUGUAUUAGCAAUCAGUUUAUGGGGAGAGUCAUAAGUUAUGCCAUCCAUCACACCUGCCUCACCUCCAUCCCCGAGGCUGGGGCCAGGGAGCACCCCUAACCUCGGAGCCCAGGGAUACCCCUACCCCCGCCCCUGCCCCUACGCCCCCUACUUGGCAGGGCAUGAGAGGCCACGUGGCGGGCGGCCGCUGAAGCCCUAAACAUUGUGCACCUGGAGUUUAGCACUCUUCUGGUGGUUUUUCUGUUCAUUCUGAAGGGAGUGACCCACCCACCCUCUGUGGUUGUCUAUAUGGUUGGAAGACGGAGUGACAAAAGAUAGGACACAUAUGCACACAUCGUGACAUGUGCUUUGUAUGGGUCUAUUUACCUGUGUGUGACUAAUUAUUAGAUUAUGGGGGUUCCAUUCAGUGCACCACCCCGCCCCUUCACCUGCGUGCCCCCAAUACAUGUGCACGAGCUCCUUUCUAUAUCGUUAGGGUAGGCUAAAAACAUGUACUAAGAGGGAAAGGCUAGAGGCAACCGGGCUCCCCCACCGCCCCAUCUGUGGUCCCACAUCCCCCUCUCUGUCUUAUUCCCCAAGGACCGGUCAGUUUAUACCCCUGUCUCGUCAGUGUACUGCUCCCACAGGCCCCAGUUUUUAUACUUUUAAAGUGACUAGAAGCUAUUUUAGCUGUUAUUUAUUUUUCUAUUACUAGAGGGCAUGUACUGUCUUGCCCAGGCUUGAAGACGUGUGUUUACACCUUGUUCAUCUGGACCAUCACCUAAUCUAUCCUUGUGAAUGCCAAUAGCAAUGAAUUAACAACCCAUAGAUUGCACCUGAACUGAACCCUCCAUAUAACACAUUGUCCUUGACUAAUGUCACUGCUCUAACCUAGCACCUUAUUUUCUAUUUAAAAUGAAUCCUUUAGACUUAAAGAGCUCCUUUUUCAAGGGGAACACACAGGGAAAUCCUAUAAAUCAAUGAUGCAAAAGGUUGAGAAGUAUAUUCAUUUGUGUAACAAUAGAUGCAUGAAUUCCGUGAGAGAAGAAAAAGAGAACACGCUGUAUACAGUGGUGCAGUUGUGACUGUAAAUCAAUUACAUUGAUCUGUUGGUAAUUAGAUGGAUUUGUCACAUGACCAGUCUGCCUUUCUCAAGCUUUACAGAGGCCCUUAAUUUUAAAAUUAUACAUUUUUUAAAUCAUAUAUAUUUUUUAAAAGGAAACUAUAGUGCCAGGAAAACAAACUAGUUUCUUGACACCAUAGCUCCCCUUAGUCAAGUUCCCCCCCCCUCCCCCCGCCCAAGGUAUAGAAGGGGUUAAUAAUCCCUACUGUCAAUUACCUGGGUCCAGCGCCAAUGCCCUUCGACAUCAGCUGGCGGGGAAGACCUAAUGCGCAUGCGCGGCUAUGGCUGCGCUCGCAUUAGGAUUUCCCCAUAGGAAAGCAUUAUUCUGGGUGCCUACAGUGUCCAUUUAAGAAAAGUUUACUUUUUUCAUCUGGCUGAGCAGCCAUGUUUGGUCAGAUUCUGCUGUUAUCCGAUCAACUGCUGCUCAACCCAACUUUCCUGUUGCUGCAGUUUCACACAGAGCAAUCGCUGCAGCGGGUUGAGCAGCAGUUGGUCAGAUAACAGUAGAGUCUGAAAAACAUGGCUACUAUAAUAACUAUCAUACAUAAGGUAUAAAUCAACAAGUCUUCUAUAGAAAAGAUAUAUAUAUAUAUAUCGGUCCUUGAUUUUACCAUCUACUAUAACUGAAAAUUUAAGUUCUAGAUCUGACACCAUGUUCAACCAUUGUAAGGUUCACUUAAAAAGCGCCCCUUUUCCCACAAAGUGAAGUGUACAUGGUGACUAAGUGUGCCGCUAUGGCAGCAUGCAUAGCAACAAUCAUGGCAAUAAUGGCCGAAUAUUGAACCACUAGUGCUUAAAGGGCGAUUGUUUUGUAUGAUCUUCCAUGACCAUGGGAACAUUAGCUAAGAGGGUGAACAUGACUUUUCACUAAUAGAGUGCAUUGACUGUUAAGAAAAUAACUACGUCAGCUAAGGCUGUGGGUGUUAUGUUCAUCCUGUCCCUCUUGCUAUUUAGAAAAAUACAUGGUAAUUUAUUUUAAAAAAUAAAUAACGUAGAAGAGGCCUAAUAAUACAUUUAAUAUGUGUAAUUAAUGUCAGGUGUAACGUGGAUAUGUCAGACUAUUGUUGUGUUAAGUAAACCUAGGGAGUACUUUAAUCAAAUUACCUUGUUAUACACACCAAAGCACGCAGUUGUUUUGGUUUGUUUGUGCUUUUGCACAUAGCACAUUCCAGGCCCUCUUGUAGUAAAGGGCUUAAGUAAUUAAAAGAAUCCAUUAAAUUUACAUGUAUUUCAGUCAAAAACAAAUGUAAAAAAUACACACGUUCAUUUAUGUAUAAUUUAAAGUUAAUACAGACAGAAGAGUGGCUUAAAUAAUACACUGUGUAAAAGCAUCCAUACAAAUCAGUGAACAGCAGCUAACACGGUAUAGCUUUUCCCACUGCAAUGUUGACAUGAUAGAAAAUGAAAACUCCCUUAUUACAUAGUUACAUGGGCUGAAAAAGCCUUUCAUCUGUUUUUGCUGUAGAUCCAAAAGAAGGCAAAACAGUUUGAUGCACUUAGCAAUUUUGCAAACUAUGAACAAAUUCUUCCUUGACCCCAGAAUGGCAGUCUUAUAUUUCCUUGGAUCAAGAAGCUAUUACCCCACAAAUUAAGUAUUUAUCCACUUACAUCUGUACAGAUUCUGAUAAAACCACUUUUUCAGGCAGAGAAUUCCAUAUCCUUAUUGUUCUUACAGUAAAAAAACAUUUCCUUUGCCUUAGACAAAAUCUUCUUCUAAAUGCAUGACCUCGUGUCCAGGUUUGUGAAUAGAUUUCCACACAAUGGUUUGUAUACAAAUGUUCAGACAGCUACUAGAUGCAUACUUGCAAAAACAGAAUAUUCAAGGAUAUAAUCUUUCAAUGUAGUGUAAUAACUGCUUGAUCCAAGGAUAAAUCUGACUGCCAUUCUGGGGUCAAGAAGGAAUUUUUUUCCUAGCUUGUUGCAAAAUUUGAAGUGCUUCAAACUUGUUUUUUUGCCUUCUUUUGGAUCAACAGCAAAAAACAAAUGUGAGGAAGGCUGAACUUGAUGGAAGCAAGUCUCUUUUCAGCUAUGUAACUAUAUGUAACCUUGUAUUGACUACUCUCUAAUAUCCAUUUGCAUCUGACCUUCAUAAUAUUCUCCACCUGAGAGACCAACAAAUUUCUCAGCCAUGGUGUUUGCCAGUUUCUGCUUCUUUCAGAGAGAUAGAUGCCCCACUGUACUGGAGCCUACAUGACUCACAAAUUGUUAUACUAGUUAAAGCAGCCAAGACAUAAAAAUGAAGGAAGAAAGGCCCAAGAGACAUUAACAUAUGCACAGGAAGCAAAAAUAUACUUAGAAUUUUCAACAAACAUUUAGAAACUUCGUGGGGAGAUCUGGGUCCGGUUCUUGAAAGUUUACAAUAAAUAUUGGUUGUUACGGUACUUAGGAUUUGUGUUUCUCUGGAACUCAUCACCAUCAUUUUUUAUGCUUUUCUAGUAAUAUCCAGGAGAGUGUUUUCUAAUCUCCAUUAUUGGUCUUUACAGACCAUUUAUCCUGAUUAAAUUAUAAUACAUAAUUAUACUUGGAUAUUAUGUUUUUUUAGAAAAAUCCCUUUUUCCAUUGCUGAUAGUCCAUCCCUUAAAAAUAUAUACUUUUUCCUUAUUGAGAUUCUUGAGGUUCUUUGUCUUUUUGGAAAGAGACCUGUUAACCAUUCCCGUAUAUCUCCAGAAAUGCAAUGGUAUAAGAAUUUAACAAAUAGAAAGUUCAACAAAUCUUACAGCGAAACUGAGUUUAUAUGCAAAAAUGUGUUACAUUUGGCUAAAAAAUUAAUUGAUCCCAGCGUUACAUUUUUAGUGAAACAUUCUAAAAACAGGAUAUUGGAAAAGCCAAAUUCUUAUUAAAUAUAAUGAACAAUAUUGGAUGAGUUGGAUCAGUCAUGUUUUGAGCCAUGUAGACCAAAAGGAAUUAAUGUUUCAUACACUUAUUAUGCCUUAACUGAGUAUUUGUAUAACUUUUACACUGGAGAGAGUGGUUUUGACUUUGUUAACUUUUGUGGUCUUCGAAAUUUUAACCUUGAAUUAUGUGAUUGUACAAGGUGGAGAUGGAUUACAGCUCAUUGGCUUAAAAAAAAAAAAACAAGAUUCCAAAUACCUAAACCAGUGGUUUCCAAACCUCAAGGCAACCCUACUAGACCAGGAUUUAGCGAUUACCCAGUUGUGUCAAGGUUUUUUUUUUGUUUUUUGUUUUCUGAAAACACCUAAGGCACAACUGGUUAUUCCUACAUCCUGGUCUAGUAGGGUUGCCUUGAGGACUGGUUUGGAAACCACUGAUCUAUGCUAAUGAGUGACUGAUAAAAUGAUGACCAAACAUAUAUUGUUCAGGAAUUGAUAUGGAAUUAUCUUAGACUCGAGUUUCACAGCAGAUAUGAAAACUAUGUUCACUCCCCAUUUGGUUAGUAUCCUUCUCUUACUCCUAGCCAGUGGUGUAUUUUGGUUUUGUGCUGCCCUAGGCAUGAAAAACACGGGCACUCCCCCCAUACCAACCCAGCCCUUCCCCACCCCUCCCCCCCCACCUCUUUUCUAAAUUUAUUUUCCUUUAAAAAAAAAAAAAAAACACAACAACAUGCUCUUUGCGUGACAGACAAGCGCACUCACUGGUGCAUACACUGACAUACACUCACUGACUGAUACACAGUCAUUGGCACACACACUUUCACUGAAACAUACACACUCACAUACACCGACAGAUACACACUCACUGACAAACACACAUACUUUUUGACAGACACACAUACACUCUUAUUGACAAACACACACAUAUACUCUUACUGACAAACACAAACACACACAUACACUCUUACUUACUGUGAGCUUCCAUGGGGAAUAAUUACACAGAAAGGAGUUAAAUCCAGUGACAGACGCGCAUAUUAAAUAACCCGUUUAACUCGCCCAUCUCUUCCUACCAGAGCCCACGCUUAGGAUACCCCACAUACAUAGCACCAGCAACCUCUCAGAUACUCGCUCUGUAUUAGCAUCAUCUCUCUGUAUUAGCACCCUCUCUAUCUAUUAGCACCCUGUCUCUGUAUUGGCACCCUGUCUCUCUAUUAGCAUCCUGUCAGUGGGGUUGCUGUGCUGAACGGUUGGGCGGGCAGCGAGGGAGCAGUGAUCUCUUUGCUCAGCUCCCUCGCGCGCCUCUUGGUGAUGCUGGGGCCGGAAUGACAUCAUAUUCUGGCUCCGGCAUCCCUGCGAGGCGCAAGGGAGCUGAGCAGGAGAGAGCUCAGGGGUGAGUGCUCCCUCGCUGCCCGCCUCCUACCUGAAGAGAUGCCAGCUGUAGGGGUCCCUGAGGUGGCCAGUUGGCCAGCUCCUUGGCCCCCCACGACAAAAGGCUGGCAAGGUAUUUGCCAGGGCGUUUGGGGCGGCUUUUUUUGCCGCCCCUCUAAAAGUGCCGCCCAAGACAAAUGCCUUGUCAGCCUCGCGCUAGAUACACCUCUGCUCCUAGCUGAUUCUCAUUCACUGCUUACAAUGUGAUAAAUACCUCAUUAUAAAUAUAUGAGUUUAAUAUAUAGCACAUGGAGACAAGUCCCUUUAUGUAUGUGAAAAAAAUUACUUUUUACCUGCUUCGUUUAGUACGAAGAGAAAAGCUGAAAUGAGAGUCACCAUGGUAAACACUAAAAAAAUAAAAAUAUGAUACAUUAAUAAUGAACGCUAUAUUUUGACCAUCUGACUAAUGUUUACAGCCAAUCAGAAGUCAGAUAGGAUUCCAUUUAUGGUCUCUCAGAAGAAAUGGCAAAUGCAAAUAAUAUAAUGGCAACCUCCAGCUGCUGAAAAAUGGCUCCCGGAGUAAUAAAAGUAUAAGAGAAAUAAAAAUUGUAACUCCUAGAAAUGCACUUUUUCUAAAUUAAUUAACGUUUAAGCAAUAUGACAAUAUUUCAUUAAAAAGUCUUCUCACCAAUGGCCUGACUCGACUAAAUGAUGAAGCAAUAGCAAUGUUUAAUCUUUAAUGUCUUUUAAAACCCACCCACAGCUCUCCUAUCUGGUGAAGGCAAUUAGUUACCAUUACACUGGGCAUGCUUGAGUGGCAUUAUAUAUAUAUAUAUAUAUAUAUAUAUAUAUUAUAUAUAUUAUAUAUAUUCUGCAGUGCUUUACAAUUAUAGAAAUUACACACACAUAAAAAUGUGCCAUGCGUUUUAUAUAUAUAUAUUUGAGUGGGAGAGUAAUGAUUGGUUUAAAUAUCACAGCAAUUUCUGCUGAACAGGGUUGCUGACCAUAGAUCCUGAGCUCAUAAGUUGUAGCCAUCCGUGUCACACUGUGAAUAGUCAAUCCAAUAAACAAUGUAUAGGAAUGAAAAAAAAUAGGUGCCACGGCGAUUAAGCACUGCUCGCUCCUUUUAAGUUAAAACUACAUUUUAUUCCAUAUAAUAUAUAUGUACAAAUCACAUACAGUGACAGGCUCCCUCGCAAAUGUGGCUGUCAGCAAUCAACGCGUUUCGCAUAUCCAAACACUUUAUCAAGAGCAUAUUCUAGCUUCCAUAUCUUGUCUUUUUAUGUCGUGGUAAAUGAGGGAUCACAAACACCUGCAGACCAAAAGGCCAAUCCCACACCAAGCCACAACCAAAGGAAGAGAUGGCAUAUCAACUAAAUUAUCUGCAUGUAGGGAGAAGAAUAAACACACAAAAGAAAAAUAAACAACAAUCAUAACAAAAUGUAUAAAGAAAACCUGUAAAAACAUUAGUACCAUGAAUAUAAUGCAAGUUACACAUAUUUCUCCAUUCUGAAAUUAUCCAAUAAACAUCAGUAUCAUCUGAGCAGAGUCCUCAACAUGUUCCUGUAAUGGCUUACCAUUUAUAUUUUAUCCUUUUAUAGUUUAUUUAAUAUUUUAUGUAUAUUUUUACAAUAAAGCAAUUUUUCAUUGUUCCAUCCUCUGGAUCCUCUUCUACUUAUUGGAAACCACACCAGCUACAGAAGGGUUAGGAUCACCCCACAAUAGAUCCUGAAGCCAUCUAUACCAGAGCCAGGUUCCUUGGCUCUGAUUUUGUGAGUGUUUCCUUGCACCUAUUGCACUUUAAUAUAUAUUGUUAAUUGUCUACACUAUCUUGUGUAUCUCUCUAUCUCUGCAGUAAUACAUUGGAGAAGAGGAGAGAACAAAAUUGCUCCAUCCAUUGUGUUUGCAAUGUUCCUGUAACAAUUUGUAAUUGUCUCAUUUAUUGUUAAAUUGUCCCAUUAUAACAUUGGGAAGCGCUGCUGAAUAAGUUGGCACUAUAUAAAUGCCAAUAAUUGUAGUAAUAAUAAUUGUAGUAAACAGUUAGAGGCAGGUAUUUAAUGGGUUACCCCAACCACCAUGACCAUUUCUGCUUUUAGACGUGGUAGGAAUCUGUACGUGCAGAGUUUACAUUCAGAGAUAUUUGCACUUUUGUGCCGGGGCCUUGUUGCACCACCGUCAUCCCUCUGAGCUGGGGAGAACAGUCCAAUCAAAUUCUUCUGUAUGAGACCUUACUGCUUCGUCCGGCACUGGAUUCCAGGUAAGUUUAUUUAAAUGUUCUGUGUUUUCUUAAAAAUAACGGAAGAAGGUGUAUUACUAAUACCCCACAGGGCAUGCUAAUUAAAACAAAUAGGGUUAAUUAAAAAUGGUUGACGUAAUCCGUUAAUACUUGUGGGACCAACUCUUGUACAGUGGAAGGCACAUCAUAUAAACAGGCUUCUGAUUUGAAAGCAGUUCCUGAGUUUGUGAAUAGUAGAUUAGGAUUAGGAUUAUACACAUUUCUGAGACAUCCAUCGUAUGCCAAAGGAGUCCAGUAUGACCUGGGCAGAUGCUUACAUGCUAGCCCUCUCUAGUUGUCACUAUAAUACUAAUCUUGAUCGAUUAAAUGGUUUUCGUUGUAAUUUUUUUAGCAGCACCUCAAUUUUAAUUUUUUUGUAUCAUACAUUUUCUGCUCUUUUACUGAUGAAAAUAUUUUUUUAAUGACAUAUCAUCACUGAUACUUCUUUUUUGUUUUGUGUCAAUUAUGGACUCUCCUUAAAUGUGAUGCUCGGAAACGGGACAUUAACAUCAUCAUGUCCUGGAUCUGUAUUAGCACAAUUAUUUGUAGCAAGUUAAAAAAAUGUUUUUCUUUUGUCUCAAAUGUGUUUUACUUCUUGGCUGUGUAACAGGUGCCGCACCACCUUUUUGCCUGGGGGUAAACACUUGGUAUUAGGGUGGGUGGUUUUAAUAAUAUAUUAUCCCUAAGACACAAUGUUCAAAAUGUUGGCUUGUUAAAGAAUGCAUGAAAUGGCUUUGUGUUCCGUCAGCCUUUCAUACAGAAUUAAAAUGCAGAUGCCAAACAUAUAUGUAAUUUCAGCUUGCAUAAGGUACAAACAUGGGUUAGGUGUCUACGUGGGUUUAAUAAAUGGAGCCUGAGUUGCCACACUUAUUCUCAAUGGUCAACCUGGGGCACUUUGCUGUUUAUGGAAUCUACCUCUUUGUUAGUCACUCAUUAUUUUGUUAUAGUGUUUCUUUGGUAGCUGUGGCAGUGCUGGUCUAAUGAACAGUAUACGUCUAAUGAGCAUGAGCAGCUGCAGCUAGUUCUAAAGUGCAAAGAUAUUUUUAAUGAGCAGUUUUAGUUCAAAUGAGCAGAAAUAGUUCAAUUGUCUUAUCAGCUUGCUUUGUCUUCUUGUUAAUGAAAAUAAAUAAGACCUAGGUCAUGCUUUUAAAUAUGGAAAAAUAAUUCAGACCCCCCCCUCCCCUUUUUUUUUCCAUCUGUGUAUAAUAUACUGUGUUUAUUUGAAGUCUACGUUGCACCAUGAGUGAAAGGUGAUCAAUGCUUUAAAGGAGGCUUCCCCAAACUCCGGCCCUCCAGAUGUUGCUGAACUACAACUCCCAUGAUUCUCAGCCUACCUUUUUCAUUCAUAGAAUCAUGGGAGCUGUAGUUUGGGGAAGCCUGCUUUAAAGGAACAGAGUAUUCAACUCGAUGGUGUUGCUUGUAGUUAUUGUGUUAUCGCUUCAUAUCCAAACUGCUUCUCAAGUUCAUUCUGAUAAUUUCCAAACAUCAUCCCCUUUUUUCUCUCAUAAAUUUAUAACAGACGCAGGUAAAAAGACAAAAAAAAAAAAUACUUUAUCACGAACAAUUUCACCCUAAGUAUAAAAGUGUGUAGGACAUGCCAGCAAUGUAUAUUCACAUAUCUAAAACACGCCCAAUAUCUGAGAUCAUAUAUUUUCUUGAAUGAAUAAAUUUUUUUAAACAUCAUAUCUUUUAUCCAAAACAUAUAUAGGUCUUACAGAAGGCAGCUGUGUUUCCUGCACCCGUGUAGCAGUGUGUGGUGUUUUUAACAGUACCCAUGAUGCCUGUUUAUUUAAAUGAGGUAGCAUGCUUUCCUUAUUUAUAAAGCGCCAACAGUCUGCAGCGCUGUACAGCAGGUAGCCAAUCAGUCGCUUAUCUCUCCAAGAUUCCAUUCUUCCUUCUCAAUCCAUACUUUGGCACUUGGUAAGUUGGAAAGGAUACAUGAACACCCCGAGGGCUGCUUUAUAUAGACCUUCAAGUUCAUGUGAGAUCAGGGAUCAGGGAUUCAAACUAUUUUUCUAAUGCAAGAAAUAAAAUGAAAGGGAGCUUACCCCAUUAUCUUGGGGACUUUCUUUUUGAGCGCUGGAUCUAGCUUAUUAGCCUUUUUUUAGUUUUAGCUGGUUGACAUUAUUAAAACAUUCUUACUAAUAUACUAACCAGGAUAAAUAAAAUGUAAAAAAAAUAAAAAAACAUUUAUCCUAAUUACUAGCAGUGCAUGUACUGCCUUUAGACUGAAUUUGAGGACAUACCCAGUUUUACUCUAUGUGUCUGCAGAUAUACAAUAUGUUUUAGUCCUUUUAUUGUCCUACAUAGCUGUGUCAGACGUACAGAUCCAGAAUGACUAUAUGUUUCUUUGCCAUUUUACCGAUAAGGCAUAAAGAAAGAUUAUUUUUACUAGUAAUUUUCCAGUUUAGCAGUUUGGACCUAAAUGCUCUGAUUCCUUUUGCAAACCUCAACAACCCUCAGUUUAGUGUCCCUGGAUAUAUAUUUGUUGGUACAGUACCCCAAAAUGAGGGACAGUCCUGGUAAAUUUGGGACUGUUGGCACCUAUGAUUUUAGUUGCAGUACAUUCUAAUUUACUCUCUCGUCAUCUCACAUCUUGAUUACCUCCUCUUCCAUGGCUUCCUGGGAAUCAGCUGACUCCACUCACAUAACACGCAGCUCCAGGCUCAUCAUCCUCACACAUCGUUGCACAUCUGCUACUCUACUCUCCAAAGCUUUUUAUUGGCUCUUACGCCCUCUAGGAGGAAGAUUUAAACUCCUUACCCUUGAUCAUAAAGCCCUACAUAUUCCUGCUUCCUCUGAGCCUGUCCUUUACACUGUGCAUGUCCCUGCUUGGCCUCUACCGCUUCCUUAUCAAAAUUGCCUUUUUUUUUUGCUUAGAAGACUUUUCCAUGUAUCCAUGUGAUUUCUCAUUGUAAAAGCUGCCAUAUCCCUCCACUAAUCCCAACACUCAUAGCCACAUAAUCUGCACAAUCUAGGCAACACCUUUCUCCUGAGCUCACCUGUGGUACUAAUCUGCUACACACCCUUACCUGCUCUGUGUUCCUCACUGUCCCAUGGCUCUUUAGAUUGUAAGCCUCAGGGCAGGGCUGUUAAAAUCUACGUACUAAUAUUUUUCUGUCUGUAAAACUGAAAUAUAUUUUAAGUCUGCCCUCUACCUAUCUAUCUAUCUAUCUGUCUGUCUAUAUUUUAUGUUAGUUGGCUCUUUUACGGGCACUUCACAAGGGCAGACUGGCAGCUUUGGAAUUCUCAAAGCUCAAAUUACCCGUUUUACAGCCAGGGCCCAGAAACCCACAAGUCAGGGCAGGCCGUGGCACUGAACAGUUUCAAAUUUGCCGAACCUCUUCAGAGAUGGGUCUUCCAAUCACUACGCAGAUUCAGAUCUUCAAACACCAGAGACUGACUGACAGCUCUGCAUUCCAAGAGGUUCUGCAGGAGACAGGGGAUUUAACGUCAUGUUAAAAUGUUGUCAGGCAACCCAUUUCUAUUAACCUGAUAAUUGCCAAAAUAUCCAGCCACCCAGUUAUUUCAUUAUUUGCCGCUCACUAAAAAAAGGGUUAAAUGUUACUAAGAAAUCUAUUUAUUAGGCAAGGGGUUGCUGCAGAUUAACCCCCAGCAGAGCUACUGAUUUUGCUUUCCAGAUCAGGCGUAGGUUGGCAACUUGUCGCAACUUACUGUUUAGUGAAUAAAUAUGUAUCUGUUGAAGUCCAAAGAAAGGGUUAAAAGUCAGAGCGUAACAGACAAUCAGCAGACUUUCUAAAGCAGCGAUCGUAGGAGGGGAGGCUAGGGUUUGGCUGCGGAUCCAUGAAUAUCGUCUUGGGUGUGGUUAUUAGGGCAGGUUUACAAUCACAGCCUUGGCCAGAGUUUCAUGUGCUGAAUGAAGACACAAGGGUUGGUCUUUACCUUGUGAUCUGACGUGCUGAUGUUACGGGGUGGGGGUGCUGGCAAAAUAUUACAGUUGUUUAGUAGGUGGUGUGACAAGAUUGUGAGCCAAAAAAACUCAGCCUUGUUUGGAAUACAGACUAACCCUAAGGGACUGGGUGUCUCGGCAGCUUGUAGCAUUGGAUUACACACACAGACAGACACUCGCAGACAAGGGAUCUGGAACUGACACAGUCCGCUCAGAUGGGGGAAAAUACUUCCUAGGCAAUAAAGGUACUGUACGGACUUUAACUGUUGUUUCUACCUGGGUUAGGAGGGAGGAAGCCAGCUUUGCGGAGUUUCCAGAACAAAUGAAGGUUUUAACCCUUUGAGUGCUGGAAACACUUUUAACAAGUUCUAUUUUACCACACUUGCACACGCCAUUAUCUGUUCUGGCUUUCAAAAGACAACUUUAAUUAAAAAAAAAAAUUUUUAAUUACAUAGAUAGCUACUACAAAAAAAGCUGCCUGGGAUUUCAGCUCCUAUCAUGCUUGGCCACUAGAAAGUUAAAUUUAAAAAAAAUUGCCUUAGAAGUUAUAAAUGUCAUAGAAGAGCUGCCUCUGGCUUUGCAGCUGCUGCAGACCGUAGCUCAUGAUCAAACUCUUGCUGACUAACUUUUAAACAUGUGGGUGACUGCGUGUUCUGUGUGCUUGCAUGUUGCUGCAUAAGAGGAGAUAUAGAAGUCAAUUAGAUAAAUUUACCUUAAAUAUACUUACCUGAAGGUCUCUCUCUCAGUGCCACCAUGGUUAAACUCAGUUCUCAGUUCCUGGUAGAGAAGGAUUAGAUUCCCAAAGGGCUCUGGAGUGAUUAUCAGCUUGUUCUCCCUUUCACUUAGGCUUCCUUAGGUCACAUUAUGGUGAAUCCUUCUGUGGCUCCUAUAUACAUAUUCUGCAAGGUGCUGUGUACCUGCGUGCAUGCCAGGUGUACAAAAUAAAGCUCUAUAGAAGAUUUCAAAAGACCUUGGGACAAUUUAUAGAUACCAUAGGGGAAUAAAGGCUUCUGGGAAAUGGUAAAAUGUCAGGUAAGGGCAAUUUGAGACUCCAUGUUUUUAUCGUAUUUAGCCAAUAAUAGUUUCAUCCAUAAAACAAUUAUUUUUUUAUUUUCAUUGAGAGGUUUUUUUUCUCUAAAAGGGAACAUAUAAACAAAAAUUAGAGUAUACAUCUGCAUUCAUUAUGUAUCAGUUGCACACUCAAAGAUAAACAUGGAGAAACACAGACAGUUUAGAAAUAAAUGCCUUCAAGAAUAUGUCAAGCAGAUAAUUCUUGAAUGUGGCAGGAAUCAGUUAGGAUGCGGUAAAAUUCUGGCAGAAGGAAUUAUGAUUGCCUUAGAUUAUUUUGUAUGGCAGAAUGAAGAUGGUGUAAUGGGCUAACUAUAAGUUACAGGAAAAGGGAAAAAUUGGUAAAGAGAAAGAAAGAGAGUGAUAGUGGAGAAAAAAGGAAAGGGGGGAAGAGAAAGCCGAAAAGGGAAGAAGAUAUGGCAAGUGGGAAGAAGAAUUGUCCCAAGUAACUGGAGAUAAAAAGGUAGGGGUGCAAAGGACCAAUAAGCCAGUCACAUCUUGUAGUGGUUCCCAUAAUAAACACCUAACACGCAGGGUGUGGAUCCAUCCAUGUAGUUGUAGACCAUGCUUCUAAAAACAAAUUAUAAAAGUAUCAUUUAAUGUAGCUGUAAAGUGUUCGUUGCUACUUAUAGUCUUAAGAUACGUUUUGCUUGCAUUGAAAUAUCAGUGAAAUAAAAAUAUGGCAUUUUAUAAAUAUACUCUGAAGGCAUGCUUAAAUUAUAGUGAUUCUGUGCUUUACCUAUAACUUGAAUCUGAAUAUAUAUAUAUAUAUAUAUAUAUAUAUAUAUUGUGUGUGUGUGUGUGUAUUAAAUUUAGUGAUGGCUUAAACAGUUAUGUUUUAUAUUUUUUUUACGACUGUAAUUUUCACACUGUGAUCAGCAUCCAUUCUCGAUGAAAUGGGUUAAACUACCCCUCACAGAUUUACCAACUCUUGUUUCAAAAGUAAGGAACACAAAAAGUAACAGAGCCACUUUAAUGAUAGAUAUAGUUGGUGAUAGCUGAAAAAUAUACUGCAAACAGUCAUUUGGUAGAAUUUACAGAGAACAAGUUUUGAUCUUUUUAUUUUUUAUAAUGGAUUGACUAAUCUUUGGCACUGCAGUUGUUUGGGACCAAAUUCCACAUUUUGCUUAUUCAACCUACACUGCUAUAGAACAGUAUCGAUUAAUCUUGGAAUAACAGAUCUUUGAAACCAUACAUUCCAUAUGAUCAGUCAACCAUUAGGAAAUGUAGUUCCACAUAUAUGGAGUGCCAUGGUUUGCUGACAGCACUCUACAGCAGGCUUCCCAAAACUCCGGCCUUCCAGAUGUUGCUGAACUACAACUCCCAUGAUGCUAUGAAUGAAAUAGAUAAGCUGAGAAUCAUGGGAGUUGUAGUUCAGCAACAUCUAGAGGGCCGGAGUUUGGGGAAGCCUGCUGUACAUCAACAAUGACUGGCUGAGUAAAUGAUAAAAUGUGGCCUCAACAACUGCGGUGCCAAAGGUAAGCAAGUAUUUUGUGUUUCCCCAGGGUAGGACCUUCCGCUUGCUGCUGUUUCCUGUAGGUGAUAAAAAGUCUCAAUAUUCUGGUGAGUUGCAGAUGUCCUUUAAAAAAGGGAGUGACUAGCUUUGGCAUUCCGGUUCUUGGCAUUUUAUAUAUGGAUUCUAAAGCUAUACCCACCAGUUAAGCCAUAUUGCACACAGCAACACUAUCUCAACCAGCCAAAACAACAAUUGUUAGAAGGAUUCUGCUCUAAAUCCAGUGAUUAAUAGUGACAGGUGGGAAGUGUGUGCACACACUGUCACUUAUUGUAGCGUGGCCCCAUGAGACAGCGGUAGAAGAUCUUCAUUUUUCUCUCCAUAGUUUGACAGAGCUAUAAACGAAGUAUAAUACCCAGGCCUCCCUCACUACUCUCUGCACGCUGCUUCCAGCUCUCUGUCAGACCGGUCAGAGGAAUACAAAUACCCUCUAAUGUGGUCCAAUGUGUCCAUGCCAAAGCUUUGGUAGGUGAUUAUAAUGAGUGGCCUCGCUUGGUAGUUUGGGUUAAACUAUUUUCAAGUGGUUUAAUGCAUAUUGGGGUUCCCCAAGCACCAACAGGCCAGCCCCUCAGCUGAUGCCUGUUUAAUGCUUUUUACUUUAGAUAACAGUAAUAGGCUUCUGGUGGGUUGGCCCGACCUCUUUCCCAUCUGACAUGGUGGCAUGGCACAGUUACUAGCAGGCAACUGAAUAUUAAAAGGACUCAAUAGGCAUCCAUACCACUUUAUCUCAAUAAAGUAUUCUGGGUGGCAUGCCAUCCCUCCGCAACUGAAAACAUUGCCAACAAAGUUAUGCCUAAAAUCUUCUUUCUAUCAAGCUGUGACAGGGUACAUCUGACACAGCUCAAGCCUGUUUUUGUGCUUUGUUUUUUUUUUAAAUGUAAUACCGGGUCAGAACUAGGAGACCUUUUGGAUUCUGUUGCUGGGGCCCCAGGCACCUGCUGGACCCUAUGUUGGCGCUAAGCUUUACUGUAGACAGAUUAAAGUUAAGAUUAGUUUGCUGUAGACAGAUAAGGUUAAGAAAACCAUUACUGUCACAAAAAUUACAGACCUCGGGGGGCGUGGCCUGCUCGGGUAUGGAGUAGGACGCAUCCUGAACCUGCUCCGCGGCCCUAGCUCACACUAGCACCCAUCAACGAGCGCUAUCCGACCCGAGAUGGGUAAAUCCCGGAGACCCCACACGCCGGGACCCUCACAAGCCGGCUCGCCGGGUCGCACCUCGGGCCCCAUGGACGGCUAUGUAUGCACGCCGCGAGACAUGCGGUCCGCGCCGGCCGCAUCCAAAAUGGCGCCGGCCUCCCCAGGGGACAGCAGCAGUGACAGCCUGACGCAGGGCUCACCCAGGGGAGACACUCUGGCACAUAUUUCAUCCGAGCUGGCCAAGAUCACUGCCAAUAUGCUGUCCAGAGCUGACAAAGCUGAGAUGCUGGCAGAAAUCAGGACUGCAAUCAGGGAGGAAGUCAUGGAGGUGAGGAAAGACCUGACAGCCCUUGAACAAAGGGUAGAGGCCCUUGAAGCAGACAGAGCCCAGACUGUGAAGCACCAACAGGCCACAGACACUGCCACCACCAGACAGGGCAAUGUCCUACUAGAUCUCAGGAGACAACUAGAAGACCUGGACAAUCGCGGAAGGAGGAACAAUAUCCGCAUAAGGGGCCUACCCGAAAACGCGGACGAAACGCUGCCAGAGCUCCUGACAGACCUGUUUACCCAUAUUCUGGGUGACAGAGCCCCAGAAGACUACGGUAUCGAAAGAGCCCAUAGAGCGCUGAGACCCUUGUCCCCUGAGGGACCGCCGAGAGACGUAAUCUGCUGCUUGCUCUCUUACGCCUUAAAAGAUGGCAUCAUGAGAGCGGCGCGCAAUCAACAGAACAUCGCCUUUAGAGACGGGCAGGUCUCGCUUUACCAGGAUCUCUCCGCGCUCACGCUAGAGGCCAGGAGGGCGCUACGUCCAGUAACCGCCAUUCUCCGGGAGCGGAGGAUCCCGUACAAAUGGGGCUUCCCCUUCAGCCUGCAGGCGAGGGUGGGCCAAACCUGGCAUAUCAUCCGCUGGCCAGCUGAUGUUCCACGCUUCCUACGAGCCACGAGUCUACCCGCGGUGACGAUAUCCAACUGGGUCCUGGAGCGACAACCACAGCACCCACGGGCGGUAAGCGACAGGCCGGGCACGGGCCUCACAGGCAGCGGGUUCCGGCGGGGUGGCCCAGACAGCCAUGAAGAAUAACUGUCCCCUAUGAACCUGUUCCCCUACCUCCCAUUCUGCUAACCCGACCGUCAACCUGCCACCCCACCAACGGCCCCCCAGCCACUACGAGAGAAGGCCACAAGACAGCUCAGAAGACCUAGACACGACCACCGGAAGCUCCUGUGGGUGUCGGGCACCACGAGACGACAUUGCCCCCCACGCACCUGGUCGAACCACAGCACAACUUGGUAUGUACUUGACUCCCUGACCUAAGCCCGCAACAUGGGGUCCAGAUCCUCAUUAGCAGGGGGUGGCCUAACCUGAGCCUCACAACCAGGGGUGGGGACCCCCAGGAGAUAGACUUUGCAUGGACAUGCCACGCUGGGACUCUCCUAGUGGCCAAGGCCCGGGAACACCAGCUACCUUUGGGUGGAGGGGGUGCGGGGAUGGAAGCUGGGAGGCUGCCACCAUACCAGGGUUAUACCCACCGCUGUAAGGGUGAUCUCCCCAAGCUCUAGCCUGAAGGGCACGACCGAUAGCAUAGAUCCCAGCACCUUCUGGACAGCCGAGGGCCUCUCAGGCAUGUAAUGGGGCCACCAAGGGGGGGGUGCGGGGAGCUCCCUUUGGGGGGGGGGGAAGAAUGGGGGGCCAUGCUCCACAACUGUUUAUUAUGACUGUUAUAUUGGUUUAUGGUUUUUAUUGUUUGUAAACAAUUACGCGGACGCGGUACAAUACGUGUAGCAACAGUUACAGAAUGACGUGAAACUUGGGGCCCGAGUUAGACUCAGACACAUACACAGGCCAUACAUGGGCCGAGACAGGGAGGGGCAACGAAGGUGGGUGGGGUUUCCGGGACGGGAACAUACUCGGAGAGAUCUACAACCCAACACAAUAGGUGAGCUGGGAGCCAAGGGAAAGGCUCGACACAACACUAUCGAACGACCCACACUAGAGGGACCGCAUACCCCAAGCAACGGACUCACGUUGUAUAUACACUCGGAGGCCACCGAGGUGACUCACCCCCAGGGGAACAGACACCAGAAGGCGACAAAAACCGAGGCGAGUCACAGUUGCCUCUCUCUUGGACAGACUAUCACCCUCCCCAGACACCGGACAGACCUUACCCCUAUACCCAUCAACCACUGACGCACACAUACCCACACACACCUCACAACAAACACUGAUAGAGAUGGGCUCUAACUACAAGCCGACACCACUGACCCUAUGGUCUAACAAUGUAAGAGGCUUAAACAUUCCCGAAAAAAGGUCCCAACUACUUCGCACACUGUGGGCAGAGCGCGCCUCAGUGGCGUUCUUACAGGAAACACAUUUUCAGGGUACAGAGGCGCCAAACGUGAGAAACAGGCGUUACCCCACAGGAUUCUAUGCUAAUCACCCGGACGGGAAGAAGGCCGGAGUAGCAAUCCUACUCUCCAGUACAGUCCCAUUCGUUUGCACGGAGCAGAAGUCAGACCCCGGGGGUAGAUACGUAUUUAUCAAAGGCACGAUAGCACAGUCCACCUACACAUUUGCCUGCCUGUACUCCCCUAAUCGACGUCAACACGUCUUCCUAACUAAAACGCUAGCCCUACUAAACAAAUUCAGAGAAGGCCUUCUGAUAGUGGCAGGAGACCUCAACAUUCCCCUUGACUCUAGGUUGGAUACAUCUAGGGGAGAAACUUCGAUACCAGGUCACUGCAUACGCUCAACAGGGAGGGCCUUAGCCCGGUGUGGCUUAGCUGACUGCUGGAGAGUGGCUAACCCCGAGGGCAGAGACUACACCUUCUACUCGGCUGUACAUCGACGCUACAGCCGAAUAGACUACAUCCUAAUGGCGCAAGAGGCCCUAACACUACUCCAACGAGCUAGCAUAGGGCAUAUCGCAGACUCUGACCACGCCCCCAUUACAGUACAAAUCCAAUCCCCCCUACAUAAACCUGCAGAGCGGCAAUGGAAGUUGAACGAAAACUUACUACUUGACCUAGUGGACAAGGAACAAGCCAGGCAAGCACUGACACAAUACUUUGACACUAACAACACGCCAGACACCCCCCCCUAACAAUCUGGGAGGCACAUAAAUGUGUCAUUAGAGGCCACUAUAUCAAAAUAUGCUCACAGCGUAAAAAAGAACGCACACAACAAUUGUCCACCCUAAACGCACAAAUCACCACACUAGAGCAGGCACACAAACAAAAUCAGGGGGAAAACGAGUUCCACCGACUGACGGAGCUUAGGAGGCAGAGACGGGACAUACUAGCCAAGGGCCUUUUGCGCACCCUUAGAAAGUCGGCUCGGCACUUCUUCGAGUACUCCAACAAGAGCAGUAGGCUUUUAGCCCGCCAGCUUCAAGACAGGAGAAGGGCGAACCACAUACACAAAAUUAACACUAGAGACAAGACUGUAACAAGUCUACCCGACGGAAUCCAACGUGCUUUUGUGGACUACUACACCGACUUAUAUAAUAUCCCCCAGCCCACGACGGUCACCACACAGGCCCAACGCCGGGGACAAAUAACGGAGUACUUAGACCAAAAUGUAGAAAGACAAUUGACCCCAGAAAUGAUAGAGGAACUAGAACGACCCCUCACGAUAGAAGAGUUAGCCGCAGCAUUAAAAAUCUCCAAAUCCCACAGGGCGCCUGGCCCAGAUGGCCUUCCGCUGGCAUACUUGCGAACAUUCCGCGAUGUAUUAUUGCCGAACCUCCUACGAGGUCUUAGCUCACUUCAAGACGGGGAACGGUUUCCCACUGACACACUAGCGGCCAUAGUCACGGUGAUACCUAAAGAAGGUAAAGACCCAGCGAAUUGCGCUAGCUACCGCCCCAUAUCCCUGCUCAAUGCAGACCUCAAACUGUUCGCCAAGACACUAGCCCUGCGAAUCGCGAAGCACCUACCACACCUAGUGCACUCGGACCAGGUCGGGUUCAUCCCAGAGAGGGAGGGAAGAGAUAACACCAUCAAAGCCCUAAACAUACUGCAAGUAGCAAGGUCGCAACACCGGGAGCUACUCCUCCUCUCGACAGAUGCCGAGAAGGCCUUCGACCGGGUGGACUGGCUGUACUUGGAGGAAACACUCACACACAUGGGGUUCGGCCCACGCAUGCGAUCAUGGGUCCUUUCCCUGUACACGAGCCCGACGGCACGGAUUCGGGUGAAUGGUGCUCUGUCCACCCCCUUUCCCAUUCGAAAUGGAACCCGCCAGGGCUGCCCGCUGUCCCCCCUCCUGUUUGCCCUCUCCCUGGAACCCUUCCUGGGGGCGGUCCGACGAGAUGGGGGUAUCACGGGAUUCACCGUCGGCCGGCGAGAAUAUCGAGUUGCGGCAUACGCGGAUGACAUGUUGUUUUUCCUCACCCUUCCGCGGAUAUCACUUCCUAAUCUUCUGGCCGCAUUCCGAAGGUUUGGCUUGAUAUCUAACCUUAAGCUCAACACAGAUAAGUCAGAAGCCCUUCACCUUCCAAGCCCCCAGGACUCCUCAACGACGCUACACACCCAAUUCCGCUUCAAAUGGUGCCCCACUAAAUUGAAAUACCUGGGUAUAUGGCUACCAAAAGACAUGACCCAACUGUACUACCAAAACUACCACCCGCUGCUACAAAAGAUCCAGGCAGACAUGAGAAAAUGGGCCCCACAAUAUAUAUCUUGGUUUGGACGCAUUAACGCAGUCAAAAUGAACCUACUACCCAGACUGCUCUAUUUAUUCCAGACGGUGCCGAUCGCGGUCCCCAGGGCGUUCUUUAGCUCCCUGUUGACCGCCAUCCGCAGAUUCGUUUGGAAUUCGCGCCCAACACGCAUCAAGAGAACGACAUUGGAACUGCCAAAACCGUUGGGGGGUACCGGCCUGCCCUCAAUUGAGACAUACUACCGGGCCGCACAUUUACACAGGCUCACAGACUGGCACGCACAGCAUCCCACAAAACAAUGGGUCACGCUGGAAUUGGAACAGUCGGGAGGGCACAUACCCCCCACAUUAUGGCUACACACUGCUACGCAUGCAGAUCUACAAACUAAAAACCCCUUAAUAGACGCCACCCUGAGGGUCUGGAUGGCAACCCGAUACCGUCUACAACUCACCACUUCGCCCAGCCCCCUGAUCCCCCUCACACAUAACCCGGACUUGGCAGAUUCACUGACUCGAGGUGACCUAGCCGGACUCCAACCGACGGACUGGUCAUAUAUACACCAAUGGCUCAGCACCAACGGCCUAAAAACAAUCGGAGAACUAUGCCCCGACUGAACACCUACAUUCCUUGAACAGUUUAGAUACCGCCAAAUAAAAUCUUACUACUCAGCCCUGUCGGGUAAGGGGCACCUACACAGACCCUUAACUGACUUUGAAACCCUAUGUGUGCAACGCACACACAUCACCAGGGGAAUUUCAACCCUGUACACCCUACUCACGACUCAGACGAACAGGGACGUGGAGCUUAGGUUCAAAGACCACUGGGAGAGGGAUGCGGGAGAGACACUCACUGCGCACGAAUGGGACAAGAUUUAUACCCUCACGCACAAAUGCUCUAUCAGCUCAAAAUAUCAGGAAUUAAACUACAAAGUGCUAACGCGCUGGUAUAGAACGCCCGACACACUGCACCGCAUGCACGGUACCACGUCAGGCAUGUGCUGGCGAUGUGGCACACAACCUGGCACGUAUCUCCACAUGUGGUGGUCAUGCCCAGUAAUUGCCACUUUCUGGGAACAAAUUAGAGGAGAGAUCAACAAAAUUACAGGCGCCGAUAUCCCCCUGGCACCCCUAACGAUGCUUUUGCACCACACCCAAAGCCCACUGACAGCCUACAAAAAAUCCCUGGAACUGCCGCUACUCAAUGCCGCCAAAUCCCUUAUCCCGAGGAUGUGGAAACAGCCAAGAGCGCCCACCUUGAGGCAAUGGAUGUCAGUGGUAGAGGACAUAUACUCAAUGGAGACCCUGACGGCCGACCUCCACGGGAAAUCGGAGCGGUGUGCAUUGACCUGGUACCCAUGGACCACAUACGUGGCAGAUGGAACUGUAACCCCCGAGCCAAUAUAGCUGAAACUCACAGAACACCACGUUAACUGCCUUACCCCUCAUAAGCACAGACACGCCCUACCCAUUAACCACACACAGACUACGGACAGUUUUCACCCCCCCCAGACCACAACAGACAUCAGGAAGACAUAACACCCGCUAGAACAAACUACACAAACCACCGAUACCUGGAGUACUCCAGGACGGACACCUUAAAUACCCCCUACAGCUACUAGACCAGAUACCGGUUCUCACCCUAAACGUAGAGUGCACAUCAUAAGUGCAACAAACUGCGCACUGAAUGCAAGAGGAGCUAGGAGCCUUGAAACCUGAUCAUAUGUUACACUACCUAAUGCAUGUGAAGGAAACUAUUGAAAUAUUUAUGAUUUGAGAAUGUUAGUAUAAAGGCUACGAAUGUUGUUAUGCUAUUCAGAAAUAUGAUGUUACAACGGAUGUUUCACCGUAUCUACACAUUUUUGUGACAAAAUGAUAAAAAGGAAAAUAAAGAUUGUCAAAAAAAAAAAAAAAAAAAAAUUACAGACCUCAGGAGAAGUUCCAAUUUUGCAAUGUGUUCGUUACACUGUAAUUUCAAGGUUUCUUGUUAAGAAUAACCAAGAAUAGUAUAUGUUGUUUUAAAAGGAUAGGUAGGGCUUUCAUCUGAUAUCCUAAAUAAACAUAGAAGCGGUAGCAGCUUUAAUUUAUGAUAAUAAUCAUUUCCACAUAACUAACAUAGUUUAAGAAAAAUAAUUUUAAUAUAAACAUGUUGUCGUCGUUGUGGUAAUGCUCUACAUUUAUUUAAUAGAAAUCAAGUUUUAGAAGCCGUAGACAAAUAUUGCAAAGAGGGAAUGAACGUUUUAAAGCAAAACAUUUGCAACAUAUGGUUUGAUGGGUCUAUAAAUUUAAUGGAAGUAACUCAAUCUCAAACCACAGCAUUAAAGUAUAUGUUUACAGAAAGUAGACACCCUUUUCUUUGGGUAUUUAAUUAAGGUCAUUUUUACAUUUUUCAAGUGACUUUUUUUAUCACAUUUAUCUGCCAAACCUUAUGAUUAUUUUUUUCUGUGUGUUUUUCACGCUAAUACACGUGGUUAUAUUUAAUUAUUUUUUUUUGUGUAUUUUUUUUUUUUUAUUCACUUUCAUACAACGGCAACAUAGUAUUUUCCUGUUACUAUCUUAAUCAUAAUAUGGGCUAAGUCAGAAAAAUAACGUUUGGUACUUCCGCACCUCCUAUGUACGUUAGCGAGCAGCCCGGCACUAAACAUGCCUUGUCACUAUUGGCACGACCCACAUUUAAAGGAACAUUUAAACAGGUAAACUGAAGUUUAUUAACUUGGGCUAUGCUGUUUUAUUUUUUGGAUACAGGGCAGUGCAAUAAGUUGCCAAGAGAUAAAAUGUGUGUGUUUUAUAAUUGUAGUGUAUUAAGAUUGUAUUUGUGUGGCCAACUGUGACUGGCAGAAAUUUAUGUGAAUUGUUUGUUGCUUGACCUCAGCAUUAAUAUAGCAUGCACUGGUAUAGAACAAAACAAUAUGAAUCUAAAACAAAUUGAAUAAUGCAAGAACACAAAUCAAUCAUUAUUAUAUUGUUUAUAUACCUUCUGGGUGCAUCAUUAAAAUCACCUUACAGGAUCUUAGGUCAGUUUUACAGAGACUGUUUUUUUUGCCAUGUUAAUGUCUAUUGCUGCAGCUGGUUUCCCUCCGGCUACAAUUAUCUUUUUGGAGUUAAUGGUGAUCACAGAAAGUGUGAAUGCUGGCUGGUCUUGUGUUGUGAGUGAAUGCUGCCAGCAGUGUAGAGGAAUCAGAUCCUGGGUUUUAACUCUUGGUAGGACUUAAUCAUGCAAUAAUAAUUAGAAAAACAAUUAAUGUAAUUAAUGGAAAUAUGAGGCAAUACCUAAAGUUAAAUCAUUAAAGGGACUCUCCAGUGCCAGGAAAACAACUGCAGGUCCCCUCUCCCUCCCACCCCCCAUCCCCGGUUGCUGAAGGGGUGAAAACCCCUUCACUCACUUACCAGAGGCAGCGACAUGUCCCACGUCGCUGCUUCUUCCUCCGCCGCUGCCGCUCAUCCCCUUCAUUACGUCAGCCGGCGGGGGAGACUGAUCAUGCCCGCCGACGGGGGAGCCCUAAUGCGCCUGCUCGGCAAUGCUUUUCAAUGCUUUCCUAUGGGGAUUCUAGCAACGCUGGAGGUCCUCACACAGCGAUUACCUUGUAGACAGCCACUAGGGGAGGACUUAACCCUGCAAGGUAAUUAUUGCAGUUUAUGAAAACUGCAAUAUUUACAGUUGCAGGGUUAAGGGUAGUGGGAGUUGGCACCCAGACCACUCCAAUGGGCAGAAGUGGUCUUGGUGCCUGGAGUGUCCCUUUAAACCUAUCAUUCUAAAAUCAGUGAAAGUCCAUCUACAAAUUGUCUAAAAUUAGCCCCUUCAAUAAUUUCUAAACCUGCCCAAGUGCCUCUGACAUGCCUAUAAAGAUAGCUCACACUCGCAUGGUUAUUGCUUGGGAAUUAGUGAACUAGUCCAUAAUUAAAGGGACAUUCCACUGCAAAAUAAAUACAUAAAAAUCACCAUUACCCAAUGAAAACAUGCAUGCAUUUAAUUAUGCAUUUUGUUUCAUUGGGGUAUAUCUCCUCCUUUUCUAACCCCGCCCAGACUUUGUGACUGUCCAAUCAGACUUCCCAAUGCAGCUCAAUGAGAGGUCUUUGCAAGGCAGGAGCUCUGGGCAAUUGCUGCCUCUUGAGUUUAGCUCCACUGAACUAACCAAACCAGGAAGUUACAGGACCGGUUGUCUGUUUAACAGCCAGGGGGGUGUUGCAAGUCUAAUUUAUAAAAGUUCUAAUUUGAAAACCGCACAUUUUGUAAAAUGGAAAAAAAAAAAGAGGACAUAUUCUUUACACAUAAAGCACUUCAGCCAGCUGGAGUGUCCCUUUAAAUAAACAGAAUCAGGCAGUUGAUUACACAUACGUAAAUAGAUAUAUGCAUUAAUAAAACUACAUUAUUAUAUUUUUGAAAUACUUAAAUAUCUGUGAUAUAUAUUGCUGGUUUGGGUUACAGAAGUGCUGGUUUGCCAGCAUCAUGACUCUGCAUCUCUGUGGUUCACAGUGGCAGUGUGCCAGUUCUUGUCUUAAAUAGGAAAAACCAAUAGAAACAUCAUUGGAGCUUCAGGAGAACCUUUUUUCUAAUCUGGAUUUUUGUUUUUAAUAAAAAAAUGUUUUUUAAAGAGUAUAGAUUUAGGAGGACACCGCUUUAGGGCCUGUGUGUGUGAACAUCAAUUAUUCAAUAAAUGCAAUAAAUUAACAAUAAAAAGGUUAGUUUCCCAAAUAAUUUUCGAUUCCCAUAAAACACUCAAAUACAUGUAGAGGGUUUAAUAUUUUUUUUUUUAGAAUUAAUUAGUUUAAUUAAAGUAUUUCAACAUAAAAUCACAAUGAGCUACAGUAUCUUCCUGGAUAAUUAAUAAAUCCUGUUCGAGAUUUGCUAUAUUAUUAUUAUUAUUAUACUAUUAUAAUAAAAUCUAAACUUGCAGAAUAUGAUGUUUUUCACACAUCUAAACCCAUCAUUCCACAUUUUGCAGAUGAGUUUUGAAAUUUACAUCACUAGACUAUGGUACAGAUUUGAUAUAAAACUACUGUAGCUCUUAAAAGUGAGAUUUUUCCUUUGAAAAAAGCAUUUUCAACAUUUCAAAAGGAGAGGGCAAGAAUACUGUCAUGGGUGAUGAUAUGCAGGAAGUAGUGUUGGGUAUCUUCAUUGCCAACCAAGUGAAUGGACUUCCAAGCAGUCAACUUGCUUGGAGUGUUCACAGAGACCUGUAAUAUUCUCCUACAAUAGAUUACAUUCUGGGGUAUAUGUACAUGAAUCAUUUUAAUUGGAUUUCCCCUGUAUCUCAGAUACAUUAUAUACAGACGUUCUAAACUUGGUUCUGAAGGAUCUAAGACAGUUGGCAACUCUGUGUUUAGUUUUAAAAACGAUUUCUUAGAAUCACAGGCACCCUUAAUAAAAAAAUAUUUACAAGAUCGUCAGGAAUUCACAAUUCAAGGCGAGGAUUUCAGAGCUUUAACCCCUUAAGGACCAAACUUCUGGAAUAAAAGGGAAUCAUGACAUGUCACACGUCAUGUGUCCUUAAGGGGUUAAACAGCUGAGUUGGAGACCUUUUGCAAUUCAGCUGUUUUGGCAUAAAAUAUGCAGAUUCUUGUUCAUUACCAAACAAUUCCUGGAUCAUUGAGUAACCCUGUUCCGUAUGCCCCUAUGUCAUAGGAAAGUAACAAUGAAAGACAUCUAAAGACAUUGUAACACAGUCGUUUAGAUGUUGUGUUUUUUUAAAUUGUAUGUAUUUAUCGGUCAUAGAAAGAACCAUCAUUUAAUUGCAUGAGCAAACAAUCUGUGUCAGCCCUAAAAUUUGCAUCAGUGCAAUAUAUGGGAAAUCAGAUUAUGAUGAGAGGCCCAUCUAGAUUUACUCUGGUGUGCAGUUAAUUUAGAUGUUGUCAUGUUGGUGCUAACCCUUUAAGGUCCAGUUCAUGCAAUAAUUAUUUUAUAACAAUCUACUAUUUAAAAAACAAUUCCAAACUGGAAUGGCCAACAAUCUCGAUUUCGGCAGGACAAUCCCGAUUUCAGGCCCUGUACUGCUGUCCUGAUUUGGUUCCCUGGUGUCCUGCAUCUUUUGCCGGCCAGACAUUUGCCAGUAUUUCGGUUCCAGACUGCCAUUAUGGGUGGGCUCAGUCUGAUGUGCUGUGCUAUAGGAUCACUCUGUAAUGGCACAAGUGAACAAAAAAUAUUUUGAUAACUGAGCAGGAAUUAACAGAAGGGCAAGCUAUUGCGUUUCUCUAAGCUUGUUUCCGUUCUCAGAGUUCCCAUAUUCUCUGUAUUUAUAAAAUAAUAUUUUUAUUUUUUUUAAGGAAUAUUUAUAACACUCAUACCAAUUUGCCUGUAUGGAAGAGUAAUCAAUGAAUGCCAAGCACCAAAAAAAGGUGCUUGGCGGAAACGUGCAAGGCUAUUUACUGAAGUGAGAGUCCAAAGUGAAUUUCUAAUUUAAUUCCAGAGUACCUAAACCAAAAGCGUAACCGAAUGCUUCCAGUUUGGCUAGUUUGUCCUUGGAUUUGAAACUUUAACACUGCACUAUUUUACCAUGCCUUAGGGGCAUAUGCAAUGGGUGCAUGGCUCUUUAAAUCUAGGGGUUAAUAAGCGCACUAAGCCAAAAAUCUCUAAUCUGCUCAUUAUUAUAAUAACAAAAGAGAGUUUAUCCUCAGAACCUGUUGGGAUGUUGUGAGAGGUGAAAGGGUUAACUGGGUAAUCUCUAGCGAAGCUGUGAUGUAGGUGGUCGCCCCAGCAGCUGGAUUACUGCUGUAUUUACAGAUGUCCCUUUUCCCAUGGCCCCUUCGUCUACCUCCCACACAUUCGUCCUUCUAGUGUUGCCUUUUGGGUGUGUGGGAGUAGUAGGUGGGCAGAGAUAGCAGGAAGGCCCUUCACAUAUUGAUCCUCCAUGGGCCAGGAAUCCAUCACAGCAUGAAAUUCCACUUUGUAGCUUAACCCAUCAGGUGCCAGAUGAAAUGAGUCCAGUAUGAACUCCCCACAUUGGAAGCUGAUCGCUUUAAUUUUUUUUUAAAAGCUGCAACAGAUUAGAGCAAGUCAGCCCAGCAUUAAAACGUCAAUGUAACGUUGUAACACGUAAUGUUUUUAGUAGUUUGAAAAAUCAAAGCCGUAUCAAUGUUUUCCUGUGUUCUCGGUGCUCCUGCGAUGAAGAAGUUAAAGAAACAAUACAUUGAAGAUAGUCACAUUGCAAAACAUUGUGCGAUACAUUGUGCAAUAUGUAAUGGACUAGAAGAGGUGUACUUUAGGGUCGAAAUAAGAAACAUUCCUUACAGCAGACAAUAGCAAGUCCUGCAAAAUGUUGCACUUUGCACAGAAUGGUACCUGUCUUGGUAGCCAUGUCUCUCUACAAUGUAAAAAUUGUAUUUAUCUGGUAAAUAAGAGAUAAUUCUGAGCAGUAAUUGCCCCAUACAAUUGUCGAUUGGCAAUCACAGGUCAGUCUGAGCUUUCCUGGGCCUGGCCCAACAUCCUGGAAGUCAUGAGGAGCUUUAGCAGAAUCCCACCGACAAGUCCUUAGAAAGGCAGAAAUGAUGAUCUAGGUAUCUUGGUGUACUGCUUGUGCAGGGACAACUUCACUGGAAUUAGGGUCUUGCAUGGAACAGUGUGAUGUGCUAAUAGAAUGAAAGGGUCAAUAACAAAAACAUUGUGUACAGCAAAAAGAUGGUUUUGGCUCAAUCAACCCCUAAACUGCAAAAAAAAAUGGAAAAAGCUAAAUGUCACCCAACUGUGCCCACAAAAGAAAUGUUAGACCCAAAGUCUCGAGUCAAGGCACAUUUACGGAUAUGAUCAGGAACGUUGAUCACUCAAAUACCAUGUCCUAUUUCUCUACAGUGCUGACAGGCUGAUGCACAAAGUGUUAACUGAAGAAUGAGUUUGAAAUCUCACUGUUGCUUUUUAAUAACCCAAGUUAGAUCACAAUCGCACAAUAUUAUAUCAUCCUAAGUAAGUACAAAAAUGGAAAAAAAACAAGUUACAUCAUCUCUGAAUGAUAUAAAAAUUCCCCUUGUUUUUGGAAGUGUUCAGUUGUAUUUAUAAAAACACAAAUAUUAAGAGGAAAAAUAUCAGCCCUUUAACUGUUUUUGGUCAUUGCUCAGCACCAUUAUAAGAUAUAAAACUGUAUUUUGCUGUUCCCUAAUAUAAAUAUAUAUAUAUAUAUAUAUAUAUAUAUAUAUAUAUAUAUAUAUAUAUAUAUAUUAGGGAACAGCACACACAAAAAUACAGUUUUAUAUCUUAUAUAUAUAAAAAAAUGUAUAUAAAUUUUGGUCUCUAUGGCAGUGCCACUGUUGAGAAAUGCAUGUUCUGGGUGUGCUCCAAAUUCCUUUUUUUUCUAUUGCUCAGCACCCUGGUGCACACUGCAUGUUACAGUGUAUUUGUGUUUAAUUUAACCUUGCGCAUCUGAAUAAUUCAUUAUAAUUCAGAUAUAUAGUGCAUUAGAGGAAAGAGCUGGUUCUAGAUUGCUGCUAAUAACCGCAACAGGGCAUUUGGCAAGUUACUUAAAAACUUAGGUCUUGAUUGAAAUGAUGAAUGAACGCGGUAGCUAAGAGAUAGGUUUCCAACAACAUUACAACCCAGAUAUCAGGAUAAAGAGUCAGAGAAUAAAUUAUAGUGAUUAAUAUUCUUUUAAUCUUUAUAUUAAAGAUACAGUAUAAGGAAUAUAAUAGAAAUGUAGACAAGGAAGGAUAUUAAAGGGAAAAAACUACAGGUAACAAGUAUUAAAGGGACAUUAUAGUCAGCAAAAUAACUUUAGCUUAAUGAAGCAGUUUUGGUGUAUAGAUCAGUGGUCCCCAGCCCAGUCCUCAUGGACCACCAACAGUCCAGGAUUUAUGUAUUUCCCUGUUUUAUUACAAUGGAGGUACUGACAAAACCUGGACUGUUGGUGGUCCAUGAGGACUGGGUUGGAGAACACUGGUAUAGAUCAUAAACUUGCAGUCUCACUGCUCAAUAAUAAUAUAUAUUUUUAUAAAUCUGGCGCAACAUAAUAUCUGCUCUAUUGUAUACAAGUCUUUUCUUUGAUGGUCUGUGAAGGAAGCUUAAAAUUUUAGGUUUUGCUGCCUGUCUUGAACACACCUUCUGGUUGGUCACUUAGCGCUGAUCCAUCAGUUAUCUGUCUCACUGCUCAAUACUCUGUUAUUUAGGUGUUAAAUUACUUUGUUUAGCCCUAGUCACAUCUCUCUGCAUGUGACUUACACAGCCUUCUAAACACUUCCUGUAAAGAGAGAUCUAAUGUUUAUACUUCCUUUAGAAUUUAUUACCUGCACUGUUAACAGACCCUGCAGGAGCCUCCUGUGCAUGAGUAAGGUUCGAUUUACAGAGCAGGAGAUUAAAAUGUCCAAAGUAAGUUAACAUCUGGUUGAAAAUCGAAACUUUUUUCUUUUCAUGCAGGCUGUGUAAAUCACGUCAAGGGGAGGUGUGUCUAGGGCUGCUUGGACAGAAACGAAAAUGAUGUAACUCCUAAAUGGCAGAGAAUUUAGCAGUGAGACUUUAGACUCUAGUCUUGAAAAAGGGUGGAGUCGUAGUGGAAAGCUCUCUGAACACAGGAUCCCACUAAAAUACAAUCAAAUCAGCUUUGAAGAUAAAUGUUAGCUAGCCAGGGGUCUCCAAAUACUGUGGAUCUUUUUUUGGAUUGCAUCUUUCACUAGGUGGUACACAGAGAGGGGAUGACUCUCACAGUUGACUUAUUUUAUGAAAAUGUUAGGGAGUCCAGCAGUUUAGAAAACAAAAUAUGCUGGCGUCUAUGAGGACUUGGGCUAGGUUUUUCCAAUACGCAGAGAGUAAUGUGCUCACUUCCUUCCCGAAGGCUUGUAGCAAAGGACAAUUCCACCAUUCAUGAAAGUAAUGACCAACCACUCUACAAUUUUUCCUAAAAGGAUUGUUGGUCAUUCGUCUAAUAUUAAAGAAAUGGUUUGGAGUUAAUUUCCACUGCAUUAAUGUCUAAACAGCUUGCUCUCUUACAGGGAUGUAUUAAUCCCUAGAGAUUGAAACAAUGUGGGCCAGUAGCAGAAUAAGUUUUAAACUUUUCUAAAGCGUAACUUUGGUAAUUUCCCAGCUUGUGCUUUUGGCAUGGUUUUAGGUUAUUUUAUGGACUUGCCAAACUAUUAAGCUUUAGCACUCCUAGCUAUCUUGACCAUAAUGAAUACUGCAUGAAUGAAUGUUGUUCGUGAGAUGAUGUAGCACAUGAGAUUUCCUACUCUUGAGCUAGGUAUAGUUGAAUAUUGAUUUUUGGUAGGAAAAAAACUAGGCUCAUGUCUAAGUUGCCCAAGUUUUGCUGAGGUGUUGGUAAUAGUUUAACUUACCAUUGUCCAUUGCCCACAGGUAAUCUUGUUUAAUUAGGCAAGAUGUGUUUGUUGGACAAAUGAUUUAAUAUAUUUUAAUAAACGUUAAACGUGAGUUUUUCAACAUAUAUAAAAAAAAGUCAAUAUGUCACAAAAUAUGAAAAUAUUACAAAACUGAUAUAAUUUUCUUAAUAUUAAAUCAUUUUAAAAGCUUACCCAAAAAUAUUAAAUCAUUUGUUAAGUAUAAUAUCCAACAAUAAUACACAGAGGACCUUAAUCAGGCUGAAGAAAAAAAUCACAUCAUGAUUUGUGAAAAAUAUGAAAAAUAAAGAAAGAAAACUACGUCCAUAUUUGCUCUUGAAUCUGUUUUACUAACUUCGAUUACUAGGUUAUAUUAAUAUUUUCAAAUGUUUCAUUCAGUGUUCCCUUAUCGUUUGUUUCAGGUCUUUACAUGAGAACAUGGCCAAUGGAGAUGAUGAUCUGAUUGGCAUCCCAUUCCCAAACCACAGCAGUGAUGUUCUGUGUGGGCUUAAUGAACAAAGACACGAUGGUCUACUCUGUGAUGUGAUACUUGUCGUGCAGGAUCAAGAAUACAGGACACACAAGUCUGUUCUUGCAGCCUGCAGCAAAUAUUUCAAAAAGCUUUUUACCACUGGCUCAUUAGUAGACCAGCCUUACAUUUAUGAGAUUGAUUUUGUCAAGCCAGAGGCUUUCUCCGCAAUACUGGAAUUUGCCUACACCUCAACACUAACCAUUACCACCUCAAAUGUAAAAUACAUCCUGGACGCAGCUGAGAUGCUGGAGAUACAAUGUAUUAUCAAUGUAUGCCUGGAAAUCCUGGAAACUCCAAGAGAUGUGGAAGAGGAUGAAAAAGAGGAAGAAGAGGAUGAUGACGAUGAUGAAGAGGAUGAGGCAAAAGCAUUUAUGAGCCAAGAAAACCAAAUGGACAUUAAGAAAACCAGCUGUCACCAAAGCCCUCCAAAAUCAGAUGAUAAAGAAAGUACAUAUCAUGAAACACAGAAGGACUUUCCAACACACUGCUUAUCCACCGGCAAUUCAUCUGGCCACCAAAGUGCUAUAAAAGACUUCUCAAUCGAGUCACUAUUAAGUGAAAAUGUUUACCCCAAGAAUAACACUGUAGACAGAAGGCCAACAAUUUCUCAUUUUGUUCCUAAUUUCUUUCCUCAUAUUUGGAAUGGAGAUCUGGGAGCUUUCUCACAACUUCAAGACCAGCAAGCAGACAGUGGACCUCUAGAUCUUGUGAUAAAGAAUAGAAAAAUCAAAGAGGAACAUGAUGAGUUGCCCUCAAUCCCUUUCCCGAAUGAUUUUUUCAAAGAAAUGUUUCUCGACCAUACAUCCAACCACUUUGGACCAAUUAAGGCAGAAAUGGACUACAGUGCUUAUCUUAGUUUUCUAAGCGCAGCUCAUUUGGGUAUGCUUCCACCUUGGCCUUUAGAAGAAGAACGAAAAAUAAAGCCUAAGGCUUCUCAGCAAUGUCCCAUCUGCCAUAAAGUAAUCAUGGGGGCUGGGAAACUUCCACGACACAUGAGAACCCACACAGGAGAAAAGCCAUAUAUGUGCAACAUCUGUGAAGUCCGCUUUACCAGGUUAGUGAUUGCAGAAUUACAGAGUUUUGCUAAUAUCACUGGGAGCUGGCAUUGUUCACUAAAAACUCAAUUACUCACAGAUGUGUAUAGAUUGAGGUUGGUAGAGAUCAGCGCAUGGCCUUCAUCAAGCUGGUGACCUGUAAAUAACAUGUAUCAUAUAGUAUGCGCUAUGAAUCCAAAUAACCUCAAUAUAAACAUAGAUAAAGGAUGAUAGUCACAGCUUAUUAAAAUGUUUGUUAUACAUUACCUUGCAGAAUAGAUUUACAAGAUCAAUCAGUCUGUGAGCGCAAACCUUGGCCCAUACCUCCUGCCUGAGGGUCUUGCACAGACUCCAGAACAUCUUGCCCUCCUCCCGCUACUAAUAGAAUAUUACACACUAGUAUGGCAGUGAAAAAAAAUCCAUUACUCCAUGACAAAAUAACGAAAUUGUUUAAAGGGUUAAAGGGAAAAAGAGGGUUAGGAUGGGGCAAUAUAAUAUUUAUAAGCAUCUGUUUUAAGUAUUAGAAGAGCAUCUGUCUUUUUAAAGCCGAGCUCGUUUUGCCCAACACUCUGUCAGUUGACAAAUCAAUCCAGACAGAGAAUUCCGUUUUCUAGAGUCCUGGGUAGUCAGUGGUUUUCUAUGAACACAGAUCUAGAACAGCAAAAUCUUACUCAAACUCAUUCUUGGAAUUCUUAUUUACAUAUUAUCACUGACUGCAGUCUUAAAGAAACAUGUUUACAACUAACUUACCCGUGUGCCAUCAGAAACAAUGCAACCUUUGACUGGAAAGUGUUAACCAGUUUGCCAAGCGAGUAGAGCAAACUAUAAAAGCAUAAGAUUUCAUGUUCCUGAAGACUAAACUAGUCAUAGAGAUUGUAGUAAAAGCAAGAGAGGAAUGUGUUGGGACAUUAAAGGACCACUAUAGUGCCAGUAAAGCAAACUCAUUUUCCUUGCACUAUAGCGUUAAUAGGUCCCCCCCAUCCUCAUGGCCCCCCUCCCGCCGGGCUCUAGGGGGAGGAAGGGGUUAAACGCUUACCUUUCUCCAGUGCCGGGCUCGCUCGGUGCUGGGGACUCUCCUCCUCCUUCCAACGUCAUCGGCUGAAUGCGCAUGCGCGGCAAGAGCCGUGCGCGUAUUCAGUCAGUCAAUGCUUUCCUAUGGACGCCCCUAGAGGCUGGAUUAACCCUUAUGUAAACAUAGAAGUUUCUCUGAAACUGCUAUGUUUACAGCAGGCAGGGUUAACCCUAGAUGGACCUGGCACCCAGACCACUUCAUUAAGCUGAAGUGGUCUGGGUGCCUAUAGUGGUUCUUUAAGCUGUUCAGCUAGGUGGUAAUAUACAUAUGGACCCCAGGACAUACUUGAAUAACUAAAUGUACAAUUCCUGAUUAAAUAUGUUUAUAUUAUUAUUAUAUUUAUCUUUCAUAGAUUCAUCAUAGAGCUCACUAAUUCAAUCAACAAUGACCAUAUUUAUUAGGCUAAAUGUAGGCUGCUCUUCUAAUUAAUAAGUAAUGUUAAUUCUAUUCAUAUAUAUUUGUAAACAAAUGAUUAGCACUGAGCGUCUUAAAACCUUGGGAAAUUGAGUUAGAUGCAGAACAGAAUGGCAUAUUGUGGCUGAUGGAAUAUAGCUGCCAUCUAGUGGUCAUCUAGAAGAUAGUAGUAGAGUUGAUUUAAACAUCUAAUGUGCUAGCUGACUACUUCUGGUUGAAUUUUUAAUGAACAGUUUGGAGGUCAUAACAUUUUAAAUAGCUGAAAAUCUCUGUGAUCAUAUUUUUAAACUGCAGGAUAAUCUACAAGUAUGAUAUAUAAUUAAAGCUGCAAAUACAGAUACGCAGAUAACAUAAUCUGCCCUCUAGUGGCACAUACAGACAGCGCCUUUUUAGUGAAAUGUUUUUUACAGUUUGAUCAGUUAUUCACAAAUAAUACUGGACCUUCUUUUUUAAGUACAGUUUAAGGAAAGUGUCACAGACACUAAGGUAUUGAAUAGUUUGAAGAAGGAUGACAUGAACAAGAGUGUCAAAGGCAGCAGAGAGGUCUAGAGGAAUUAGUGUAGAGUAGUGACUUUUGGAUUUAUCUAAAAUUAGAUCAUUGGUUACUUCAAUCAAUGCGGUCUCAGUAGAGUGGAAGGGGCAGAAGCCAAGUUUAAGAGUCAAGUCAAGGAGAGAGUUGGCAUUGAGAAAGCCAGUCAGUGGAGACCAGUCGUUCCAGAAGCUUUAAGAGCAAAGAAAGCAGGGAUAUGUGACGAUAUUUGGAAAGGUAAGACAGGUCAAGAGAUGGCUUUUUUUAGGAUGGGUGUGACAGCGCAUGUUUACGGGCAAUACUAGAAGAAAGAGCAGUUGAUGAUAUGUACUAAAGAUGAGGGGAAAGAUCUUAUAAAGUGAGGUGGGAUGGGAUCAAACAGACACGUGGUGGGGUACCAGUAGAGCACAGUCACCUCCUGUUCAGCAGCCAGGGACAAGGCAUGAAGGGUAGGAAAGGCAUGGUCCAAAUGCCGUUGAGAGAGAGGAGGGAAGGGGAGGGAAUUAUUUCCUUAAUUGUUUAAUCUUGUCAGUAAAAUAGCAUGUAAAGCUAUUGGCUGUAAGGUUAGUUUGGGGGUAGCCACAGGAGGUUGAAGAGAGAGUUGAAGUUUUCAGCAGAUACCUGGGAUUGUGGGGUUUGAACUAAUGAGAGAGGAAAGUAUGAUUGUUUAGCAAGGGUGAGGGUUGUAUUAAUUCAUAGUGGAACAAGUCCCAUAGAUUUAAAGAAAUAUCACUGGAAAUAAGCCAUGGUCAAGGAAGAGAAGAUGGGAACCAGUGGGUGGCAAAUAACAGCAAUGUUUGCAGAGAUGGGUUUGAAUAGAUGAAUUGAGUGAAAUUCAAAUGAGGACAAAGAGAGGGAAGUGGCGCUUGGUAGAGGUUUCAAGGAGUAGUGCAGUGAAAGCAGAAACCCUAUCCCACCACCCUUACUGUCAGAUUGUCUUAGGUUGUGAGUAAAAUGAAAGCCAUCAGAGGGUGACACAUGAUCUUCCAGAAGUGCUACCUCUGCAUAAGGCUUUGGCUGCAAGACUCAGUAUAUCCGAGUCCUGAGUGCAAACUGAUGAAUGUUGUUUGGGGCACAGGCUGUAAUAGGGUGUCUGGGGUUAGCUUAAACAGCAAUUAUGGGUGAAGAGGCAUGCAGGUAUUGAGGUGAGAAAAACAAAUCAAGGAAAAAAGCAGAGGAGGAACAUUUGAGAUUUCAAGAUACGAGGUAAUGAGAGAGAUCUGAUAGGUAAACAUCAUAAAUAGUGAACAUAAACUAGUAAGGCUAUAAGUACAAUAACUCUAACACCAAUAAAAAUGAACAAACAUUUUACAAAGCAAGAGUUAAGCAUGGAAGGUACAAUAGUUUCCAAUUAAACAGUUAAUUAAUAAAAAGAAUGGAACAUAUCAGCUAUGAAGAAAGGUUAACAAAUUUAAAACUAUUUAGUUUAGAAAAACGUCGUCUCAGAGGAGAUAUGAUACCAUUAUACAAAUAUAUGUGGGGCCAAUACAAACCAUUGUGUGGAAAUCUAUUCACAAACCGGACUUUACGUAGGACAUGAGGUCAUGCGUUUAGACUGGAAGAAAGAAGAUUUCGUCUAAGGCAAAGAAAAGGAUUUUUUACAGCAAGAACAGUAAGGAUGUGGAAUUCUCUGCCUAAAGAAGCUGUUUUUAUCAGAGUCCAUACAGAUGUUCAAAUAGCAACUAGAUGCAUACUUGCAAAAAACAGAAUAUUCAAGGAUAUAAUUUUUCAAUGUAGGGCAAUAGCUUUUUGUUCCAAGGAUUAAUCUGACUGCCAUUCUGAAUGAUUCCCCCCCCCCCCUAGUUUGUUGCAAAAUUGGAAGUGCUUCAAACUGUGGGGGGGGGGGGGGUUGCCUUUUUUUUGAUCAACAGCAAAUAAUAAAUGUGAGGAAGGCUGAACUUGAUGGACGCAAGUCUCUUUUCAGCUAUGUAACUAUGUAAGAGUAAUACUAUAGGGGAGGAAGGUUGAUAGGAAUACAGUUGAAAAAAUAAGUAGGGGAAUAAAUAAGACAAGUAUUCUUGAGUAGAUCUUCCAGAAAUGCAACCUAUGUAUAAGGCUUUGGCUGCAAGACUUGGUAGCUCUAUCCUGAAUUCAAACUUAGAAACGCUGCUUGAGGCACAGGCUAACGCUAUAGUGUCCUAGCCCCUAUUUAAAUUCAGGCCUCUCCGUUACAUUGUAGAACUUAUGAAGACGUUCAGAUUCUCUUGGUUUCUCACAAAAGUAGGAACUGCUGAGAAUUCUAAGAGAAUUUCAAAUGUUAGGCCAAAAUAGGUAACUUGUUAAUAUUCAUCCAGGCAGCUAUGUUUAGAGUUCUGGUUAUUUUAAACCUUAAAUUUGAAAUUCACUUACAAUUCACUUGAAGCCAAGACUACUGCCUCUGCUACUUGUUUCCUCUUUCCUGCUUGGGCCUGACUUGCCAAUAUAUACCUGCAUGAGAGGUUUUCCUUCUAUACUCUGAUUCCACUUAGAAAUACAAGUUACAUCUCUAGGAAUAACCCUCUGUAGCUGUAUAUAUCCCCUUCCCCCUGUUUUUCUAAGGUGUGCCACUAUCUUUUUUUUAUUUUAUUAUUAUUUAUACGCCAUAGGUUUGCACUACACACUUUUGUAUAUUGUCCUUGUUUUGUAUAUUUGGCUUCUAAUAAAGGUUAUUACUACUAAAUGAUAUUUUAAUUUCUGGAGGAAACUUGAGUGGAGUGCGUUCCAUCUAUCUCUAGGUGGAUCACUUACUCCAUUCCAUAUCGUCUCCUAUUUGUUAAUAUGAAAAAAAUGUGUUACAAUUGAUUGCAGUGCAAAUGCUUCCAGGAAGAAUAUGAGUAUGAUGGGAAAAAGUAUUAUACAGCAAAAUGAUCUAAAGUAAAACUGUUACCCUGUGGCUAUUUUAUAAAUUAAUUGCUGCAAAUCUAUGCAUUUAAUUUGUUCUAUACUUGAAUUAAUUAUAGUUCAAAUACAUAUAGACGCUAUUAUUGUUGCAAUUGCAUCAAUUUUGACAAACUCAUAUUUUCAUAUUAUCCAUGUAUACAUGUAUAUCUUCCAUCUUGUCAAGCAGUAAAGAGACCCCUGGGGCAGGGAUGAUGUAACACGUGUUAUAGAAAUGUAUUUGAUGUAGAAACGAUACUAAUUGUGGAUUAGGUUCUAACUGACUUGUGUCAUUACAAAUAGAGGAGGAAUUGUGUAGGCUUCAGGCAAUUGGUGUUGUCAACUUGUCAAAAAACUCUGAAUUGCACAACCCACUCUCAAAACUUAAAUGUGCUAAGAACUAUUCCCUCACACACAUAUACAGGGAGUUAGAGUUGGAUAAAACUAAGGCCCUGAGUUAAACACUCGAUACACAGUGGGUGGAAAGGCAAGAAAAAUAUCAUAACUGUGGGGCUCAAGUAAUAUAGGAUUUUAGCGUUUUCAAUUCCUCUAGCCAGUGGAGUAUGACAAUUCAGCCCUGGCCAGUAGAAAAUGACCUCUGGUACAUGUGCCAUGGGUCUUUCAGGCUUGCAGGGGCAAGUAACUUUUUAGACCUCUCUAACAGAGCACAACUUGAGAUUUUGAGCCCUGUAGAAUCUGAUUACAGUCAUCUUUGGAGCACUCUUUUUUUAUUUUAUUUUUUUAUUCUUUAUUUUUGGUCUGUGCUUAGGGUUAGAAACAUGCUUGCAAUGCCAUAACAGCAAAAACAAGCUAAAGCAUACAUUUCCAAGGAAACAAUAGCAUGGCAUAUGAUUAGACGGCACAGUUUUUGUUAUAAGACAUAGGCUUAAGCAGUAUAUGUCAGGGGGUGAGGCAGCAUGAUUAGCUGUUGGAACAGAUAAAAUUAACUGAGGAUAUAGUGGGUCUACAAAACGUAUCUUUGGAGCACUCUUAAACCAUGUUUAACCAUAUUCAUGGUUAAUUUCACUGCACACAAAGUGACAAGGACGGAAAAAAAUCACCAAGCCCACCCUGUCUGCAAGGAAAUAGGCAGAUGUAGGGUGAGUAUAUGAGUAGCAGGGGGCUAAGGUGUGCUAGGCUGCUCCAACUAAAAUAAAUAAAGUUGGAGGCUGCUGCAGUAGUACCACAUAUAUCCAAUAGGCCUUCUAGUAUAUAAUGUUCAUGUCGGUGGUAGCAUUGUUACUUUACAACCUCUAUUUGUGAUUGCAAGAGGAGUUAUUUGUAGAAAACUAGUUGGACUGCAGUGUUUGUUGGGAUAGAAUGUAUGAGGGGGGGGGGGGGCAAAUCUUUAUUCAAUGUUGUGCACUUCCAGUCGCCCAUUUUGUUGAAAACUCUCACACUGCCCUGAAUUCACAUUGCAUUACACUUUUGUGUUGAAUAACUUUUGAACUUACCACCAACCCAAGCCAAAGAUGUUUCAGUCAAGUGUAGAUUUUUUUUUCUUGAUCACCCAGGUGGGACUGUCAAUGAUGUCUAUGGUCUUCAGUUGGGUACCCAGUCUAAGUUGUAGUUUUAUUAACACAGAGCACUUCAUGUGAACUCUAAUAAUAUAGCUUUAGAUGAGCCAGUAUCAUCAAUGAUCCUUUGGCAAGAAAAGUGAUUGAUAACGUGCUUUAGUGUAAGCUUGGUUUAUCACUUAAUGUCAGUAUCAGAAUGCUAUUUCUCCAUUCACAGUUUUGCACAUCACUGUCUUAUCAUAUGUUAGAUGUCUAUUUCUCAUUCUGAUUCUUCUCUUCCAAAAAAUCUGUUUAUGCUGUUAAGCAUUUAAUAAAUAUAAUUGCCAGAAUUGUAUGGGGAUCAAAUUCCUUCACUGGAUUUUCUACUCUACUGGGUUUGUGUUUUGCAGCACAAAAAAUGAACAUUAAUUCUAUCAAAAUGUCUUUCAUUAAAGUUAGGGCAAGUAUGUCAAACUCAAAGGCUGACACGGGCCAAAUAAACAAAGUUUAAGUUUAUGUGGGCCGCAAAAAAACAAAAAAAGAAAGAGUUUGACCUAGAUCAACACAAACUAAACUUACUUGCAUCAUUCUCAUGCAAAUAAUAUGUCAUCCUGGGUACAUAUAAAUAAUUUACUCAAAAGUUUAACUUCAAGUAACUUACUAUUGCCCCCUGAAUGCAGCGCCCUCACCCCCCACUCCAAUAAUCUGCCACCUAAUUUAAUACAAUGCCCCUCUCCCUCCACUCUAAUUUCUCCCUUCCCUCCCCCCACUUUAAUAUACUGCCCCAAAUCGCAAAACUCUAAAUUUAUUACAAUGCCUCCCCCCCUUUUAAUACACUCCCACCCACGCACCACAUGUUUGACAUGGUUGAGUUAGGGGUUUCCAUAUAGUAUCCUGGCCAGGUGCAAGGAAAUUAACUAUUUUUUAACACCAUAAUUUACCCUGUUUUGGAAUUUUGGUAUUAGAAUUUUAAUACAUUUUAUUAACCAUUAAAAAAGUAUCUUGCCAAUUUUACUUUUCUCUGCAGGUUUGCCACCCAGAGAACAUAAAUAUUGACUUAUACUUGUUUAGAUGGUUGUUCAGUGAGUUUGAAGAAAAAAAUUAGAGUGACAUCAAUGUGGGCUUAAUCUAGAUUACGGUUGAAAUAAAAUAUAGGGAUUAUGAGAAAUGCAAGAUAGUUUGCCUUUAUUUCCCUGCCUGACUAAAAGUGACACUGUGUGCAAAAAAAAAUGACACAAGUUAAUUUGUUGAUGGUAUAAAAUAAAAUCUUCUGUCAAAUAUGUCAGAAGCAUAUUAACUCUGAGUGGCAUAAUUUAAUGUUUUGCAUUGUGUACCACUCUAGGGAGUACAGAUUAACUCUUUUCCUCACUUAUACAACAAAUUUGAGACUUUAAAAGUACCGGAAGAUUAAUUAUUUUUAUUUACUCUUUCUAGGCAGGACAAGCUGAAGAUUCACAUGCGGAAACACACAGGAGAGAGGCCAUACUUGUGCAUCCACUGCAAUGCUAAAUUUGUUCACAAUUAUGAUCUUAAGAACCACAUGCGCAUUCACACAGGUGUCCGCCCGUACCAGUGCGAAUUUUGUUACAAGAGUUUCACUCGCUCUGAUCACCUUCAUCGACACAUUAAGAGACAGAGUUGUCGGAUUUCCCGGCCUAGGAGAGGCAGAAAGCCUGCUGCUUGGAGGACAGCCAGUAUGCUGUUUUCACACAACAGCCAUCAAGAGGAGGACAGUUUUAUGAUGUCCACUGACCGAAGCAGCCAUCGUUCUGGAGGAGCAAUAUUUCUCCCAGGACCUAAUCAAAAUAAUUUUAUGGAAGAGUCUAGGAGUGUAAUAAACUUUCAAGACUUGGAAAAGCAAUUUGAAGAGACUCAAAUCAAGUUGCUGGAAAGGGCGCACUUGGAAUCCGAGAGGAAUGGAGGACAUUAUAAUUUUGCUUUGGCCCAUAAUGAGAAUAACUCUCCUAAUCCAUUCUAUGCUGGUUCAAACCCUUGGGAUACACCUUUGAAUCGUACAUCAAUUUCCGACACAAGCAUCUAAAUCAUUUGCCUAAGAAAAACAAACUGUUUAAAAUUGUUCUUCAAUUGUAGAUUCACCUUUUCCAUACAAAAGCUAAAAAAAUAUAAAAACUUGCUGUUGCAGAUUCAUUCCAAAGAAACAAGGAAGUUAUGUCCUAGUUAAAUUCACAUAUGCAUGUUUAAUUUUAGUGGUAAUCCACAUUUACGUUUUUAAUUAAGAAAGACCUGGGGUUGUAGCGAUGAUACUCUGGAAUUUAAUAAUUUAAUUUAUUUUAAAUUUAAAACUGACAAAAAGGAUUUUAUUACUUUCCUGGUUUGUAGUUAUCGAAAUAUAACAAAGCAGUUGAUGUACUGGGAAGAUCCCCUGUGGGUUAGGUAUAACAUUCUAAAAAUGGACUAAUCAGCUUGUACCUUGUUAUGGUUUCUAUGGCGAUUGCUCCAAUUUUAGUACUUUGUAAACCUACAUCCCUCUAGACUGAUCCUACAGUCUACGGAUCCUUUUAAAUGGUACUUGCAAAACACGACCGAGCCAAGAUCUGGUUUCUUUUCUACUUUAAUGUUUUAUUACUUGAAUGCUCUAAUUGGCACCUACAAAUGGAAGGGUUAUUUUUAGCUGUAAAAUAUUUUACAUGAGAAAAAAAAACAUUUUGCAACAUUCCCUGAUCGCAAGAUGGACAAUUUCCUGUAAAUCAGGAAACUGUGACUGGUCGAAAGGUAUUUCCUGGUAAAAUACUGGAGUAAACUAAUAUUCUCAGCCAGCAUGUAGAGUACAAUAUAGUAAGCAGCUUUUGCAGGUUAAGAGCUGUGUUAAGGUAGUUUAUGACAUUUCUAAAAUGUACUUAUCAUUUUGCAAUCUUACACUGUGCUAUAUUAUCGUGUUAAAGGGGAACUGUCAUUAUCCAGGAUUUUCAAGGGGCAUAUAGAAUUGUUUUGAUUAUUUAUCACAUAUAUUUAACAAAUAUGUGUUUCUGAGGUGUGAAAAACACAAUUAAAUGUAAAAAUCCACACUUAAUUGUGCGACUGGGUGCCUCCAUCUUGACUUUUUAUACAUCAUUGUUAUAAGUUCUGUCCUUUGCGUCUGGCAGUUAGCAUACAGAAAGCUUACAGAGAAGAGAAAAAAAAUGAAACAAUGUUUCUAUUAUAUUUGAAAAGAAAAUGGACAUAACAUGAAAGAGGUUAACAGACAUUUUAAAGAUUUUAAUGCUUUGUUCAAGAGGUUAUUUUCCAGAGAAGUGACAGUUUCGCUUUAGCAUCUUACAAUUUCCAAGAAGUUUAAUAUAUAAUGGGAGGCAUGUACUAAUAAAGUACAAAGAUAAACAAGACGGCAACAAAUAAUUACUAUUUUUUUAUUUUUUAUUCAGCACUAGUAGUUCACAACUCUCAUGCGCAAAUUAGAACUGUUAUUGGAGGUAGGUUGAUCUCACAUUGAAUAUACAUGAUAAUGUGUUUGUAUCAUUCCAUUUCUUGUGAGUGAUCAUUUCUGUGGGCAUUUUCCAUCAUUAUUUAUCACAGUAGCACAACUAUGUUCUCUAUAUUGAUUUUUGCUGGUUAAGAAGUAAUAAGAAAAAAAUUUAGAAGGAACAAAUCAGUAUUGUCUUUUUUUUCAACUCACCGUUUUUUUUUUCAUUUGUGGCAGG